AUGGCCAUGGCUUCCCCGGCCAUCGGGCAGUACCCUUACCCGCUGCUGCUGGAGAAGGAGCAGCAGCGCUUCCUGCAGAGCCUCAGCGCCAACGAGAGGAAGAAGAUCCUCAAGCGCUCCGCUGCCAAUGACCUGAAGCCGCUGCCGCAGCCCCGGCGCAGGAACCCUCCGGAGCCCGCGCAGCAGGAGCAGCCCCCCGCCCAGGGGGGCAGCAUGGCGCAGUGGGGCGACGACGGGACGUGCGCCCCCGCCGCCGUCUGGAGGCAGCACCUCGGAAGAGCCGCUGGCCCCGAGGCGCAGCCCAGGACCGACGCGUUCCUCGACGGCGUCCCGCUCGCCCCGCCGGACGACGGGCCGGCGCUCGGGGCUCCCGCCACCCCCGCGAGGCCCCGGCGUCUCCGGGCACGGCGGCCAAGCCGGCCCGCUCGGGGCUGCCGCACCACCCGCACCCGCAGCACCACCACCGGCUGCGCCUGAGGUCCGCGGCGCCGCGGCUGCUGCCCGACGUGCGCACCAUCUUCGAGCAGCCGCGGGACCCCCGCGUGCGGGAGGAGAAGGGCGAAGGGCACCGCUUCGAAGCCGUCGCGCUCUGGAGGGGCUGGUGCGACCUGUGCGGGGAGGCCGUGCAGCAGCGGGCGCUGCGCUGCGCGAGUAAGUGGCUCGGCUCGGCUUUGCACGUCGAAGGGCUCCCUCCCCUCCCUCUCCCCGUAGACAGGGCAGCCUUACGCUUUAGACAAGCUGGCGGAGGCGAGGGAAGGGCUCGCUGGUGGGGAUCUGCUCCCUCCUGACCUGAAGAUGACCCCCUAAUAUUCCCCUUCUAUGUGAUAAGAGGCAGUGCAGGUAGCUGAUCCUCCAGUCCUUCCUAAAACGACGGCACCCCCCUUCCCCCCCGUCCCAGGGUAGCUUCUCCUUGCCCCACCUUUGCAGGGGUCCCAUCCUUCGUGGCGAGCAAGCAGAUCACCUCUGCUGGCCCAGCCCGUUCUGAUUUGUACACAGUCGAUCCUCCCCUAAUCCCUCCUGAAUUGUUACUGUCUCUUUAAGAGCAAAGGGACUCUCCAGCCUCCUCUCCCCCGUCCCACCCCGUCACCCGGGGUCGCCUCUUUGCAGGUGAGUGACCGCUGAUUCUCUGCGUACAUAGCGCAAAGGCGGGCCAAGGAGCCUCCUUUUGUAGGACACUGGAGAUAUUCGUGCCUUUAAAAAGACAUUGAUAAUUUACUGUCCCGAGGUAGAUAAUAAACGUUGUAACCUUGUUGGAUCCGAUCUGCAUUCCUAUCAAAGCACUUAGAAGUCCUGGAGGAGAGAGCGCAGCUUUAUGGGAAGUCUGGCGCAGGCACUGAUUUAUGUUCAAGACCUGAGUGCUAGAGCCCUUUUAAAAAUUUCAUGAGGUAUGUUGGACUAUUUGCGGGCUUCUAUUUAAGCUCCCGCUAUGAGAAUUUCAACCCUCUUUGAUCCUAAUUAGCGAAUUGGCUUACACAUCCUUUGAGUAUUCCAUUCUGAAACUGCAGCACAUCAAUCAAUUAAUAAGUUGGUGCAGAUGUGUCUUGCAAGCCCUCUUAUCAUCUGCACGUUGUUCAUCUAAAAUGCUUAAUCUUUUCAACUUCGUGUUCACCGUUCAGUCUCCUAUUGGGAUAUUCCUAUGUAAACACACCAACGGGAUCGAUCUGAACAUUUGAUGUACAGACUUUAGAUAGGUUCCUAGCUGUUCAGAUGAAUGUCAGCUGUGUUGCCUUCCAAGGUGCUUAUUUGUUAGGGAGGAGAAAUUACUUUUGUGUUUUCCAUUUUACUUCGCUGUUCCGCCUCUUAAACCUUCAAGUGGUUCCCUUCCUUGCUCUCUGACUUGUGUGAUCAUUUACUAACCUGUUCCAUUGCUGCUGUUUACCAUACUGUUGCCAGCCUUUUCCAUAGGAGCCUAUCAGUAAAUCACUUGAUGAUAGUUGGGUGUUCUGUGCAUGACUUGUAUAUGAUUUGGUUAGAACUGUUGUGCUUUUUGAUGUUGUCUCUCCUUUGCAGAGUUAUGACUUUUAUGCCAUUAAAUUUUGCCACUGGAAGUUUUACAUGGCAAUUCUAUUUUUAAUUUGAAUGUGGAAUUUUAUUUCAGAAUGGGAAUCUUUGAAACUUGGAGUCUGCUGAUUGCUUUGGCAGGAAUUAGAUGCAAAAUCUCAAAAGCUAUCUAGUGCAGCCAGUUACAUGCUAACAAACAAAGACAGUUAAGUACUAAAUAGCUGUUGCAUGCUGCCAGCUAUAAAAUACCAUUACUUGUCAGCUGGUACAAGUAUGAAACACUGUUCAACAUUGAAUUAAAAUAUCAGUCAAAUGUGAACAAAUUAAAAGGCCUGUGCAUUCAUAGCUAGUACUACUAGGUAGGCAAAUGCCAGGAUAGACAGAACAGGGUCUGCGUUUUAUUUUUUAACCCCCCCCCCGUAACCUCAUUGGGGGCUCUUCAGAUCACCUGCUUGUUGAGCAUUUCUCCUGAUUUAUUUUAUUUGAAAAUGUAUUCUUGGCUCUUUCAUAAAAUAACAAGGACAUGUGUCAGACAUUGGCUAUUUCACAAGCAUUAACUCUAAUUUGCUUUUUUGGAGGGGGCAGGGUAAAUGACGUUGCAUCAAAGCAAAUAUUACCAUACACUUUCUAAUGCAUUUUUCUUGUCACUUCCCUUAUCACAAAAGUCCAAUCUUUCGGGGAAGUGUGUUGUGUAAGACAUGACAAUCGACUACAAUGGCACAACCUGAAUUUGCUGGUGUAUGAUUUGAAUAUGAUUGGGCUUGUGCCUCCUGGCCCCAUCUCCAGCCUCCUCGUUUAUACAGAGGCUGCAUGUCUACACCUGAAUGCACAGAGGGUCAUGUGAUCCAGGGCUCUGAAAAAUGAGGGAGGGGCUCCAUUCAAACACUGCACUUGCACGUGAGGAGGUUGGCAGCAGGGCCAGCAGGCAGGACCCCAGUAAGCCCCUUCAAGAUGCCUAGAACCAGGGGUGCCAACUUGAAAAAAAUAUUGGGGGCACCAGGUAAGCCCCACCCCACACAAUCAAUCAUGUGACAUGGUACACACACACACACACACACACACACACACACACAAUUUGAAUGGCAAUGCCCAUUAACUUUGUGGGGGCUCUUCAAAUAUUUUACUGGGGAAGCCAAAGGGACCUCGGCCCCUGGGAGUUGGCUCCUAUGCCUGGAAUGAAUAAACGGGCUCAUGAUAUGCAUGCGAAGACUGGAGCAGCAUAAGAGAUGCCUAGGUUGCUUCACAGCUGUAUCCCUUGCCUGUCCCAGAGUUAUCUGAAAUACAUUUUUAAUUGGAUGGGGCAUCUAGGGAUUUGAAAUAGGUUUGUUCAGAUGUGUUGUGUUUCACUUGCAAAUAAAACCAAAGCACCCAGUAUUGCGACAGUGGCCUCUGCACAUUUUAUAAGCCAUUCCUUAUUUGUUAGGAUGGCUGGAUGAGCAUGUGAACAUUUUCCUGCGAGCAGUGCUGCUCCUGGCUGAGACCUCUUCUAUGGCUAAUACACGUUUCCUGUUUUAGUGCUGAAUUGUCACUUGUCUUAGAGGUAGCUACUGACUCUACUCCACCAAGUAGUUGAAAAUGAAGGCUGAAAUUCUGUACACGCUUACCUGGGAUCGAGUCCUUUUGCAUUUAAUGAUACUUUCUUCUGAGUACACAUACAGGAGGUUGCACUGUGAAUAGUGCCUAAAAGUGAAAUGUGUUGCUUUCUUAAAUGGCUAAUAGAGUGAUGUAUGUUGUCUGGCUGACUGUACUUCCUAGUUGUGUUCAUGCUGCAAUUCUGUUUGUGUGCAUUUGUGUUGUGGUUUAUUGUGUGUGUGUGUGUGUGUGUGUGUGUGUGUGAGAGAGAGAGAGAGAGAGAGAGAGAGAGAGAGAGAAGUUGAAUAAAAAGCACUGGCAAUGCUGAUCCACUUCAGGCAUUUCAGUUCCCGGUAGCUGAUCCACAAGAGCAGACGUGGGAGACCUUUUGUCUAUGGAAGGUGGGGCCUUUCCUGCAGUGGCAUCUCCAUGAUGGAGUCCCCUCCCUGGGGAAAUCUGUCAACUUUCCCUCCCUUUGUGCUUUCAGGCACACUUGGAAUACUUUUUUAUUUUAUUUAGAAAGAUGAAUUAUUCAGGAAGGAUGAUUUGGGGGUUCCCCCCCCCCCAUCUUUGGAUGCUGGCUAGCUUUCAUUAAUCCUAAAUGACACCCAUUAAGAGUGGCCUAAAAGAUAACACUUUUCCAGAAAAGCAAUCAGAAGAGAUAGAUAGGUCAGAUUAAAGUCUUUUAUGUUCCAAGUUUAAACAAAUUAAAUUGGGUAUGUGGUACAGGUGAGUUUAACAAGAUUUUCCUGUUGUUUUUUUAAAAAGAAGACAUAAGAUGCAUUCUUUUGUUUACCCUGGCAGAAGUUCUGAUUGUCAUAAUUGUCAUAAUAACUUUAGCAUAUUUACGGGGUGUGUAAGGGGUGGGAUAGGCGCCAUUUUCCUGGCACCCCUGCAGAAAUGGGGCAACUCUCCACCAACCCUGGGGCUGGUGUGGUUAGCUUCCUCUCCUGGCUGCCCUCGGCUUCUUUGGAAGGAAGGGCAGGAUAUAAAUCAAAUAAAUAAUAAUUGUUGAUGGGAGGGAAAAGAAGAAAAACCUGUGUCCACACACCCCCUCCUGUUCUGCCCACAGCAAAACAGCAGGGCAGUGGAUUUGCCCAUGUAUGAAGUAUUUUGGAUUCCUCUUCUAAGUAAGACUUUCAACACACCUAUUGGAGAGGGCAUUAUUUUCCUUGCAUUAAGCAUGUUUGUGUGUGUGGUCAGCACAUUGCUAGUGGUUUUCAGCUGAGAGUGUGCGUUUUGCCUAAAUCUGUCCCAUAAACUGACUUGGGAUUUGAACUAGGAGCUCUCAGCUCCUGGUCUCCUAAUCAUUAAUCUGCACCUAGCAGCCGUUACAUCUCAGUGCAGCAGAGGAGGGAAGAGAAGGGAUACAGGGCUACUCCACUGGCACAGCUGAGAGAACAGAAACCUUUGUCAGUUUCUCCUCCUCAAACUUUCCCACUGCAGCUGGCUAUUAGAAGAACUUGUAGCAGUGGUUGCUCAUUUCUUCCUUCUCCCUCUCAAUCUAUUUUCCUUUUGUGUUACCACUUUUAGUGGGUGGGGACUGCCUUGUUUGUUGUGACUAUGAUCUUGCACUCUUGUUGCUAGUGCUAAAUUUAAAUUGAUCACAUCUCAAUACAGGAUUCCACUGUGCAUUUCAUAAUUGUCUAGCUCUACCCUACAUUCCUGCAUUUGACGAUGUGUUUGUGUGUUUCCUGCUUGAUCUUCCAGAUCCAGUGCAGUCAUUUUUAUUGUUUUCUGUUUAAGGGAGCCCAUUGCUGCUAAUGUAGUCUUAAAUGGAUUAUAAUCGAACCAUUAUUUUCAGCAAGCAUAGUCUUUAAUACUUCUUUUGGUUUGAUCCAACAUUUGCUAACAUUUGAAAGCUUAUCUCUGCAGUUGCUAAAUAACAUUCUCCCCAUGAGGAUUAAUCUAAUUAAUCCAACUUUCUCUGCUUUCUGGACAUAACUAUAAUCUUCUUGGGGGAGUCUGCUUUAUUAGAAGUGUUUUUAGAGUUAAGGGUGGCUCCUAGAAAUUAAGAGUAUACCUUCUUGCCGUAUUAGGCAAGACUAAACCCAUCUUUCCAGCGUCAUCUUCAUGCCCAGAACUGGGUGUGGUGUUUAAAUUGUUAGCAUGUCAUAGAUUUAUAGAGUAGGAUGUGAUAGGAUAUGUUUCUGUUUCCUGUUCUUUCUAAAAUUCCUUAGGCUUGUCUGCCUUUCUAAUACUGCAGUGCCUUGAAUUGUAUUUUCAUGCACCUAAUCACAGUCACUACAAGAACUAUUUGUUGAAGAGUAACUGCUGGUUUGUAGGCUUGGUUUGCAUUUAAUACUCCACGCCAUAACUAAGCAUGAAUGUGGCAGCAUGUGUGUAUUCGCAGUGAAAACCACAGCUGCCUUGCUACUCAGAACUAAGCCAUGGUUUGGCUUAGACUUGUGCUAAGACUGUUGUUCUUGACUUACCAUUUAUGGUUGGUCUGGAGCUGCCAAACCACAGGGCUGGGUUUGGUGAUAAUGCAGAACAGCCAAACCAUGGCUUGGUAGCACUGCUGGAGCAGCACUGAGUGAGGAGAGAAGCAGCCACAUUUCUUUCCUGUGAAUUAUCCAGGAUAUCAUCAUGCUUAGCUAUGGUUUGUCUUAUCUUUAGCUUAGUAUGAACUGGACCAUGAUCUCUGUGUGAGUGGAGAAACGAGUAUGUUAGAAAUAUAAUCCCAUUAAUUUGCCUUAAGUACAGUAUUUCUCUCUGUGUGGGGUUGCAAUCUUUAAUCAAUUCACUGGGGUCAUGAGGUGCACAGAAUCAUAGAGUUGGAAGGGCCUCUGAGGAUCAUCUAGUUACGUUCUAGUCCAACCCAAAUACACAGCUGUCCCAUAUGGGGAUCGAACUUCCAACCUUCUCGUUCUCAGCACCAUGCUCUAACCAACGGAGCUAUCCAUGACUGACAUGUUUUUUAAAAAACAAAAGCUAAGAGAACAGGAGCACUGUUGGCUUUGGGACAAGUACAUGUGUACCCAGCCUGUUGGUGACCCUGCUCAAGUGCAGCACUAAUCUCCAGUUUAGCAUCUAAAUGAGCCAUUUGAGUGCUGCUGUGGUGGCUGCAUGGGCGCACCAUUUUAUUCAUUGCUGAGAUGGAUUUGAUGAAAAAAGAUGUGUCAAAAUGCUUUCCCCCUUUCAGCUUGUAUCCUAAGCUUAAGCAGACAGGUUUAUCCUGCGUUGCAAGCUAUUGUGGUUCUUUCUGUCUGGGUAUGAAGGGAGCUGAUGCAUCUCUUGGAAGCCAUAGGCAAGAAAACACAACACACACACACACACACACAUUAUAAGUGGACCUGAGAAUUUCAUCCACACGUGACCAGAGACUUGGUGACGGUCAUCUCUGAGUUUAGGAUUCCAGCAAAACAUGCAGUCAGACUAUCGCUGUUGCCCACUAGGAAGAUGUAUAGCUAUUUUUUUUAAAAAAAAUUCAUUGAGGCAGCCUGCCAGCUUGGAUGUUGCUGCUUAAUAAGCUCUGCAGUCCAACAUUUUGGCAAGGGAUAGAGCUGGCACAAACCUCAGAGCAUCUCUUCUUCUAGCCUGACAGCGUUGCAGUUUGUUUCCCUGCAUGGCGGGAGAGCUUUCCUGCUCCUGUAGCCAAGUGUUCGUGUGCUGACCCCUCUUCGCUGCCAUCCUGAUUUCACUUUUUGGCUUUCCCUCCAAUUUCAAUCUCCAUUUUAGUAUUUCUCUCUGCGAUGUACGCAGACACAGAAGAGUGACUGUGGCUCAAAUCUGUUCUUUCAGAGCCACUUGAAAAUGAAGGGCGAUUGGAAGAGACAGUAGACACCAUACGGUCCUGCUGCAUCAUAUUAAUGCUGCAACAUUAUGCACAGCUCUGUGAUUUUGUUGCAACAAUAUGUCACAGUUGGUCAGUUUUUCCCCAUUGAAUUUUUAGUGCAGAUGGAAUGUUCACAACAGCAUGAAUUCCACCCCAUCUUUCCAGCUCUGGCCCUUUCUGGACUUGGAUACCCUGGCCACAAUAAUCCAUUCUCUAAACCUACUGUUUAGACUCUUGGGGCUGCCCCUUGAAGACAGUCCAGCCACGGCAGCUGGUUCAGAAUAUGGCUGUGAGAGUUCUGAGCAGUGUGGCAAUGUGGAUUCAUAUAACACCAACUCUCCGGGAGCAUCUUUCUCCAUAUGUGCCAAUUCAUUCCCUGAACUGGGCCGAGGAGGUUCUUCUCUCCUGUCAAGGACAGAGUCUCCUCUGUGGGGCUACCCUGGCUGUGGAACUCCUCCUUGGAGGUACGGUUGUCUCUCUCACCCAUAGAACUGAAUGGUCCCAGAUCCUUUCUUCCUUUCUUUCAUGAGUUCUCCUUAACCAUUAACCAUGGUUAAUGAUCGCCAGGUUUCAACCUUAACAAGAAAUUGCAACUGCUGAAAAAGAAACCAGCUGUCUUAUAAACCUGGUGCAAAAGUUUUUCGGAAUUCCAGCUGAGUUUUUGAGUUAUGUAUAUACAAAUAUAUAUUUAUAGUCUCUUUAUAGUGAGCAGUGUGGUAUCCGCAGCAGAAUGUAUAUGUGUUGUCAAUAAUUGCUUUUUCUUAUCAAUUGCAUGCAGAAACAUAUUUACAUAGACAAAUUCCAUAUCCUGGAUAUAUAAGUACUGAUGAAAGCCUGUAUCUGAAGCCGGGGAAGAUUCAGUGCCAAACAUCUUAACUAAUUAUUCUAAGUAAUUCUAAGUAAUUGUUAGAUUGUGCUCUCUUUUUAACAGAAGAAAAGCAGCAGCAGCAAGUGCUGACUCUAAAAGGGGGUUUUUGCUUGGUGGUUUUUGGGUUUUUUUAAUGGGAACUAAAACGGUUCUCUUCAAAUCUGCACAUCAUAACAAAAAAUCCCUUCUUGAUGCCAUUCUUCAUUCAGCAGACACUCCCUUUCCAAAAGAAUGGUGUUGGGCAGAUUCUUCUUUUGCUUUUUGUGCUACAGUUAAACCUGGGUGUGUACUGAUCAGAGAGAACUCAUGUCAAAAGUGCAAAUGCAUGGUUUCCUUUUGACUUUUUGCUUUCUGUAGGCUUUGGGGGAACAAAGCCUAUUUCAACAACUCCUUCAGAUACAGUGGUACCUCGGGUUAAGAACUUAAUUCAUUCUGGAGGUCCAUUCUUAACCUGAAACUGUUCUUAACCUGAAGCACCACUUUAGCUAAUGGGGCCUCCCGCUGCCGCUGCGCCGCCGGAGCACGAUUUCUGUUCUCAUCCUGAAGCAAAGUUCUUAACCCGAGGUAAUAUUUCUGGGUUAGCAGAGUCUGUAACCUGAAGCGUAUGUAACCCGAGGUACCACUGUACUGCUUUUGAGGCUGGCUGCUUACAUUGUCAAUGUUUGGUUCAAAUCCUGACCAGUUCAGAGAGGUACAUCUGAGACAAGGUUGUUUGCUCCAGAAGGCAGUAGGUCCUGGCAGGCAAGGUGUUAAACUGGUCUAUUCAGGUUCACAUAGUCAGCCUGCAAACUCCCAUUCACUUGAACUGGCAUCCUCUUGCACCUGUUGUGGUGUGAGAAGGGGCUUUCCCCACAAAACCAGUUGCUGAGUCCUGUAUGAGGAAUAUGCACCUAAAAAUAAAUAAAAAUGAGCUCCUUUUUGUGCAUCACUGAUAUUUAAAUGUGAAUCACCAGGCAUGAAUUUGUUCAUUAUUAAUUUGUACAGUGGUACCUCGGGUUACAAAUGCUACGGGUUACGAACUCUGCUAAGGUUAAGAACGGUUUUGGGUUAAGAACGGACCUCCAGAACGAAUUAAGUUCGUAACUCGAGGUACCACUGUAUACUCUUUAGAUUAUGUUAAGUACUAUAGAAAUAAAUAACAAUAUCAAUGAUGAUGUCCAGGACACAUCCAUUCUGCUUUUCUUCUGAGGGGAAGGGAAAAUCCCUUGUCACAGCUGGUAUAAGGAACUGAGGGUCCACAGGGUAAGCCUUAGGAUACAGUGGGAAGGGCCCAGAGUGGGACAACUCCCUGGGGAAAAAAGAGAUAAUAUUUGUGGUGGGAUUUUUUUUAUUAUGCCAGGACAUGCAUGGAAAGGAAGUUGAAACAGAUCUGGCAAAUGUUAAAUUGUCAAUUUAUUCAGCAAGUGAAGUACAGGCAACCCUCAGCUUGAUGCUGGGGUCUCAUAGAGUCAAAGCACAUUGGAUUCAAUAAGUGAGUGGGAUUGCCAAAGUCUUUUUUCCUGGACCCCUUUUCAUUUUUUAAAAUGGCCAAGUGUGUAAAGCUGAAUGGGCACAAGUUAAAUGUGGGCAAGUUGUGAGUUACUUGUAAUGUAAACUGGACUACUUCAGCUUUGUUUGUGAAAGUGGUUGUGUAAUUACAGUUCUACACAGGGUUGGCAAGGCAAUAUAAGUUCCCACCUGAGCAAUUUACAGUGUCUCAGCAUAUUCUAGGGAUGUCCUUAUUUAAUAGGAGGCCUCCAUUUUGAGAAGCUUGGAAUCUUCUGAGGCCUUCAGGUGAAAGGGUCUUGGAGUUGAGCACAGCCCUGCUCCUGAAAACUAGUUGAGGUAUUGGGCAUGUUAAUGUUAUUUGAGUUGUUGUUGCAGCUGCUCCAUAUAUACACUCUAUUAUUAUUCUAGGGUAUUGUGCUGCUGAGUAGAAGUAUGUGUAUCACUGCUAUACCUCUGCAGUUGAAAACUCUUCACUAUGGCCUACUGAAUAACACUCUCAGUUGCCCAGGCUUUAAAGGAGAAAGAAUGAUUGUUAUUUCUCUUGAAAGAAUACUUCCAGAAUUGAACGGCUUGCUAUUAUCAUUUUAUUAGCCUUUCCUUUUUUAAAUAAAGCACGCCUAGGCUCCCCCACCCCUCAUUUCUCCUCUUCUGCUUUCCUGGUUAGUGCAUGCAGUGAUUUGCUUUCCCCCCCUCAGCAGACCCAGAUGGCUGGCCAGCCAGGUGUGACCAUUGCAUUUUGAGAGACCAUAAAAUGCUGAUUGCUCCACUUGAGUGUCUGUGGCAUGUUGCUUGCAAUCUAACCCAAAGCAGCUGGUAACACAACUUGAUGUGCCACUGGAAUCUCAGUCAGAUCAGGCGGUGGAGCCAUAAUUCUAAGUGACAGAAGCAAACCUUUGGUGUCAGAUGCUCUCCCUCAUGGAUAUCUAAAUGAUCCUCUUCUCUCUCAUUUUAAGGAAAUCUGUGUGCCGUUAUUGAUAGGGGAGAGUCAUGGAAUGUAUAAUGCCUAGAACUUACUCUCAUAAUAAUGUAAUAACAUGUGGGAUGCUUCAUUGGAAUCAGGCAUUGGUUACACCUGUACCUUUGGCAAGUGAGUUUGCUUUCUGGUUAGGUAUUACCCAAACAAGCUGCCUCGAAAUUGUGUUUGGAGCAUAAGAUGCUGCCUUAGACCAUUGGUCCAUCUAGUUCAGUAUUGCCUACAGUCCCUGCUCUGCACAGGCUGGUAGAGGCUCUCCAGGAUUUCAGUAUUUUUGCAUUUACUACAUUUAUAACCUAUGUUUCCUCCAAGGAGCUCAAAGGGGCAUACAUAGUCCCUCCACCCCCACCCUACCCCAUUUUAUCCUCACAAUAAUCCUGUAAGGUAGUUCAGGUUGAGAAAUGAUGACUUGCCUGGUUGCCUUGUGGUGUUGAUGGGUAAGGAGGGAUUUGAACCCACAUCUCCCCAGUCCCGGUCCACUGCUCGAAACCAUUGUGCCACAUGGGCUCUUGAGGUUGAACCUGAGCUUGAGGUUUUUAGCAUGCAAAUCAUGCUCUUCCCAACAAUUAUACAACCUGAAAUCUAGCCCCUGCUGGAGCACUGUAUAUUUAUUUUAAUUUGCAUAACAGCAUCUAUGGGGAGAAAUUCAAAUGUAAUAAGUGUGUUCUGUUGCAAACACUCUUUGGAUUGUUUGUAGUUGACUGUGUGAAGAGUGAAAUGUGUGUUUGUCCCUAGCUGAAAUCAGAGAAAGACAUUGGGUGGGAGCUAAAUUGGCAGGUUGCCAAGAAGCUGCAGCUAAACCAGCACUGUGGCUGAGGCUGGCUGUGUAACUUUGUGAGAUUUCAGUUAUGAGAGUUGGCAGUAGGAUCCAAAUUGGUCAGGAUGUUACAAGUCCUUCAGUGGACGUUCUAGUCAGAAAAAGCGCAGGCUCCUGCUGUUUGAAAGCUCAGUUGGGCAACUUUUGGGAGACUGAAGAGAUUUGCCAGUGAACUAAACAAGAGAUUCUGAAAAGCCUUUAGCAAGCCUGUGAGAGUCUGAAGCUCCAGAGAGGCUGCGAAGCUCCUGCGAAGCUCCUCUCCAGAGAGGAGACGAGCUGAGGGUUCUUUGUGGCAGCAGGCAGCUGCUGAAAAGGAAGGUGCCAACAUCUCCAAACUUGAAAUCACUGAAGUAAGAAGCUAAGAUGGCUUGCAAAAGAAGAGGACCACACUAGAACUAGUUCUUGGGGAUAGCUAAAUUCAUAAUACGCUCACAACAACCCUGUGAGGUUGGUUAGGCUUGAAAGACGGUGACUGGCCCACUGAGCUUCAUGGCAGAGGGAGGAUUCAAGCCCUGUCUUCCCAGUUCCUAGUCUUGCAUUCUAACCAUGAUACCACAUUCCUUCUCCAUUGAGCAAAUCCAUUGAGCAGGCUCUCUUACAAACAACAACAACAACCUGUUUAGUCCAAUUAGUUGCUUUGGUUUUUAGGAUAUUGGGAAGUUGCUUCGCCACAAGGCUUAAGAGGUAGCUGUGGCUGCUUCUUCUUUGCAUCAGUUGCUGUCCUUGUCUCUUGUCUGCCCUUAAAAGCAAGCCCUGUAAUUCUUGUCACACUUCCCUAUGAUUCAUGGAACUGUGUAAAUUUUUAAUAACCCCUUUGUCUUUUGUAAGUGUUUGUUUUAGGCAGCUCAUACCUUUAGUAGGUGUGGGCAUUCUUUUGACAGUACUAUGCAGGAAAUAAUAGCUAUUAGAGAAUUUCUGUUCUGCCAUUGCUCCUUCAAACAGGAGUGGGUAAGAUUUAUUUUUUUUACCUGCUGUGGCUGCUUUUGAAUCUUCCUGUCUUUAGUAACACACACACACACACACACACAGCCAGGUCUCCUCCUCACAUUGUUUCAGAUGUGAUAUCUGCUACUCCUCAUUUAUGGCAUGCUAAUCUGCUUGGUUUUUUAAGGUUUGUGGGCUUUUUACACUUUUAAAAACUGUUCUGAGAAUGGAGGUGGCGGCUUCAUGAACAGGGGCGGAAGAAGGGGGUGCGGUGGGUGUGGGCCACCCUGGGUGUCAUCCCUUGGGGGGGUGACAUCGCAGUGCCGCCCCCCUGGGAUGCUUGCUGUGUGGGCGAUGCCCCCGCGGGCAGCUAGCCCCGCCCCAUGGACAUCUAGCCCCACCCCUGUGGGCACAGCUAGCUGCUCCGCCUCUGUUCAUGAGUGACAUAGGGGCCAGUCAAUCAGGGUUGUGUAUAAUGCUGCUCUGAGGAAGGGAGAGGCGUAGCCAAUCAGGACUGUGUACAGCUCUACUCUGAGGAGAGGGUUAAAUGUGGUUUCAUGGUUGACACAAAGUGUAGCCAAAAGUAUGUCCAGAACACAAGCUCACUUUGUGUGUAUGAAGGGGUAAAUGGGACUGUGCCACUGGUCCCAACCCCAAAGUAAUGUGGCUUCCCCUUACUCACCACCUGACACCCAUCUGCUAGGCAUAGACACCCGACCCAAGGAAGCCUAUAAGAGUUGACAUCCUGAUCACAAAUGGUUCCAGUUCCCAGGGAAAUGUAGUCUUUGGCUCAGGCAUUCGUGACUUAUGUAGGAACAGCCAAUCUGUGACCCUCCAGAUGUUUUAGACUACCCCUGGCAUAGCCAGUGGUGAGGGAUGAUGGGAGUUGUGGUGUAACAAGGGCCACAGGUUAGCCACUCUGUCCUAAUGCAUUGGCAGUGUUUGAAAUUAGCCAGGCGCCUGUGGCAUUUUGCACCUGGCUAUCGGCCACUUGUGACCAAGUGAAGAUGCCUGGAUGCCAGGAUGGUGCCUGAUAUUUCCACCAUCUGGAGUUACAUGCCUGGGGAUCAUUGGAUCUUGACUGUUUUCACACACUAAUACCACAUCCUAUAGAAUUCUAUCAGUUAUAUUUUAUUUGCACAAUCAGAAUGAAUUUCAGGAACCAAAAUGCUUUUUCUGGGCAGCCUGAGCAGGAGCAAUGAACAAUGUUAUAGUUAAAUGUUGUAGCUAAUAAUUAAUAAUUACUUAUUUAUACCCCACCUAUCUGGCUGGGUUUCUUCAGCCGCUUUUGUCUUCACUUCCCCCACCCCACUGCCCUGCUCACAGUUGUGAAGAAUAUUCCUGGGUUAUGAAUGGCCUAUGUCACAAUUAAUAUAAAAAGAUAGGAACAGGCCAAUGUACAUGUGGACUGCCCCUGAAUAAAGUGACUUUUCUUUAAGUUUUCUAAAUUCUUAACCUAGCUCAAGGCAACCAGACAUUCUGAUUUGGCAAAUGUAACCUUGGUUUAAGGAGCCAUUUUGCUUAUGUAUCCAAGUUUCUAACACUUCAUGGUGUCAUCCUACCCAUUUCUGCACACCUUGGGACCUGGAUCCCGGAAGGCUUCUUCCAUGCAGACCUGUCCAUAUGCUAAGCUUCAUGGAUGAGGUGGUCCUGAUUGUCCUUCAGGCUGCUGAGAUCCAUCUUGUGACAACAUGGAGGAGGGUCUUUUGCAUUGUAGCACCCAGUUUAUACACUUGGAUUGAAGGGGGCUACAAUACUUACUUUUCCAUAGUAGGUUCCCUGCUAAAAUUAUGCACACCUUCAGCACUCUUAAUGUAAUAUGGGCAUUCUUAUCUUGCAAAUAUUUUUCAGGCUUAUUGUUUCCUGUUACAAUUGGUGUCAAGUUCAAGUACACUGCUAAAUACUAAUAACAAACUUCCAGUUAAUGUUUAUAGGCAAAUAGGGCUUUGUUUUGUUCCUGCCUUUUUGUAGUUUGUUCAGAAAAAAACAUUAUUCAGUUUUUAAGAAGCCAGCUAUUUAAAUGCACAGAGAUCUUCCAUUCGGUCUAUUGCUUGCUUGAAAACAUAAGGCCAUAAUGAAUGUGAGCAUUGAAACAAAAAGAAAAUAUUGGUGUAUUUAUAUUUGAUUUUACAUAAUCAAGGUAUUGCAAAUAGUUGUUUUGACUUUCAAAAGGCAAUGGAAGGACGUUUAAUUGAGAUAACCUUAUCACUUCAUAACCAUUAUAUAAAUUGGUCCUUGACGGCUUAAUAUUUUCUGACCAAGCUGUUCAGUAGAGAUUGGAAAUUCUCAUCUAGGGCAGAGAAGGUUUAAUGUCCCCCUAGGGGUUAGGGUGAAUGUGAUUGCCUGGAGAGUGAACCUUUUGUAAGCCACAAGAGGCUGAGCCUUUUGUCCUACAAAGGAGUAGUAGUUAGGGUUCUAAGGCUGCAAUCCUUCAGUAAGCACCACUGGACUUAAUGGGACUGAGUUAGUGCAUAGGAUUGUAUUCUAAAUGUAUUUCAUGGGUGUCUGCAGGUGUUUUUCCGAUGGGGGUGGGGAGCAAAUAAGCCAGUCAAAUGUAACUAGCAUCUGGGAACAGGUCUACCAAGUCUGGUAGAUCUGAUGGUUGAAUGGAAGUGAGAUCUAGGUAGAUCUGUCACCUGAGAAACUUGUAUUACUGGCCUGACCUUUCAUUGCAUCUCAAUGGGUAGGCCUGCUGUCCGUCAAUGAGUAGACCUGAGUAUGCCACUAGACAUGUCCAUACCAAUUACAGCAAUGCUCACCAAUAUUUUGACAUUCUUGUUCUUUAUAGCUAUUCCCGACAACUUUUAGGCUACUUCCAACAACUUGUGGGCAACCGGUAGGGAACAUAAUUUGAGGCUGAGGGCCACAUUCCAUUCUGGGCAACCUUCCAAGGGCCACAUGGCAAUGGUGGGUGAGACCAGAGGCAAAAAUGGGUGGAGCAAUGAAUGGAAAUGUUGCCUCUUUGUACAGAAAACUCAUUUUUAAAUGCAUUCAAACGCCGCUCUGCAUCCUCCAUCUAGGCAUGCAUGAGGCAUUACUGGAGUUCAAGGACCCAUUCCAACCAAGGAAAAACACUUGGGGGGCACAGCAGGCCAAUGUGGGGUGUCCCCUGGGGAGAGUUUGGGAGCUAGUCAGAGAAGCCUGCAGGGCUGCUUUUGUCCCUUUUGUCGGAGGCUCUGCACUCCAGCUAAGUACACUUAAUUAGACUCAGUAGGACUUACUUCUGAGGAAUCCACUAAAAAAACAAAGGGGGAAUAUCAUGCCAUGUAGCUAGUUCUAGAACAGUGCGAAGACAUAUAUUUCUUGCCACAGAACAGCUGGCCUUGUAUUUGUAGCUAAUCACCUGUUUUAAACUUAUUAAUAUCUUGGAGAUGAAGAAAUAGGUUAUUUGGCAUAUUAAAGUUACUGUUUUUAUUGUACUCUAAAAUAAUAUUGAGAUUAAACUAAAAUGCUGACAGAAAAUAGGAGCCAGUGGGCUGAGAAUAUUUGAAAGAAGCUUUGCAAAGAAAGGGAUGGUUCCUGUUCUCUCUCAUUACUGUAGCCUCUUCCGUUAGGUUGCGUUAUCUUAUCAGGCAAAAAGCCCCAGAAAUAGAAAGUUUUCCAUGCAUUACAGGAGCAGCCGUGGAAGUUUGAGGACUGUGGUGUGCGCUUUUUAAGAAAAUGCUAAACAAAAAAGUGAAGGGCAGGAGCUAAAAAUUAACACUAUAUUGAGAGCUCUUCAUUUUGCAACCUUAAGUUCCGGUGAACAUGCAUUUGCUGCUCCCAAUAGCAUUCCGCAUUCAAGCACUGCCUGCCUGCCUGCCUGGGUUGCGUUUGCCAGAGGAGGCUAUUGAUCUUAUGUUAGAAGAAUGACAGAAGGGAAAGCAGAGGCUGCAGCUUGCUUUGGAUUAGUAACAAAGAGAAUACGCAAGAUCUUCAGGCAUUUCCCUAAGUCAAAAUCAUGGUCCGAGGGUCUCCACCUUCAACUCAAGAGGCCCAGCAGAGAGGCCUUGCUGGCUAAAGGUAGGUUGAAAUCAUUCCAACAAACUUCCACACCAAUUCUAAUAACAAACCACAAGAUAUGGGGUAGUGGCCACCAGUAAUGUGUACUCUAGCUUUAAGGUGUUAGGGCCAAAAUUUUGAUGCAAUUGGGCAGUCCAGUCAUGGGUAUAAAAAAACCUACAGUAAUGGGAACUUUUUUUUUUUGUUACAGCUCAUACCAGUGGUGCCUCAGUAUUGUAGUACAUCAGUAAAUGACUGCACUUUUGCUUUGAUAAUAAUUUGGUUUCAAAUGCUAGACUUCUAAAUGUAAUAAUGUGUCCCUUAAUAAUUUUCAAAGCAUAAUUUUGGUCCUUUUACCUAUGUUGUGUUUUUCAGAUCAUACUUGGGCAAAUGGAGUUACCAAGGCAUUUUGUAUAUGGACUUUAAUGCUGUAAGCAAAUGUUUUUCUGCUGUUCCAUUUGCCAUUUAGAACUCAUUGCUAAUGAGUAUAAGAGGCUGAAAAACAUUCAAAGUCAUGGAAAAUAUAUUAGACAUAUUUCUGUGCUCUGUUUUAUUGCUCAUGAUAAUGGCAUCCUCCUGGACUCUGUUAUUUUGAACAUCAAACGCUGAGUAGAUACUAUUUUUUCCUUCAGUAGUCUGUACAUUAAGAAAACCAUAUGAACCUUAGUUUUCUAAAUAUUUUGUAUAGGGAAAUGACCUGUAAAAUGAAGCCUAACCAGUUCUUUAAGGUGAGGUUGGCAUGUUUGCUUCUAAAUGAGCCUACCCUUGUUCAUCGGUGACCUUUCAAGUUACUCAGACUCUCUGAGAAGGGGAAAAGACUAACUUUAGAGCCUUUCUAAAGGAUAGGUAGAAGGGUUAUAUACACUCUAAAUAUGUUAGAAUUACGUUGCAUUACUCUUCAGAGUUCGUAUUGAUUCCUUGCUGCCCCAAUUUCUUUCUUUCUUCUGUGUAAGACUGCAUAAGUGAUGUAUUCAGGUAGAAGCCAGCCCAUAAUUUUCAUCAUUAUGGAUAUCCCAUGACCUUCACAGAAACCAGGUUUAGCAGCUGACAGCAUGAAAUGGGAACUGCCUUAGUCUUUCAAACAGGCCAACAAUUAUUCAACAAUCAUUUCCCUUCUUCAUUUUUUGCCUCUGAAUAUGAGAUGGAGUUAUGGAUUUAAUAAAAUCAAUCAAACAUGGAUAGCCUAACUGAGGCCAGUGGGAUAGCUGCACUCAAGUGAUAUCCUGCUGUGCAGUCUAGUAUAAAGCUAUCAGAAUUUUCACCAACUAAUUUUGAUUUCAGGGUCUCAAGUAAGUGUGGGGAUUUAUUUAUUUUUGGACUCUGUGGUUGAAUUCAGCUUAUUAAAUCACAUCCUUUGUUUAAAUUGACAAAGAGGAGACCAUCAGUCCUAGAAAUAUGGUGUGAUGAUGUCUGCCAUUUUACAGCAAUUAUAUAUAUUUCAAGCCCAAAUAAUUGCUUUUCGCAGUCUUCUUUUUACAAGCCAGGGAGAAACUGUCUUAGAAUAGGUGCUUCUGUCUAGUAGUUUUAUGUACUUACUUCAUUUUGGUUUGGGUUCUACAAAUGUCAUUAUCUUAACAGAGUUAUGUAUGCUGUAUCUUAAUAAAAGUUGGUUUAGUCAAUAUUUCUGUUGGGUGUGUGCCAACUCAUUGAGUUUUUAUGAUUUAUAAUACAGAAUUUAUAUGUAGACACCAGACCUCAAAGCCGUCUUACCCAUAGGCGCUAGGGGUGUGGGGCACCCGGGUGCCGGACUCUCAGGGGCACCAGUCUGAGAGUCCAGGGCCUGAGAGUUGAGUCCAGGGAAGAGCUCGUCCAUCGGUUGAAGCGCUGCAAUGGGCUCUUCUGCGGGCAGCUUUGUGCUGUGAGUUUGGAGGUGACCAAGCCAGCAAGGUGCUGAGGUGGCCAGCUGGCUCUGCCCUCCUGCACGCCUGGGACUGGGCAACCCGGGGGGGGGGCCCGAUGGGCAGAUUUUUGCACCCCGGCGCCGUAUAUGCUUAAGACAGCCCUGCCACACCUUCAAGAACAGAUUUUCAUGUAUGGGGUGCAUAAAGGCUUUUUUUGCCACUUCCAAAUAUGAAAAUAGACCCAAGUGUUGCUACUUUAAUAAACUGUGAGCUCUCCUGAUUGUGCUAAAAUGUUUCCUUGUUGCAUGGUAUAUUUACAUUGUAGUAUACUGAAGAUCAAGAUUCCAACAGACAGUAUAAAAAGGCCAUGGGAUAUUUAGUUCCCUGUUUUUAACUGGGAAUGCAACUUAUUCUAUUGAAGUUGCAUUGUGGAAAAAAAUAUUGGUUUUUUAAAAAAUAAAAAAACAACAACACUUAAAUAUUUGUGUAAAACGAUGUGUCUUGCUUCCAGUGGCUCUUUGUGAGCAAUGUCAUGUGGCUUCAUUCUAAAGCAUAGACUGAGUUUCUAAAAUUAGCUUUCUCAGCAAGUCACUGAAGUGAUUAUGCCCAUUCAGGAGGUGAUAGUGACCACAGGAGUGUUGCUCUUAACCCCCUCCCCCGAAGAAAUGCCAAAUGGCUGCAAAAAUUGAUCAUUGACACAGUAAUGAAAAUGUUAGGGUUUCGGGAGUUGUUGUUGUUUAGUCGUUUAGUUGUGUCUGACUCAACAACAACAACAACAACUCCUGAAACCCUAACAUUUUCUUUACUGUGUCAAUGAUCAAUUUUUGCAGCCAUUUGGCAUUUCUUCAUUUUGAACUAGUUGUUUGCACUGGAGAACAAUAAAACCCAGAUUCAUGAAUUUUGGUUCAAACUUAGUUAGCAUGUAUUUUAGCGCUAGAAUAUAUAAGGGAAGGUUUUGCACAUAUGAACAGUAAGGAAGACUGACAAGCGCUAAGACCGGUACUAAGAAUGUAUUUGCUAGAGACUAAAUGGAGUAAAGGAGAAAACCAGACUUAGUGUUUUAAUUCUAUGGCAUACCACUUUCCCCCUCCAAUUGGGUUAUCAUUCUUAAUAGCUUCUCAGACUUAAUUAAACACAUGGGUUGCUUUGUCACAAGUUGCAUUUCUCUGCAAUCAUGAAUUAUUGAAUUAUUAUUUUUUAUGGGAAUGCUUGGAGAGAGAAAAGGCGAGCUUUCGUUUGAGUUGUGAAACAAUACCUGUGCGGAAAUAAAAUACAGUGAUAGCAUGCAGGCCCUUUCAAAACAGAAGGGUAUGUUAACCAAGGAGAAUAUUUAGAAAGCUGUGCAUGAUCCUGCUUGAAGUAAUAUCUUUCUGUAGAGGUCCAGCAUGGUGCAAUCAACUCAAAUUAUAACACAUCAAAUAAAGGAUUUGCAUUUGGUAUGUAGUUCCUUACAGAGGCACUAUCUUCUUAAGGAAAUUGAGGGGGCUUUUGUGUGAUGCUGUGCAAUGCUGCACAACACUACAUGAUGCUCUGACAUUGUGUGAUGCCAGGGGGCAGAACCUAACACCUCCUGAAUAUUGAGGGGGCUCAGCCCCCUUAAAAAAUACUUUGGGGGCCUCGGCCCCUAGAAGUUGGUACGCCUGGUUCUUUAUAUCCAGCUUUUCCUGUCAUUCAGUUUGUACAGUUCUGGUAGCUGCCUCAGGAUUUUUUCUUGGGGUAUUCUCAUGCCUUGCCCAUGGCUGUACCUGUACCUGAAUAUUUUUUGUCUCUUUUGCUACUUCUGUGAUUUCUGAUGAAGCAGUAUCUUCUGUUUAUGUCUGGGGUUCACUAGCUGUCUUCUGCUUUUUGAAGUUGUUGCAGGUGUCUAUAACUAAACAAAUAGAAACAGCUCUGUUUCUUGCCUUUCUUUCUGUGGCAACCUUAUAUCGACAUCCCAUGUGCCGUUCUCUUACCCUUCAACCAAUGAAAACAGUAGCACUAAUUUUUUAUUUCCCAAGAAAAGCUUUUUUCGCUACUGAUUUUACCAAAAGCUUUGUCAUCACUUUUGGUUUCUAUUCUGCUGGGCUACUUUUGGUUUCUAGUCCUGGCCACCCCCAUCCCCACUUACCCCUCGAAAAGCAGGUUCAGGUCCAGCAGUACCUGCAAGCUCCUCAACUGAUCAUAAAAAGAUGCUGCAACUCUUUAUAUUAUCAUUGUGUUUCUAGGGUAUUCAGAUCUUAUAACAUUUCCACAGCAUCAUUAGAUCUGAACAGGUAGCAUUCAUCUGAGUUGCCUGCUGGCCCAGGAAGGUUUUCCUUCAGAAAAUUGCAAAGAGACAAAAUCUGGCAGCUACCGUAUUUUUCGCCCCAUAGGACGUACCUAGUUUUUUUUGGGGGGGGAAAUAAAGGGAAAAAAAUUAUUUCCCCCCCAGGCACGGGGCUGGCGCGGGGGAAGCCCGAGCUUCCCCUGACCCCAGCCCCCAGAACAGCCUGCUGUCCGCAAGCCUAGGGAGCCGCGCCGGUCCCCCCAGGCUUGCGGAGAGCUGCACGAAGCCCGGGCGCACUCUUCAGUGCGCCCCAGGCUUUGGAAUGCAGGCAGAUCUGCGCAACCCUCGGGAGCCCGGCGCGACUGCUCGCCGGGCUCCCGAGGGUUGCGCAGAGCUUCCUGAAGCCUGCAUUCGCCCCAUAGGAUGCACACACAUUUCCCCUUCAUUUUUGGAGGGGAAAAGUGCGUCCUAUAGGGCGAAAAAUACGGUACUCUCAGUAGGCUCCCCAAACCUCUCAUAGAUCACUCUAAACCUAUUGUUGACUAGCUGGAUUUGUGUGUGUCUGUCUACAUUAAAACAAAGAAGUACAUUUAGGAUUUGAGGGGGCAAGUGCCCCCCUGCAGAAACCAAAGUGUACAAACUAACCACUCAGGGGCAAGGACCCAAGUUUCAGGGAAACUGCAUAUCUGGUUUUCUGGGAAAGUAUCAUGAACAUGCAGGGUUAUUUCUGGUGAAGUGGGAAUUAUAGAGAAGGUUUUGCUCAUCUCUAAUCUUAAUUCCUUGCUAGAUGGAAAAACACAGUGGAAUAUAGGGACAUUAAGCUUUGCAAAGGCAAGCGGAAUUAUAGCUGUCAUAAAUAUAGACCAAGUGAGUUUGGACUGUUUAUGUAUCUUACAUACAUUGUAGAUGUCAGGAGAGAAAAUAAACAGGAUGGAUUAAAAUUAUCAAUUUGUGUAUGUUGUUGAUGCUAAUGUGGCACAAAGAUGGUGUGUGAUGGGGCAGCCAAGGAAUCUCAUAUCCUAAUGCACUAGGCCUCAGAUUUCCUACUCCUUCUUCCCAAUUUUUGACACCCCCCCCUUUGCUUAUAAGACUGUUGGGCAUGUAUCACAGCUUAAUGCCAAUGAGACCUCUGACUACCUGCUGUCUUAAUUUGCACCUCAGAGACAUAAUAACUCAGCACAUGCAAACUUAUGUCAUGCCAUACCCAUAUUUUGAUUGCUUUAAGUACUUAGCAAUACCCCUGGUGUGUAAGGAUGGGAAUGAAUUUCUGUGUGUUGGAGUAAAAAUGUUUAUUUACUGUCUUGUUACUGUCUGUGUGUGCUGCUUUGCAUCUUGUAUACAUACUGGUGAUGUGUUAAAAUAACCCUGAAAUGGACAUUCAGCAUACAUCGAUGAAUAUGCCCUACUUUUCUUCAUGCUGUUCGUUGCUGCAGCUGUGAUACCAUAUGCCACUUGGUGCUUCAGGAUGAUUGUUUUAGGAUCAAGAUGUUAAUGCUCAUCAAGAGGACAAUACCAUGCUUGAGUAGGCUGGAAGACUUUUGAAUAAAGAUGGGUGAUCACCCACUUGCUUGUCCCCAAAAUCAGAAGCAUUCAAGUCAAAUACUCCACCAAUACCACCUUUUGAUUAUUAUUUUUUCAAAUGUUCAGCUGGAAACCUUCAGUAAUUCCAUUUCCACAUCCCUCUAAGUCUUGCCACCUCUAGUUUUCCUUUUUUUAGGUGAACCUAACUCAAAGUGGGGCUCAAACUUCUAUCCUCUUCCCUCCUCCUCUUAUCAGUCCUGCCCAUCUCCAAAAAAGAAAGAAUAAACUAACUUGAUGGAGGUAGAUGCCAAGUGGAAGAGGACCAGAGAUUGGGCCAAGAGAGGUUAUAUGGAUGUUCUCCUUGGUGACCAAUGAUGUGCUCUGUGCAUCGCUUCUUGAUGGUGAUUAUGAAGCUUAAAAGUCAAGUCCCAUCACCCAGUGGAAAGUUAGGCAAGGAGCAUGUAAUUUGUUUCCGAGGGGCCUGUUUCGGUCUAUUCUAUAACCCCCACCACAUGAUCCAUUUUACCCAACACAAGGGAAUUUCAAUGGAACAAGCAGGCAAGGGGGGAACAUAAGCCCCAUUCAGUUUAGCCUGGUUCUAAGGAAAGAAGGAUCCUACUUGAAAUGCAGUUGAACAUUAUGAGUGGAGAAGAGCCAUAUUUUAGGGGACUCUUUUCUUUUUUAAUACUACUUCCAAUUCCUACCUCUGACAAAUGGAAGGUGAAAAUGUGGCAAAGCAAUAUCAUGUCCAGAGUUUAUAUAUUCACUUGGCUGACUGUUACGUCCACUGAUGGCAAUUGAUACUGUCAUUCAAAUGACCUUGAGCAUUUCUGAUUGGUUGCCAUGUAUUCCAUGGAUUACCUUUUCACUUACCAGUAAACUAACACAAAUCAACCUAUUUGCCUUAAGCCUCUUAGUAUAGUUGGCUGUGGAAUGAAAUUUUUUUUUUUUUUUUGAGAACAUGGUUCUGGAAGUUUAACAGUUUAUUUGAGUAGAGACUGGUGUGCCCAGUUACAGUGAGUUGAGUGGGUCAGGUGAGUGCUGCUACCUUCCUCUUUGACUACUACAACAAUGCAGGGUGUUAUAUGGAUUGUGUUUAAGAUAAAUAAUAGCAAAGUGGUUGAAAAACAUGUUACUCUUAAUAUAUUGCAAGCAGCUGCAUUUCCUUUCACCCCUUAAAUUAAUUAUGGACACCACCACUAGUAGAUAUCAUUGUUAUGUUCAGAGGUAGGAUUCUUAAAAAUAAGAAUCUGGGUUCAGACUAUGUUUAGUAGAUGUGCAGUUUUAUUCUAGAGUACCUUCCUUGUAUAAAGUUUCACCAAGGCUUCUGUUCUUCCUUCCAAAAUGCCCUUUUUCUGUUAGCCUUCUUCUGGUCCUGAGGUGGCAUAGUCUGUGCUUUGUGCUGAAAACUUAGUCUGGAGCAAAUAAUGAAUCUGCCAUAAACAUAAGAAUCAGGAUUGCAGCAUACAAAGAGAAGAAGUUAAGCCCCACUGCCUACUUCUUCAGGGGGAGAACCACCAGUCUCUUAUUGGAAGCUCUACCACUCAGGGGUUACAAUCCUACACCCCAACCCUCUCAGAGGGUUAGUCCUCUGCAUUACAAUUAUGACUCCAGCCACGCAAAAGCCAAUGAUGAUAUAAUGUGAGACUACUUUAGCCAGCCCGUCAUCUCCUCUAGGCAGGUGGAGCCUUCCAUGUACAUCCCAGGGCUUGUUAGCCUGCACAAGGCUUCAGUUGAUUCUAACUCUCUGCAGAGACAACAUCUUCUGUAGCAACCUCAGGAGGAAGACAUUUCAGCCUUCCGGGCUCUCCUGGAGCUAUCCAAGGUCCUGUCCUUGCCUGCUAUCUACUCAUUUGUUUUUCCUGCAAGCUUCCAGCUACCACCAAACUGGACAGGGGAGGAUAAGUCCUCUCCUCUCCAGUGCCACCCCUACCAAAAAUCAUUAGAUAAGUUGGAGAGAAACAGGUGUUUGGCUCUUCAGGUUUUGAGUUGGCCCAGAAAGUUGGGAGGAGGGCCUUGAGCUGUUAGUUUGGAGAAGACCCUCCCCUGGAUGCUGGCCCAUACUCCCCUAUAAGUAGGCUAAGGACCAAACUACACAUGACAUUACUAAGCACCUUGUUUGCCCUGGAGUGAAAGUUUUUAUUUCAUGGAUUGAGUCCCCUGCACUAACAAUCAGGAACCUGGCAUGGUGGGGUUGGGGGCUUAAACUUUUAGCUCCCUGCUGAAGUCCCGAUCCAGGCUGGAGUGAAUGAGAGCUUCCCUCCCCAAUGCAAGCUGCAUGUGCUGAGGCCACAGCAGGACUGUCCAAAAAGAUAUUACUACAAUCUACCCUUUGAAAAAUGAGUGGAAACAAAAAUGGGAAGAGAAGUUAACUAGAAUGUAUAACAUGCUGUUGAAUAGCCAAAAGGUGGAUGAGAAAGCAUAUAGGAGGAAGUGAGAUAAAGAUCUAAAGAAAAUAGCUCUUAAAUAAGUAUUGGAAUUUUUGCGUGCACAAGGCUCGUGCUUUUCGGUGCUAACUGGAUCUAGACAAUUUCCUGAAAAUGAGUAAACAAUAGAAUUUAACAACAUGGAAGAUGUGGGGAAAAAAGAGGUAAAAGGAAACUAUUGGGCAUGCCAGCAAUCCCAGAGGUUUCUGCAACAUGUGAAGUGUAAAAAAGAAUAUUAAAAAGCUGCUAGAUUUUGGAAGGUGGUGCUAUAAUUAGUAGUUGUUUCAGGCAAAAGUAGAAAUGGACCCAGUUAAAUUUUGUUCAUAAUAGUGCACUAGUGAAGAGACCAAUGCCCAUAUUAUUUAUACCUUUUACUAUAGCAGGAAUUGAAUAUGCAAGACAGUUGAAAAGUAAUGAAAGCUUCUCUAUCACAAUACUGAUGGGGAGAAUAUGGAAGCUGAUAGACAUUAAAUGGACUGUGCUUGUGAAAGAUUCUGAGAAUUAGAAGAAAAAAAUAAAUAGUUGGGUUCUGGCAGUUCAGUACAUUAGACAAAAGGUUGGAUUAAAAGGUUCAGAAAUAGACUUUUUGUUAUUAUGAAGUAUUGUAGUAAUAAAUAAGAAAGGAAAUGUAAUGAAAAAGUGUUGAUGGAUGUUUUCCUUUCCUUUUUUCCUUUCCUUCUGAUUAAUGGAAACCCAUUUAGCAUUAGUGUGUAAUUAAAUAAGGAGAUGCUAUGUAGUAAGGCAAAGAGGAAGUUGCAGUGCGUGUUAAUUUUGUUUCAUCCUUCCAGAGUCUCACAUUCCUAAUAUGUCUGCUGUGUUACUAAUCAUACAUUUAUAGUGUUCUUAUCUGGACCGUAAAUGUUCUUAAUACCUUGCUUCUACCCUGUUGGUGUUCUUAAUAUUUCUAAUGGUACUAAUAUUUUUUGGGUUUUGCACUUGCAUCUUUUGUAUUCUAUGAAGCGAUGCUAUAUGUUGACGGUCUUGUAUUGUACAUAUAAUUAUAAUAAUUCAUUUAAAAAUACAUUAAUAAUACCUUUAAAUGUGCAUUUCUGUCUUUGGCAUAUGCACACUCCAGCAGGCAGGAAGAGAUGCUGAAAAGCACUUGAAGUUUUUAAGGUUGCCAGAGGCCUUGCACCACAUCUGCCAAAAUUCCUUCUUUGGCCUAGCAAUUAAAGGUGCAGUAGCCUUGCAUCCUGCCACCCUUGAAGUGGCACAUGUGAAAUACUUAGCUUCGGACAAAUGUUCGUGAUUUUGGAGAUUUUUUUCAUUUUCUUUUUUCUUUUUUUUGCACAGGUGGAGCAAAAGCUCAACAACUUUUUGUUUCCAUAUUUUUUCCUCCUGGAAUAUGGCAACCCUUUGUUGUUGUUUAGUCGUGUCCGACUCUUCGUGACCCCAUGGACCAGAGCACGCCAGGCACUCCUGUCUUCCACUGCCUCCCACAUUUUGGUCAAACUCAUGUUUGUAGCUUCGCGAACACUAUCCAACCAUCUCGUCCUCUGUCGUCCCCUUCUCCUUGUGCCUUCCAUCUUUCCCAACAUCAGGGUCUUUUCCAGGGAGUCUUCUCUUCUCAUGAGGUGGCCAAAGUAUUGGAGCCUCAGCUUCAGGAUCUGUCCUUCCAGUGAGCACUCACGGCUGAUUUCCUUCAGAAUGGAUACGUUUGAUCUUCUUGCAGUCCAUGGGACUCUCAAGAGUCUCCUCCAGCACCAUAAUUCAAAAGCAUCAAUUCUUCGGCGAUCAGCCUUCUUUAUGGUCCAGCUCUCACUUCCAUACAUCACUACUGGUAAAACCAUGGCUUUAACUAUACGGACCUUUGUUGGCAAGGUGAUAUCUCUGCUUUUUAAGAUGCUGUCUAGGUUUGUCAUCACUUUUCUCCCAAGAAGCAGGCGUCUUUUAAUUUUGUGACUGCUGUCACCAUCUGCAGUGAUCAUGGAGCCCAAGAAAGUAAAAUCUCUUGCUGCCUCCAUUUCUUCCCCUUCUAUUUGCCAGGGGGUGAUUGGCCCAGUGGCCAUGAUCUUAGUUUUUUUAAUGUUGAGCUUCAUCCCAUAUUUUGUGCUCUCCUCUUUCACCCUUAUUAAAAGGUUCUUUAAUUCCUCCUCACUUUCUGCCAUCAAGGUUGUGUCAUCUGCAUAUCUGAGGUUGUUGAUAUUUCUUCCAGGCAAUCUUAAUUCCGGUUUGGGAUUCAUCCAGUCCAGCCUUUCGCAUGAUGAAUUCUGCAUAUAAGUUAAAUAAGCAGGGAUACAAUAUACACCCUUGUCGUACUCCUUUCCAAAUUUUGAACCAAUCAAGUUGUUCCAUAUCCAGUUCUAACUAUAGCUUCUUGUCUCACAUAGAAAUUUCUCAGGAGACAGAUGAGGUGAUCAGGCACUCCCAUUUCUUUAAGAACUUGCCAUAGUUUGCUGUGGUUGACACAGUCAAAUGCUUUUGCGUAGUCAAUGAAGCAGAAGUAGAUGUUUUUCUGGAGCUCUCUAGCUUUCUCCAUAAUCCAUCACAUGUUUGCAAUUUGGUCUCUGGUUCCUCUGCCCCUUCGAAAUCCAGCUUGCACUUCUGGGAGUUCUCAGUCCACAAUACUGCUUAAGCCUGCCUUGUAGAAUUUUAAGCAUAACCUUGCUAGUGUGUGAAAUGAGUGCAAUUGUGCGGUAGUUGAAGCAUUAUAUGGCACUGCCCUUCUUUGGGAUUGGGAUGUACACUGAUCUUCUCCAAUCCUCUGGCCAUUGCUGAGUUUUCCAAACUUGCUGGCAACCCUACUUGAGCUUAAUUAGUUGUUGAAAUGGCUAGGUAUUUCAGACCAAGGUGGUGACUUGAGCUCUGGAAUGAAAAGCUUGCUAGCGUUGCAUUAGUCCUGGAAGCUCAUGUAAUGUGUACAUUCAUGUUUGAGUGUACAUACUUAUUGUUUGACUUGGGAAUGCUCUUGCACCUUAUUUAUUGAAAGUGGAUGUUGUGCGCAUUCAUGCUGCAAAACUCACGAGUUCAUUAUAUGAAAUGCAUAUAAAGUGGGUGAGGAAGAAGCUGCCUGCAAGAGCAAUAAAGCCUUUAAUUUAUUUUUAAAAGGUUUCAGUUAAAUGUGUGCUCAUAUUGGGCUAAGUCUGGAAUUGAUGCUGUUGUCUGGAUUUGAUGCAAGAUAAGCCCUGCAGCAUAUGUGAACAAAAUCCCCCUGAAAAAGUACUUGAUAAGCAUCUCAUACUGGAUAAAUUAACUGAUACAUUGCUUCUCCUCUUUUGAGUUUGUGAAUGCACUAGUCAGCUUCAGAAGUUCCUGAUGCCAAUUUGGCUUUUGGUCCCUGAAUGAAAAAUCAGUAGAAGCAUAAUUAGUAACGAGUCUGCAAAAUUCUCUGUUUAACCCAGGGGUGGAGAAACCCCUUUUAGAUGGCAGGCCAGAUCCAGUGUUGACCAACUCUCAGUGGAACACAUUUGACAGGUAGGUGGGUUGCCCACCUGUCCAUUCCAGCAUGUCAUAUGAUGUCAGGUGGAUGUGCCAAAUAGCUGAAACAGUGCAGCAUGCAUUUAGUGCUAAAUUUUAAUGGCGCUGAAUGAAAGCCACACUUGCAAAGGAACAAGUGGGAGUGCUCCCUAAGGCUACCAAUUGUUCCUUUGCAGCUGUGACUUUACCCAACACACACCUGAUGAUAUGGCUGUGGGGUAACAGUCUCUUGAGCCAAACGUUCCCCAUUCAUGACUUAAUAAUGUAUGUUGGAUGGAGGCUGAGCUGACUUGCAUUGGGACGCUUAGAGCUGUCUUUACCACUCUUCCUGGCUCUAGGUCCACAUCAAGGCAUGGCUUUGAAGAAAGUGGAGGGUGAACUGUACCAGCCUUCAUCCCUCUCCUGCUUUCUAGAUAUUCCCUGGUUUGGGAAGUGUGUAUAUGCCACCUUGGGGCAGGUAGCCCCAAAGUGGUAUAAAAUAAAAUAAAGUAGAUUGGAAAACACAGUGAUUCAAAGAAACACCAACAAACACAAUAUCCCAACAAGAGUCAGAUAUAAGCUUACUAUUCGGCCUGCCAUAACACAAACAAACAAACAAACAAACAAACAAACAAACAAACCCUGCCCAUCCGGCUGGGUUUCCCCAGCCACUCUAGGUGGCUCCCAAAAUAAUAAUAAUAAUAAUGAAGGGAUAAAACAUCAAACAUUAAUAACUUCCCUAAAUAGGGCUGCCUUCAGAUGUCUUCUAAAAGUCAGAAAGUUCUAUAAAGUGGCCUUCCCUUCACUAGGAACUAGGAAGCUCUCCUGCAGAACACCAAAGAAAGUGUCCAGACUGGUCACAAUAAUUCAAUUUUAAAUUUUAAAUUAUCUUAUAUCCAAAAUACAAAAACAAAGAACAAGAUGAAACAAAGUAAAGGAUUGUAUCUUGAUAAAUUGAGCAGUUGAUCAACGUAUUAAAGUGAGAAUUCAUUGGCGUAGACCUCGUUGCCCAAUGUAGGCGUUCCCGUAAUACAGCAAGGAUGGGGAACCUGGUACCCUCCAGAUGUUGUUGGACUUCUGCUCCCAUCAGCCUGAGCCAGCAUGGUUAGCUGUCAGGGAUGAUGGUGUUGGAGUCCAACUUGGUCUGGAGAGCUGCAGCCUACAGGUUCCCUAUCCCUGCAUCCCUGCAUUAGGAGGAUCAUUAACAUGAGAGAAUCUUACCUGAGCAGGUUCCUCAGAUGAGUCAUGAAAGAUUUGUGUCAAAAUGACUGCUUUAAGUGGGAAAUGAUUACUCUUCUCCCCUACUGGCUAGGUUUUGCUACCUUGUUUACCAGCCAGCCUAUUUCUCAUACUACUUUAGAAUGUAUUAAUUUGCUCCGAGAUGGCUGCUCUAAGUACAGCAAAGGUUUGUAGAUGAUGUUGAGUUUCUCCGUCCCUCACACCUGCUUUUUAAUACCUUAUUUUCCACCCUUGGAAAAUGCCUUCUCGCCACCUGGUCUCUAAUGUUCAUAACUGAGUUGUUUACAAAAUGCUCACAGUUUGUUGAAUAUAGCAAAAGGACUCCUGAUACCACAAUAAGCGUUCGCUUCUGUUCUGUGGCAGCUGCAUUUUUAACAGCACUUUGCAUUCCAGGAGCUAAUAUGCAUUUCUGAGAACAGACAGAUAGAGAAAUGCCUGGUAAUUACUGUCUCGCUUUUGAAGCCUCCACCACGAUAUACUACAGUACUAGAGUACAUUAUACAGAUUUAGUGCAGUGGUAGAUGCCAAGCACAAUAAACAUUUUGCAUUCUGGAAGGUAUCUGAAUGCUGAAUAGGUUCGUUUUGUUCCUUCACCUUUCCUACUCUACAGCUGCUCCAUGUGCCUGAAAAAACCCACAUCUGAUUGUUCUGCUGAUUUUGUUCAUAUCUAAAGCAAGUGGGGAACAUAUUCCCUGAUGGGAGCCCAGCUCCUCUUUUUGUCCUGGAAAUAUAUACAUGUUAAUAACUUGAUCCUAAACAUGUCUACUUGGAAGUAAAUUCUGAGCUCUGUGGGACUGAUUUCCUAGGUGACGUGCUUGGGAGGCAGUAUGGUGUAGUGGUUAGAAUUCUGAACGAGGACCUGGAAGACUAGGGUGCAAAUCCCCAUUGAGCCAAGAAGCCCACUGGGUGACCUUGGGCCAGUCACUAUCUCUCCCUGCCUAACCUACUUCAUGAGACUGUUGUGAGGAAAAAAUGGAGAGGGGGAGAAGUUUGUAUGCCACCUUGAGUUCCUUAGAGAAAAUAUUAAGCAAUAGUGAUUUAAAAACCAAGGGUGUGACAUUACUCCAGCAUAGUUUCUAGUUUUAUGAUAUACAGUUUACUUGUGUGUGAAUGCAGCUUAAGUACCCAUAUUCAGUGAGAUAAAUGUUGGUUCCCCCACACUUCCAAAAUAAUAUUUUUUACAAGUGUAUGCACAGUGGUCUGUGAGAUUUCCUAUUAUCUGCAGCAGUACAUUAAAGAAUUACAGCUUUUCUCCCUCCUCAAGUUAUCACUUUUGCGUGAGAGGAAUUGCUUGCUAUUCCCAUGAAGGCAGCGUUUAAUGGCCUGCAUAUACCGUGGCCAGCUGCCUUUACAUUUUCAUUUUUAAUUACAGCGCUUUGCAGGCUUUUGGGUUUAUUGAUUUCUUUACUUCUCUCCCCCCCCCCAGCCUCCUAACUGUGAAUCCCAAGUGCUGUCUCCUAUAAGCCAUUUGACUCCCUAGCACAGCUUCUUUGCAUAAAAGGAAUAAUGUUUUAUUUCUACAGCCAUGAAUUUUGAUGACAAUGAGAAGGCAGCUGAUGCUCCACAAUAUUAACUGGAGGGCUGUGUGCUGUGUGUAGCAUGUUAGGCUCUGUUCAUGGUAAGAAUUGUGCAGUGCGGUUGGUGCAGUCCCCCAAUAUAUAAUGUUGCUUUGUUGUUCAGUAAUUUUCACUGAUUUUACUGCCCCUGAUUUUACUGAUGACCCGUGCACCUAAGAGCUUGCUCAGAUCACAGCUGCUCAUGUCAAGGGUAUCGUAAUAAGAUCAUACCUGAACUGUACACACUGGGUUGAUCGAAUGUCAUGGAUUACCUCCAAGGGAUUAUAAGAAUUAUAGCUUGGUGAGGGCGAUGGAACUCUGUGUAAGGCAGUGGUGGGGAAUCCAGAGGUUGUUAAACUCCCAUUAGGCAUAGCCACCAUGACCAGUGAUUGGGGAUGAUGGGAGUUGUAGUGCAGCAACACUGCCGUCAAAGCACAUCAGUGCUGUUAUAGGGAUGGAGGAGAAUUUUGCUCUGUCUGCAUUUUUAAGUGCAUUGAUUUAAUUCAUACCUCUGAGAUGAAUACACAGAUCGGAAAAUAAUAGCCUUCAGAUUUUUCACUUCUUUGAAUUUUUCAGAUACAAUGCCAAAACGCAUACUUCAGUAAUUUUUAUACAUUUACUGCGGCAAAUGCCAGUGUAAUCAUGCCACGAAAAGCCUCAAAUUUGUAGUCUAAAUGCUACUUUAGAUUAUGAAGCCUGUCCUGUCAACUUGAUUUCCAGAAGGAUUUUACCUUUGCGGAUGGUUGGUGUGUGUGUGUGUGUGUGUGUGUGUGUGUGUGUGUAGCAGCUCCAAAUGAGACACUAACAAGGGAAUGGAUGCUGAAUAUCUAUGGUGUCCAUGGUUAUGGGGUGUAUGAAAGACUAGUAAUUGCUUCUUUAUCUGUAGUUAUGUAAAAUAUGUGUAUCGGAUGUUUAACAUGACCCCUAUUAGGUUUUAAAGACAUUUUUUGUGAGAUAAUGCAAAUUUCACCAUGUAUUUCUAUGUAUUCUGAAAUCCUGAUUGUUCAGUUUGUGAAUUCAGCCUUUAGAUAUCUUGGCUGUCUCCCCCCUCCCCUUAUCCCUCCACACAUUUUCUCCAUCUUUAAAACUUCAAAAUGCACACAUUGAAUGAACCUGUUGAUUGCUAUUGAACCCAUGUCCUAAUUUUGGUUCAAUUUAUUUUUCCUCCCUAGACUGCAAGUACACAUGUCACCAGGAAUGCAGAAGCCUCAUCCAGCUGGAUUGCAGCCAACAGGAAGGGCAGACUCGCAGCAAACCUUCUCCAGAAAAUACCUUAACACAAAACUACAGCCAGGUAUGAACUGCAGUGUCCCCAUGAUGCUUAAGGAAGAAAAUGGAACAAAGUGAUUUGCAUCUCUGGAAGCCAAAUGGUGCCAGCAUGCAGGAAGAGCUCAUUGACAGGUUUUUGCACACUCACUGUGAAUGGUAUCUCAGCAAAGCAAGGGGCCUCUAAUUUCUGCCUUUCCCAUAUCUGUUUGCUGGGCUGGCGUUUCUUCAGAUAGAUAAGGCAGUGCUUCUGAAUGAAGCAAUCCUAAGGCUUGCCUUCACAACAAAUAGCCUUUCUAUGCUUAAGAUUACACAUAAGGUCAAGUCAGACAAUUGGCAUCUUACCUGCUGUAGCACCUCCUGUUUUAGAAGCUAAGUACUAGUGUUAAUGUGAAAGUAAGUAGGAUUCAUCCUGUUACAUUGGUAGCCCAGGUAUUUUGUUUCAUGGGUCAAGCAGCAUGCAGAGUAAUAAGAUCAAGAAUCAUUCCAUUGCUCUUGCAGCAAUCUGGUAAAAGUAGCAGGAUGUAUUUCUGAAUGUCUUUUUGUCCUGCAGUAAAACUAAUAGGGCAAGUUGCCCUCAUACAGGGUGUUGAUCAUGGCAAUGGGCUCCCACUGUAAAAUCUCUGCUCUAAACAGAGGGUUUUUGAGGUCGGCCUGUCAUUAAGAGGUGUGCACACCACAUGUAGAUUUCUCUUGAGAUUGCACUCUCCUAAAAUGCAGUCCCAAAGCAUCCUUGCUAUAAUGGAGAAUGCAGCACUUUUCUAAUGGGGAUUCAAGGAUUAAAAAUACAUGAGUCAUUGGAACGAGGGAGAUGGAAACAUAAAUUGGAGCUUUAGACAUUGCCCUCUUCUAUUCCUUGGAGCUGAGUAUAGCCUGCCCUUUUCUUCAUCUGUGGCAGGCCUUGCUGAAAAUGAAUUUCUUGCCUCAUGGGAAAUGCCAAAUCUCUCAUACCACUUUUCAUGCAGUAUCAGUCUGAAAUAUUCAAGUUUUGAUCUUUAAUAUUCUGUGUAUGGGAAACCCGAAGCCUUUUGUUCCUGUGUCCUUUCUUUUGUGUGUGUUUUGUUUUACUGUGAACACAAGGAUCUUCUGCUCUGUGAUUUCAAUGCCUUUCAGUGGAGUUUGGGCAGGAGAAAGUUAUGGGCGUGUGCCUAAUGCAGCUGAAACUAAACCUUUCCGCCCUUCUCUGUAACAAAUUGCUUAUCUCAUAUUCUGUUGUGAAUAUCCAGCAUGUCCGAUACAGGCUUUCGUGUUAGCUUGCUUGCAUACACAUACUUUGUGAUGUGGAUAAAAUGUGCAUUUUCAGGGUUGUUUCGCAGAUUCUUCAAAGGAAGUGUUUCUCCUCUCCCUGCCAGUGGCAAAAGUAUUCUCCACUCUGGUUUAAAUGGCAUAUCUACAUGAUCAAUGCCAAAAAGGCACUUGGUCUUCUUUGCACAAAGCACCUCUCCAGUCUUUUAUCAUCACACCCUGAAGAAGUUCUAACUCCAGUGGGAAAUUUUUAAUUCUUCUUUUACAACAAAUAGCAUCUUACAAACCGAAGAGCAGAGUGCUAUGUCAAGAAAGCUUUUCUAUGAGUACAAAUAGAAUGUCAUUGCCAUGCCUGUAGUAAUUUGUUGUUACCCAGGCAUUCUGAAAAAAGCAAUGGAAUAAUCUCCAAUGUGGCAUAAUUUGUCUAACGUAGUUGUCUGUUGAUUUUGUAUGGCCCUACAUGUGAAAGCAACCCAGCUCUGAGUUGUUGCUGCACCUCUUGAAAAGGGUAGUGACAUCUUUGAUUGGUACUCAAUCUGGGAUAUACCUGCAACUUUAAAAAUCUGUUCUGGUUAGCAGUAUUUGCACUCACACUAAGCAUUUCUGCCCUUUAAUGCAAGGAUGGUGAACCUGUGUCCCUUUAGAUGUUAUUGGCCUCCACCUCCCAUCAGCCCCAGCCAGCAUGGCCAGUGGUUAGGGAUGAUGACAGCUGUAGACUAACAACAUCUGGAGGCCUACUGUGCUCUAAUGGAGAAAUCAGUGGAGCUAAAUGUAUUUAUUUAGUUUGGUAUAUGAAUUUAGAGCAAACUGAAGUGAAAAGUCAUCUAGUAGGUUUUUGACAGCAGCUGUGCAACCCAAUUUUGAAAACACUUGAGGUAUCCCCCCAGAAUAUCCAGCUUUUGGCUUGUUUCUAUGAAGUUCAGACAUUAGGAGGGUGUGCACCAGAUUUGGACAAAUUAUUAAUCCCAGGCAGAAGCAUUGCAUUUUGGAAGGAUUCUGGGCUUCUUGGAGGGAAGUGUGAUCCGUAUAAGACACCCUGAACCAAACAAGGGUCCUCAAAGUACCUUGCAACACCUUGGUGAUUCAGACACACACACUCACACUCUGCAGACAACUUGUCUGCUGAAAGCAAUGCUAAUGUCUCUAAACCUUUGCUAUAUAAGGGCAGGGGUGAAGUUUGGUGAGGUUUGAUGGAGGGAAAAUGCCAGUGUGAGAAGGCAGAGGAGGGAGCUCUGCUGUGACAGACAGAUCAGACAGCUUGUGAUCAGAGGGAAUUAUUUUACCAGGACUUUUCAGUCCCAGUCCUUUUUGAGGGAUGAUGAUGGUGGGAUGUUGAAGUAAACGAUAUUGGUGCGUUUGCUCUUUCACAAGUUUGGAUGGAUUUUUCCAAUUGUCACUCCAGCUUAAAUCAAAAUAUUUUGCUUACCUGUCUGUGUGCAGUGUUAUGUGGGGCCCUUACCUAACACCAUUGAAUCAGUAUCCACAAACAAAAAUGAUAGAGGAGGGGAAGCAAAUCCCUCUUAGUUUCCCUCCCCCCACCAUCAGUGCUAAGACACGAAGGAUGUAGAUUGGAGGGGGGUAUCAAUCAUAGCUGUCAACCUUCCCUUUUCUGGCGGGAAAUUCCCUUAUUCCAGCGCCGUUUCCCGCUGCUAUCCCGGAUUGUUAGAUAUCCUGUAGACUGUUCCCGGGACAGGUGAGGCUGCUGAUCCCUUAUUUUUGAGGCUGCUGAUCGCUUAUUUUCAAAUCUGAAAGUUGGCAGCUAUGGUAUCAAUGGCUACCCAGGAUGGAAGGCCUGGAAGGCUCUGCAUACAGAAAAAUAGCCCUGUAGGAGGUAUGGUCUGUGAGUUGAGUGCUACAGCAACUGAGAUUAUUUAAGUAAAUCUGAAGUGAAAUGAAACUCAAAUGGAUUUCCCCCUCCAGCUUUGAUACCAAACCAUGUCCCUGACCAAAAGCCACUGAACAGAACCAGAACCAGUGGUGGUGGGUAACUAGGUAGGUCACAGAAUUGUUGCGUGUAAAGAAGCCUGACCUAGAUGCCUGAACUGAGCGUGACUUCUCCCUCAGGAAAUACUCAUCUAAAGAUGAAUUCUCCCAUGUUGACGUUGUUGCUUCAGAAAUGUUCUGAACAGUCUGAUUGGAUUAUGCUGGAGAAAGUGACAAACUGUAAACCCUGGGUGCUUGUGUUUAGGCGUCAGGUAAGCCAUGGCUAAUGGUUCACUGCAAAUGUACAGAUUAUUCCUCCUCACUCGUGAGCGGGAUCCAUCAACCACAUCCUUGACUUAAUGUUAUACAUGAACUGGGGAUUCUGUUUUGUUUCACUUGGCAAGCCGAAAACACACCUUGGUUUCAGAUUGUACUUCAUAUGGAGCAAAACAAACCAUAGUCCCUGGUUCGGAUAUCAUGCUAAGUCAACCAUGGUUUGUUGCUUCUGCUCACUAGCAGAGAUAAGCAAAAUGCGAGUGUCCUGCAUGUGCAUGGUGAAUCAUUAACCACAGCUUAAUGUGACAUGUGAAUGCCUUCUGUCUGUCAAUCUCAGUAUUGUCCACCCUGACUAGCAGUAACUUUUUCCAGAUAACAGAUAGAGGCCUAUCAACUUAUCCUUCUUGCUAGAGAUGCCAGGGGUGGAAUCUGUGGCCUUCUGCAUGUAGAAAACAGGUGCUCUAUCAUUGAUCUAUAUGCUGCCCACUCUGAUCCAUACACACAUUUUUCUCAUUUAUGCUCAAAAGUAAGCCUUCACUUAUAUAGUAAUAUCCCAGGGCUUGAUUUUUUUAGACCUCUCAUGCUGGUGCUAGGAUUUAUCUUCUUUUUCCCCCGAGUUCAUGCUCCAUAGCUGAGACUGUAAAAACACUACAAACAUGCAGAGAGAUGGGUUAUAAAAAGUGACCUGUGGGUUAAUUGUUUAUUAUAUUUAUAUUAUGCCUUUCCUCCAAGGAGCUCAAAAUGACAUACAUUGUUCUCCUGCUUGUCAAUUUAUUCUCAUAACAACCCUCUGAGGGUUUUUCUUGGCUGAAAGACAGUGAUUGACACAAGGUCACCCAGUGAACUUCAUGGCAGAGUGAGUGGGGAUUUGAGCCCCCUGGUCUUCUAGAUCCUAUUCCAACGCCUUACCCACUAGGCUGCACUAUAUAUGUCGGAGCCUCCAUUUGUGAAAGUCACGUAUGUGGCUUGUUCAUAGAGCCAGAUUUGUUGCCAGCUAGAGAGACUUGGAAGCUUGGCCUUAUAAGGCCUCUUAAAUCUUCAGAGAUAUAGACAUGCUAAGUCACAUUUGAACAAUUUGCUUUCAGGCUCAGUCUCCUCAUCCAUAAAAUGGGAACAGUGGUGACCUGCCUCCAUAGAGAACAAGCCAAAUAAAGACUGUAUAACAUAUUGUGCAUUGAAAAGUCUCUGAGUGCUAGAGUGGAAGAUACUGGCUUUGGAUCUUGCAAACUUCUGCAUGUGCUUUGGGGUCCAAGAUGCUGAAAUGGAAUGAAAAAUAGCCAUGUGUUUGAUGAGAAACUUAUGGACAUGAUACUGCCUUGAAGGGGAGCUAUUUCCGUGGGAGAAAAUGUUUCAAUUGCAUAAAUUUUAGAGGCCCUGCACUCCUCAGUCAAGUUAGAUGUUGACUCACCUUCUGACAGGCAGCUCUUAUUUUUCGCUGUACACAGUAGCUAAAUGUUUUACCCAGAAGCAGCACUUGGGGGAGCUGGAAGGCAAAUGAAUGUAGUUGCAGGCAGGUAUAGCUUAAUGAGGAAGGUAUUGUACACUGACAAAGGUGUCUUGGCAGCACUGGGGAGCAAAGCAGACUUUUGCAAAACAGCUUUUGCAAAACCACAGAGAAAAGUCACCUCACUAGUUUCUAUUGCAUGUACUGGCAUUUGGAAUUUUCCCAUUUGAUGUUGAGCAAACCUCAGAAUGCAUCAUUGGAGUUCAGCUGUUUCUAUAGUAUGACUGCUUGAAUCUUCCACUCGACUAGACAAUAGGUGGCUAUCCAUUGAUAUGUCCAAACGCAAAGUUGUCAACAUCUAAAAGAUACUUAGCCUGUAAUCGAAACCCCCUUUUUGCCAGGCCGGGGUGGGGGGUUAGGAAUGGAUUAGGCAGAGGCGUAGGAAGUACUCCUAGUGAGGUCCCCAGCGACGUUCUGGGGGUGGGUAGAGGGAAGGACUGAGGCAGACUGGGAGAGUCACUGGAUCCUGAUCCAGCCCCACUGUCAUCCCUUGAUGGUAUCGGAAAUGUUCUCAGCUUAAUCACUUGAUGAAAUAUACUCGGAGUCGAGAGCGGAUUUCAUGCUCUUUAUUCAGCUCAUAGUGGUGAGGAGGAAUGGAAGUUCCCCCAGGAUGUCUGCUUUAUAUACAUUAUUUACACAAUGAGCCCCAUGUGAUUGGCUAAUUCCGGGAUUCUCCUGUAGGCCAAUCAGGUUGUGGAUUCACUUCCACCUGGAGCUGGAUUGGGUGGCUUCUGUGGACCAAUCAGACUGCUGCAUUCUGAAUCCUAUUGUUCUAGGGCCCAUCAGACUGCUGCAUUUUGGAUCCUAUUCAACUCAGUACAUAACACUUGAUUUGCCUGCCCCCCUCCCCCCUCCUUCCACCCUGGCCAGCAUAGGCAGUGGGGGCAGUGGGGGCUCUGCUCCUCCAUCAUGCUUCGCCACUUCCUGGCCAGGGAUUGGAUUGUUCUGUCAGGGGCGGCCACUUGGUUUCAGUGUGUAAAGGUGCAUUGCUGUAUAAGUUGUUACUUCCUGCUAGUGUUUGAGAGGGACUUAAUUAUGAGGCAGGCUUAUAACUAAAAACCAGCCUGUAGAGCUAGAAAUACCCUUCAUUUCAGUUUCACCUGUGUCUUGCCAAAUUCUGUAAAUUUGCACUUUUCUAAGAGAAUCUUUGGCCUGCCAUAGUUUCUGUUGAGGGUGUUUUAACUAAUCCUCUGUUGGGUCGGUCAGAUAAUUUUUUUAAAAAACUUUAUUUGAUGUUUAUGUUCUGGAUAGAAUGUGGAUGGUGGUACUAAGGCUACGAUUGAUGGGCAUGUUUAAUUAAUGGAAUACUGGACAAUACCGGGAUGUUAAAAUGUACUGUUUUAAGUCCCGAUGGGAUCAGAAUGAGAAGGGCAAGCUGUAAGCUAUGGAAGCAGUAGGAAGAUCCAUUUUCUUUCCUAUUGUAUUUAUAUCAUACCAUGUCUUUCCUGCAAGGAACUCAAAGUGGCAUUCAGGAUCCCCUACUUUCCCAUUUUAGCAUCAGAGCAACCCUGAGAGGUACGUCAGGCUGAGAGAAGAUGACUGUCCCAAGGUCAUCCAGUGAUCUUUAUGGCUCAGUGGGGAUUUGAACCCACAUCCCACAGGCUCUGAUCCAGCACUCUAUAUCUACUCCAUAAUGUGCACUGGUUAAUCCAUAUACACAAAGGGGGUAGUAUCUUGUGUGCUAUUUUCUUGCCUGAAUGUUGCUGAAUAUACAACUGAAAAAAAAUGAAAGAAUUAUUUUUGGUUCCCCUGCUCCUCCCCACAUUUUACUAAUAGAUCUGGCACAUGGGAAGCUGAAUCUGCUGCCUAUCAUAUUGACAUGUCCCGUCUCAAUGCCUGCUGUACUCCCCCAUGUCUGUUUUCCAGUCUGUAUCCAUCUGCUUUAUUUCAUACUAUAUACUGUAAGACUUGCCUGGGACAACAAGAACCAUCUUGUGUGUUGGGCUGGUGCUUAUUGCAGCAAUACCUGACUGCCUUAAAGAUCACAGGUAGGAGUGGGAUUGAAAAACCAGAUGCAGUUGUGGCUUGGGAAGGAGCUUCCAGGACAUGUAGAUGCCUUUUAUAGGCAGGCAAUGCCUUUCAGCUAUGUGCAUCUCAUAAUAUUUUAUUACCACUGUGCCAGUUAGGGAUCUUUUUAUCUGAUCAAGCACGCAACGAUUUGUGGAAAGCGGAGGGUUUGAAGAGAAUUGAAUCUGAAGCUGUGGGUGUUUGGAAGCAGAAACAUAAGAUCAGACCUGUACAAUUUUUUACCUAUGACUUGCUUGGGAUUUUUAACCAGUGUGAGUCUCAUAUUUCACCUAAUAUAUCCAUUUGAGAUACUGAGAUUUUCAGGAUAGAUCAAAAAUCUGUUUUCCUUCACUACCACUCUUCCUUGGGCAUACCUAAUUUAAAUUACAAACAUUCACCUCAUAUACUACUAUGCUAGUCUCAAUGUGAUUCACAUCAAUCAAGGUGGUCGGACUUGACUUUUUAAAAUUUAACAUCCCCUUUAGGUAUUUAUAUUUGACUGUGAGAGAGACAGACACAGGUAAAAUUGGCAAUAGAUUUUGUUGUUGUUGAGUUUCACUGUGUAGAGCCCAUCCGGCAGAGUGGAUGUCAAGUUUAUUUGAUAGUUGUCAGAACAGCUAAUGACAAUUAUCUCCAAUAAUCAAAAGUUCAUUAAUAUGGUAUCAGAUUUAUUCUACAAGUAUGGCCAAGAGAUUUAGGCCACAGUAAAGUGCAUACCUUGGAGUAAGUCCCAUUGAAUUCUAUGGGGCUUACUUCUGAGUAGACACAUAUAGGAUUGCAGUGAAGCUCCUAAAUGGGCAGCUUGAUGACUCCACCUCUAUUUCUAAGUCAUCAAAUAUGGAUUCACCUCAGACAGUCAGUUCUUCUCAGGAAGACGAGAAUAUCCAUUAAAAGUACAUUAUCAUUCUGCUGACACAGCAAGAUCAAAUAUUAAGCGCUGAGUUGGUGUGUCAGGAUGUGCCUGAGAUCACAAUACAGAUUUCAGAACAUCUGUAUUAUUGACUGUACCUAAAGCAAUAUCAUGAGCUACCGGUAUGUUGUCACUUCAGAACAUUGGUUGCAGCUAUAAAUAAUUGACUUAAGUGUAUUGUAAUCUUUGCUACUACUAAGAAAAAUUCUCUUCAACAAUAAUAAGCUGAUAGCAGAAGGCUAAAUUUGUCGUCCCUUUCAACUGAAUGAUAUUUGAGCUUCAACUGCUGAUACGUUUUUGUUUGUUUGUUUUUUAAAAAACUGUACAGUUUUAGUGAUUUAAAUUGACUCAUUGGCCAAGGUAAUGAGUGUCACUUUCUGUCAUGGCUUUUGCUGUCACUAAGAAUUACACCAGUAAUUUCUAUUAAGUCACUUCAGUCAACUAAUCUAUUUACAGCCUGUUCACAGGUCCUUAUGUGAUCACUGAAAUCAGUUGGUCCUGGCAAGUAUUAACCGCUCUCAGUCUUAACCUGAUAACUGCCAUUUGUCCAGAUUUUAAUUUGUCUGAAUUAAUUUGAAGAUGUAUUUUAAUUAAUUGAUGCCUGUUUUUAUGUGUACUGUGUUGUUUAUAUGAUGUUAGCUGCUCUGAGCCUGGCUCCAGCCAGGGAGGGCGGGGUACAAAUAAAAUUUAUUAUUAUUAUUAUUUAAUUAAUCGUACAUGUUUACCUUGCCUUCUUUUGAAGACUGGGGCAAGUAAUGUAUGAAAACUAUAAAAUGAAAUUGUUGGGUUUUUUUUAAAAAAAAGUUUAAAUGGCUCAACCACCCAGCCAUUAUACAUCAGACUGAGUCAAGUGGUGCUACAUCACUUCUGGAAGAUGCCGUAAUGAUGCCAGACUUUCCAGAGUAUUAUUAGCCUAGAGAAGAGUCAUCAAGAAUGCACAUCAUUCAGCACCUUCAAGCUCACUACUCAGCACUUCCAUGAAGCAGCUUCUCUCUGAUAACCAGCAGUGGUCAAAGUCAGGGCUGGUGAACGUAUGCCUCUCCAGAUGCUGUUGGACUCCAACACCCAUCACUCCUAGCCAGCAAUACCCAUUGGUGAGGGAUUAUGGGAAUUGUUGUCCAUCAACAGCUGGUGAACCACAGGUCCUUCAUCCCUGGCCUAUGUAAUGGGGUGCAUCUGCCACAAUCAAUCAGGAGGGCAAAAUGGGAAAGGACCCCUAUAUGUAAGGUCUGUCAUUGCCAGAAGGCAAGCAAUGAUGUGUAAGUUGACAGUAGGUUGUGUGCAUGCUCUUCUGUGUAGCAAGACCAAGGAAGAUGGUGGCUCAGCGCUGGGCACUAAACCUGGUUGCUAGAGUCACUGAUGUGAAAUUCAUAGCAGUCUACAGUUCACCAUUAACAGCAAUCUGGAAAAACAUAUAUGUACUGACAGUUUUCCUGCCCCAACAUGACAUUUCUUUCAGGUUAUUUAUCUCCUGUAAUUUUGUCUCAAUUUUUCAGCAGUAAUGGUUUAUGUCAAAAUCCAUUAUACCAGGACUAUUAAAUUCAUGGUUUUCUACAGGUUUUUUUUCCACCUUGGACUCAUUUUAUGUAGAUAGCUGGUGCAGCAUAAUCUCAGGGACACAGUAGUUGUGAAUUGGUGUGUGUGUGUGUGUGUGUGUGUGUGGAUGGAUUGAAGGAAGGAAGGAAGGAAGGAACGAGAGAGGGGAGGGAUCACAGCUAAAGACCUGACACAUGGCCAUCCAACCUUUGUUUAAAGAACCUCCAGUGAAGGACAGUCCACCACUUUCUAAGGAUGACCAUUCCACUGUCAAACAACCCUUACCAUCAGAAAACUAUUCCUAUUAGUCAAAAUCUCAUUUCUUGUAAUUUGAUUCCAUUGGUUUAGGUCCUACCUUCCUGAGCAACUGAAAAGAAGCUUGGUUUAUCUUCCCUGUGACAUCCCUUCAGAGUAUACACCCUGAUGGAGUCUGAUACUUCAGGUGCUUUGUGGAUUUGUAAAUUCUAAUUCCAUCUCAAAUGAGGCUAAGAAAAGCUUCUCAUAUAUUUUGAGCUCACACUGUAUUCUGCAUUUUUGUUCAGUUCGAAAGUUCAGACCUGGCAAUCAUUCUGAAAAGCAAAGAGAGACUGUGCGAGAACCUAAAUUUAGACAUAACCAACUGCUUGCAACGGGAUUUUUGUUUUGUUUUUUGCUUCCUAUUCCUUUCCUCCCUCCCCAAAGCUAUGCGUUAAAAUAAAAAUUUUAAUAGAACUACCAUUGAGACUUGAAUUGUUUUGACAGCACAGGGGAGCCAUAUACAUACAUAUGCAGAGAUUCUGGUGUGUUUUCCUAGCAUAUCAGAGAUUCUUCCCAAGCAGAAUGUGUAUUAAAACGGCCUGUUUCAUCUUCAGGGUGACAAAACAGUCAAUACAUUAUUGAUGGUCCCAAUAAUAAAAACACAGGCAGUGAGGCAUUCCCAUUCAUCAUUUUGACACUUCCUUGGUGUGCUGCCUGGUCCAGCCCAUGAGGGAGGAGCCUUCUUUGCCAAAUGUACUCUAGGAAGGAGGAAAUGCCAGCAGCUUCAACAAAUGCAGAGAGUCCAUUUCAGGGGGUGAAUGGUGCAAAUCAGGCUUUAUUUCCUAUGAUGGCUAGUUUAAGAAACCUUGAGCAGCAAGACUGUGCCUUGUUUUCUGUCGUCCAUUUUGCACCAACUCAUUGGUGCAGUGACCAACUCAUCCUUGUCAGAAGAUAUGAAACUUGCUCUCUCAUAUCUGCAUAUUGUUCUGAUGUACAGCCUAAUAUUAGCCGGUGUUCUGUCCUUGAUCAAAGACCUGAAUAAAUCAAGAUUCAUUUCCAUUCAAACUCUCAGGGAGAAGACUUUUACGGAUUAACAUUGUCCUAUUAUAAACGUAUGCCUUGCUUCCCAAUUUUGUACAGCUGUCCAGUGAUAUAACAUAGGAACUUGUUUGCAACUGAUGAUUACAGUGCAUUAAUUUCCUUGCCUUCCUAUAAAAGAAAGUAUGUUAGGCAAUUCUGUUUUUAUAUAAUAGUAUUAUGUUCACCCCAUGUUUCCAAGAGAUAUGAGAAGUUUGGGGGCACAACACUUGUCUGGAUUUGAUUUGAUUCCUUUGGAAUGAGGUUACUGUAGGCUUGCAACAUUCUGUAGUAUGAGAAUUUGUUCACAAAUGUACAGUUUGAGCAUAGGUCUGGUUUAAGGAGGCAUACCCUAAACCAGAGUUCACCAACAGGAUGCAGACAGCCAAACUCCCCCCCCCCCAAGUUAUCUAGGAGAGAGGCAGUGUCAGGGGCAGGAGCCAGGAGCAGGUCAGUAAUAACUCACACAGUGUUGGUGAAGUUAACUCUUAAUUCAAAGAAACAAACAGCUCAGGAGGCCAAGCCUAGAGAGCACAGGAGGUCUUCCCAGUAGCUCUUGCCCCAACAAGGUAGUUAGGAGGACUGGAGGUUCUCACCUUCCCACACCUCCAUAAGUCUCCUCCUCCCCCAGUUCAUUCCCAAGCAAUCUGAGGCUUCUUUGUCUUGUCUGUCUUUGCUCCACCCUUUUCAUACCUCUCCAGAUUCUGUUAGACCAGGAGGGAGGGGAGCUAGUCACGGCAAGGGGGGAGGCAGCUUGGCUUCUUCACCAGCCUGACUCAUUUCUUCCUCUUGCCCCCUCCUCCUCCCCAGCUGCCUCUUCUGCCUCUGAUUUUGGACUGUCACAGCUUCUUCCUGCUCACUAAACCCUGUCACCUCUUCAGCUUCCAGCACCACCACCUUCAUCUGUUCCCUUUUCUCCCCCUGACCACUCAUUGUUGUCCCACCAUCAAUCCCCUGGCUCUGAGCCAUCUUCCCUUAAGAGUUUCCUUGGGGAUUCACCAGCUGGUGCCUCCCACCACCCCUCUGCAUCCAGCCAGUCCAUGACAGACAGAUCUUCCUUCCCAUGUUUCCUUUUAGUUUUUCUAUGCCUCACUCUUACCUGAACUAUAGUCUGUCCUUUUUAUUCUCUUCCAUAGACUUAAAUUCCUUGGUCCUUAACUGGGUGUGGUAGAAGGCAUUCCCACUUUCAGGUAUUUCCUAGAAGAAUUAAGCUACUGAGAGCAAUCAUCCUGUCUGGGGUAGGACUACUGGGUUUCCCCAUAUUGUAGUUUGGGUGCUCCAGUGUAUAAUAUCACGGUAAAUGUAAGUGCUGUCAGGAAAGUCAGCUGGAGUUUCCACAGCAAAUGAGUAACAGCUGUGUGUUUACUGCACUUCUAUAACUGAUUGAUUGCCUGGAAAGGCCCUUGUGGUCCCAACUCAGUCUCAUCAUUUCAACUGAAAACAGAUUUAGUCCCACUGAUGCCAACUGGAGUAAAUCAGUGAGAGAUUGUGCCACAUUGUCGGCUUUGCCAGCGCAAGAGGAUCUGAUGCUGAAGAGCUGUUGGAAAACCGGUACUUGAAAUAUGAGCAAAAUUAUGUGUCCUGAGGGCGAGCCGACAGGCCUUGCUCGGGUGUUCCCCUCAACGCACAAAGACUUUAUGCAUGGAGAUGUGGGGGUGGCAUGCAGGCCCCACCCUCCAGUGUUCCUUGGUGUGUAGGCUUCAGAGGCAGCUCCCAAAUGUGGAGAUCAGCAGAAUACACUUGGAAACCCUCUUCAGACAUUAAGCAUGCAUACGUCUGAAGAGGAGCUCAUAUCCAGGAAUGUUGGAGGCAGGCCUUGUGUGCAGGCCUCCUGUCUCCCUCUACAUAUAAAGCCUCCACAUUUUCUGACAAACACUUCAACAAAGCUGCAGGCAUGUUAAAGUUUGGUGAAAGGGAUUUUGAACACCCGUAUGCAGCAUCCUGAGGCAUUUGUUUUGAGGGUAGAGAAUGUGUUAAAACCACUUCCACUUGUGAUAAUACUGUAUGUUUCUCUUCACCCAAAGUUUCAAAGCUUCUUUUGAGUCUGGUUUCACGUGUUCUUAAGAGCAUAAGAAGAGAAUGCUAGAUCAGGCCAAUGGCCCUUCUAAACCAACAUCCUUACAGUGUCCACCCAGAUGUCUAUGGGGAAUCUGCAAACAAGCCCGUAACACAGGGGCCCUCUCCCUUCCGGUAGUUUCCAGCAACUGGUAUUCAGAAACAGUACUCUGACUGUGGAAGCAGAACAUAGCCAUUGAAGCUAGUAGCCAUCAAUAGCUCUUUCCUUCAUGAAUUUGUCCAGUCCUUUAAAAAAAUAUAUCUCUAAGUUGGUAGCCAUCACUGCAUUGUACUUUUUUAAAUCUGUCAUGAAUCUUCCAGCAUUUUAUGAGGGUGAUAUAGAUUUUUACACAGUUGUAAUUGUCUGAUUUAGGACUCUCCUUAAUCUGUAUUGCUGGAUAGUGGUGUGUUCUGCCUACCAGCUGAAGUAUGAAAAAGGUUUUUUGCAGAGGUGUUUUUGCAGUUGUCCCAAGGUAGUAGAACAGUAGAAGUGAUGGUUGGUAAUGUAAAUAACUUGGAGGACAUGGUCAUACAGAGAAAGCUGAAUGCCAAAAAAAGAAAAUUCCUCAAUCAUUCAGCUGCUGUGAACCAUAUUGAUUUCAGAGGGCUUAAGCAUAUUUAACCCAAUGUUGGAUUGUGGCCCAGGCCUAUGAACAUAUUCUGUGCUAUGUCUACUCAUCUCUCAAACUGAAAAGUUGAUUUAUUUUAGCAGCUCUGAAACUUGAACCCUGCUUUUGAACUGUUGUUUGCAGCUUUCAUGCUUAUUGGUGCCUGGGACUUUCUUUUAUGUAGCUAUUUGAUCUCAUGGAUGGCAUGCAUGCGCUACUUAAAAUUUACCAUCUAAAGAUGGCAACCAUAAUCCAUCCUUCAGAAACAAAGGCUUUCACUGGUGCCCCUAGGCUGGCGCCUCAGACUCUGAGCUUUCAUUAAAACAAACAAGCAAACCCUAAUUCUCUAGCCCUCCUAGAAAGAAAGUUUAGGGGGCAAAACUGUUCGUGUACCUUCUAAGUGAUUUCUGUGAAAUGAGAGUGUGGUGAGGAAGGCUCCCUAUUGCUACUAGAAGGUGGCAGCAUCAGUGUGUGUAAAAUCAGGAUUGUGCAAUCUCCACAAUCGGGACCAGCGGGACAUCGCUGACUUCCUGUGGAAAACACAAGGUUGUUGCUGGUGGCUGUCUCUCUAAUUUUGUUGUGCUACAUUCCCCAUGGCAACCAUUUGACGUUAUGCCAUUCCCCUGCUGCUCUACAACUAUUUUGUGACUUGCACCCUUAAUACUCUCAAAAUUUGAAAUGUGCCCACUGGUUUACUUGCUGUAUGGAGUGAUAAUCAUAGCUGGAAUUGGGAAGGAUUGUUUUGCCUUCUGCAGUAUUAUGUGGCUCUUAACAGCUUGGCUCUCUUGCUGUGAGUGUUUGGAUAUUUCAUAUUGCUCAGGAGUGCUGAACCUGUGGCCCUUCGGAUGCUUUUGGAUGGCAGCGCCCAUGUCCCUUGGCCAGCUUGGGCAAUGAAGAGGGAUGGUGGAAGAUGUGUACCAGCGAAGUCUGAUGGGCCCCAGGUUCCCCACCCCUGCUAUAGUUGUUGCUUCAUCCUCAUAUCUUAAUAUGGCUUGUAGUUGGGAUACACUAUCCCAUAAGAUGGUUGGUGUACAUGUGGCCCUAGUGCACUAACCAUACUGUCUUUGUGAAGCACUGCAAUUGGGCUAACAUGCUCUUUCUAAUAUCCCACCAUGACAUGAAUUGUGCAGCCUUUUGCAAGUUGUAGAGGUCAUUGAUGUUCAUACACUCUUGCCAAAAUACGAUGUCUUUGAAAGCUGUCACCUUUUAAAGCAUUUUGUCUGCCAUUUUUCUCAUGUUUUUGUUGCAAUUAAAAUUUAAAGAUGGAUUAGCUACAACCUUGAUAUACUUUCAUGGAGAAAAAAUCUUAGUCAUGUUCCAGCGCUGAUUCAUAGAUUUACCAACCUGGAUGUUUGGAAAUGAAAGCAAAGUACCACAUUUUAAGCCUUAAUUUAGUUUUGAGUUAGCUUCUCAUGGUGUAUUCCCAUUACAGCACUGUCUUCAAAUGGCCUUUGCCAAAUUCUGCACAGCUGUUCUGACAGAAAUGUGUACUUCACACAGCUCAUCUUACAAAAUGGAGCUGCUUGCAUACAAGAAAACUUGUGUGAGAGAGAAAGGCAGGCAGUGCACAUUAAACAUGUUAGCAUAUUCAGAUUUUCUAAUUAUGGGAAGCAUACACUUCUGAAAUAGUGAAUUGUUAUCUAAAAUUAUCUGGGUCUACACUGUGAGAGUUUUAAGGCAGUCAGGUGUUUUGUCCAUUAAAAAUGACUUCCUGAAACAUCUGUCUCUUGUCCAGUAUCCAGUCAUAUAGGUAUGUCAUUCUUGGCCCAAUUAACUGUGGAGUUGAUCUGCAUAUGUAUUCCUGCUUCCCUGGAGGAAGCUUUGGAGGCCACAGUCUGAAGCAGAAGACCUUUAUGUAGAAGAGAGGGUUUUUGUUUUGUUUUUACUCAUUCCUCUCUGUUGAUGUUUAUCCUUAAAAUCAUCUGCCAUGAAAGCUUCUUCCUGGCCUACUCCAUCCCCUGCUUUCACAUUUUGGACAGGGACAAUUUUAAGUAAGGUGAAGAAAUCUAUUCAUAUUUUCCACAUCAGACUGCAGCCUGUUCAGUUGCAUUUCGGAAAGAAAGAAAGAAAGAAAGAAAGAAAGAAAGAAAGAAAGAAAGGGUAGGGGAAACUGGCUUUUGGAACAGGAACAUUUUUAACAGAUUCAAUAGGUGAGAGCAGAAUUGUCCCUAAGAAGGCCAUAUUCCUUUUUGCCCAUAGCCUAACCUUAGACAAUGAGUGAGGUUUGGAUCUCCCCUGACUCUGUGCAAAGGCUGGUAAGGGAGAUGAACUUCCUAGAGGGAUUUUUAAAAAAAAUAAUGUGCCUUGAAGUGAAUGGGGAGCCAGCUUAACUGUUUUAGAACUGGCAUAAUAUGCUUGCUUUGGCUUUUCCCGGUAAUUAACAGAUCAGAUGCACUUUGAGCUAAUUAAUGUUUCAGAGAAGCUUUCAAAGGCAACAAACCCCACAAAGGGCACAUUCACUUGUCAAGCCUAGAGGUAACCAAAGCGUAUAUAAAGAAGCUUACUCUGGAAAGGGCACUUUGGACUGCAGCCACCUCUUGGGAAUCCUGCAGCAAUCCUGAGUCCUACACCAGCCCCUUCAAGACUUGCCUGCAUGGGAUUCCUUGACUGAAAGCAUCCCCAAGUCAAGAUUGUGAUGGUCAGGGAAAUGGUUUGACCAGAGGCUUUCUCCAACAUGUGCUAGCUUGGGCCAUUCUGGGAAAUAGUGACAUAGGGGUGUUUUAAAAUGGGUGAUUCCCCCAUGUACAUAUUGAGAUGAUAAAGCUCCUGUCGCGAUUCUUUGGUUUGAUUUUUUCCCUUGCCCUGUAGGGGGCUACAAGAGCAUAGCAUCUCCAAAUGCUAGUUUGGGAGGAAAGAGUGGCUGGGCCCAAAUUAAUAAUAAUUAAUUUGCACACGCUAUUGCGUACUCUGCACCCAGUGCACUCCCACUGCUGGUUUGGGAAGCAGAGUGCAUGCAGAUAAUCCAUACCUAUCCUGUUGUUACUUAUGAAAUAUUGCAUCUUCAAUCCAAAUCGAGUAUAGAACGGCACAGCUGUAUUUUAAGCUGGUAAUUAUUACCAUAAAGUAUACGCAGGUGGUGUUUCUGACCCCCUUCUCAGGGUUUGGUAGAUGGGUUAAGUUUGAAAGAAUGAGGGACAGGUCUGAAAAAAAUCCAGUCUAGCCCCACUUCCUCCACUGACCUAAGGCAAAUGCAUGUGGGGUAGAGGGAGGAAUAGGGGGGAAAGCUGGGUAUUGUCUUCUUUCUCCUUCCUGUCAAACUUGGCACGUCUUUAUUUAGCUUUAUAUGCACACAGCAGAUUUUAAAGCUACCAGGGGAUCUUCACCUUGAUCUGUGACUUUCCCAGCCUUACUCACACAUCACUCUGUGUUCUGGCUACAUGUGGUGGGGAGCAGGACCCCUUGCUGCCUCAGCUGAUGGCAGUAUUCAUAGAUUAAAGGCCUGCAUUUGUACAGUCCAUGCAUCUAGGUCUGAUCCACACAGUUAGUCACAUCUGAAUAUUGCUCAUAUUGCAUCUUGACUUUGCCAAAGUGAGAAGCUUAAUUUGGAUCAUGGACCUUCAUCCUCUACUUCAGUAGCUAUGACUCAUACCAUUCUCCUACAUUGACAGUUGCAUUUAGCUAGAAAUAUGUUUUAUUUAAUUGCUAAAUGCCCAUGCUUUCAUGUUCUGGCUUGAAUAAAAGUCUUUACUUUAGAUAUUUUUAACUUCUAGCUUGGGUCAUUUUGAAACACCUACACUCACCUGCUUGCUGUUCUGGUCUUAAGAUGUGGAGUUAUAAAGUGAUUUCUCAGGAGGCUUGGAAAGGUGACCAACUCUGACUAAUUUGGAAAGGACGUGGGCUGUCAAACUUCAGUUAAUGUGCCACAUACACCUGAUCAGCAUCUUCAGUUUUCUCUUGGGUGUAGCAAACUAUUAGAAGGUGGCAGUGAUUGAAGUGCCAGCAUUAAAACUGAUGACCCUAAUCUGAUUUUGAUCUGUGGAAAGUCACUCCAAGGCUGCGGUUGAAUGGGGGAAAGUGGAAACCUUGCUUGGACAGGUGGGGCAUCUGUCAGUCACAACAACUAAUCCUGCAGCAGUGGAUGGCAUUAUCACCGGGUAGCAGCUAUUAUAGCAGGUUGCCUCAGUGCCUGUGAUGGGAAGCAGGGCCCAUUCCAUCAGCUCUGCUGACAGACUAUCUUCACUGGGCUCCUGCUCCUGAAUUUCUUUCCCUUCCACUCUUCCCUCCCCAUCACUUUCCCCUCUUGUGUCAUGUCUUUUAGAUUGGGAGCCAGGAAACAGGGGCUGUCUUGUUUUCAUUAAUGGUACGUAAGCCACUCUGGGAGGUUUUUUUGCUGAAGAGCAAGUUAAAGAUAUAAAUAAAUAAGACAUAUCAUAAAUAUAAAGCUUGUUUUGAAGAAAUAAAGUGCAGCACCAGAGUAAUGUCAUUGUUUUAGUGUUGCUGAGCUGGCAAAGUGGUUGGGACAUCCCAUCCAAAGCAAGCACUUGUAAAUGCAGGAGUGGCAGGUUGGGAUUGUAAACUAGAAAUAAUAACAACAAUGCAAAUUGUGUAUGGGAGAAGUGGAUGUUUUGCAGCUGAUGAGUUUCUGUUGAUGCAAGGCUGAGAACAUGAGAAACCAGGCUGCUCCAAGGAUGAUGACGACAAGCUUGUGCAAGUUUGCAAGCUGUGCCAUUCUUGUCAACUUGAGCAUUCUAGAAAUCUCUACAUAGUUUUGCUUAAAUACUGUGUGUGUCCUUAUCUGGUCAUCUAAUAACUUAUUUAACUCCUUAGAAGUUUUUUUUAAAACAACAAUACAAGCUUCCUCUUUUGAAAAACAAACCCUAUAGAAGUUCCUUGCAUCUACACCAGUGAUACUUUACUGUCAUAGCACGUUCCAGCUUCAUACCUAGCCCAGUUUUGUAGAUAAAAGUCUGCAGUUAAUAAUGUAAGAAGUGGAUCAGGUCAUGGCUCCAUCUAUCUACUCAAGUAUCCUGUCUCCUACAGUGCUCAGCUAAAUACUUUCAGAAAGCCCACAAGCAGGGGGCAUAAAGUCAGCAGCCGCCUUCCACUGUCCCCAGGUAUUCAGAGGUACACUGACCCAGAACAAGGGCAGUUUCUUUAGCUAUCAUAGGCUUUGAUAUACCUCACUUCAGUCAAUUAUGUUUAAUCCCCGUAAAAAAACUACAUGACACACUUUUCAGGCAUUAUGUUCCCUAUGAGUACAAUCAUAUCGACCAUGAGAGCAGCUGGCCCUACUCCUGCCAUUGCGUCUCCAGUGACCUAGCUCUGCUACCAUCCUCGUUUUGAAAGUCUGAAGCAGGGAAUCUGUUCUGUGUGCAGAGACUCCCCACACAUUUGACAACCCUGCCAACAUAGGAGCCAACUCCUAGGGGUUGUGGGAGCUUUGGUUCCCACAGUAAAAUAUUUCAGGGGGUUGGGCCCCCACAAAGUUGAUGGGCAUUCCCAUUCAAAUGGUGUGUGUGCACUGCGUCAUGUGAUCAAUUAUUCAGGGCAGGGCUAACCUGAGCCCUCACAAUGUUUUAUUCAAGUUGGCACCCCUGCCUGCCCAUGUGGGAUUGCAGUCAGGUGAAUGCCCAAAUAGGGGACGAUUCCAUAUUCCUCUCCGCAUUUGUGGCAGUGAUUUGCAUGUAUUAGUUAUGCAUUUUAUUUGUAUGUUUAUUAAAUUUUAUAUUCCACAUUUUCUUCCAAGGAGUUCAAGGUGAUGUACAUGGUUCUCCCCUCUCUAUUAUCUUCACAACAACCCUUUGAGUUAGGUUAGGCUGAGAAAUAGUGACUGGCCCAAGGUCACACAAUGAGCUUCAUGAGGCUGAUUCAAACCCUGGCCUCCCAAGUCAAAGUCCAGCACUCUAACCAUUACACCACACUGGCUCUUAUUAUAUAUGGAGAAGAACUUUAUUCUGUCUAUCCCAAAUCUACUGCUAUUCAGUUAACAAACACCAGGACAGCUUAAAAUAUUGGAAACAGGAAGUAUACUACCUCCAGAAUCAGUAGCAGCAUGGCCACUGGCAGAGGAACGGAGAUGCGGGGGGAGCGGACCGCCCCCGGCACCACUAUUUCAGUAGGGUGCCAUCACGGUGGCCCCCCUCCCCGGACACGCACCAUGCACGUGCCGGGCGCCGGGCACCAUGCCCCAGAACGCGCCCCACGCCCUCACAGGUGGCAUGCCACACCCCCAUGAUGCGUGCCACGCCCCCGCCUGCUUUCCACCCCCAGUAGUGGAGCAUGCAGCUUCGCCACUGAGCAUGGCUCUGAAUACCUGGUCCUGGGAAACAGACAUCAUGCCCUGCUUGCAGGCUUCCCAUACUGUAGGUAUCUAUUUGGCCACUGUCAGAAACGGGAUGCUGAACUAGAAAGGCUUUGACCCUUACCCAGCAGGGCUCUCCUUAUGUUCUUAGAUGUAGCUUCAGUUCAGCUUACAAUACAAAGUAGAAAAACUGAAAGAUAGAAAUAUGAAAGAUAAACUAAUUAUACAAUCUGAGGCAGGGGAGAUCAACUUGUAAAACUAAGCGAAAUCUGAUAAACAGCGAAGGCAACAAGAGUCACAAACAUUACUAACAGCUAACGAUAUGGGAGGACAUGAUGGGUUUUGUCUGGCACCUGGAGAUUGCAGGGAAGGCAACCCAGCACAUAUGUCUUUUGGGGGAGGGAUCUAUGACUUGGGCACUGGUAUGGAAAAGGAUUGAAGUUUAACUUCUGAAAGUGGCACUGCUCAAAGAAAGGCCUGUGAAGAAGCCUCAACUCCUAUGCAGGUUUAUUUGGGAAAAUAUGGCUGUUUGUAGAUUCCUCGGCCCCAAGGCAGUUAAACUUCACUACUUAAUGCAGUAGUCCAAAUAUAGCAAUACCAUAGAUUUAGUUUAAUGGCAUCAUGACACUGGUCAUUGCAUUUUUGACCCUGUUCCACAUGCCUUUUUUAAAAGAAGCUGCACAGUAUAAACUGAGACUUUUUAAUUGAGCUGUCAACCAUCAAUUCAAUAUUUCUUUCCUGUAUAGCCACUACUAUCCCAUCAAUGUGUACCAGACUUACUGAUUUUUUUGCCCUGGUGUGUCUUGCUUUAGUGCACAGGUUCUUGUUGGUUGUCAAUGUAUAACCAUAAUAUUGCAAGAUGCUGAAGAACCGUUUUACACCUGCUCUCUGAGCAAGAACGAUUAGCUGUGAAGUGGUGGCCAGUGGAGGCUGGUGCAUAUUAGGACUAAUAGGGUGGAAGGCAGGGUGCACCAACAGCAGGUUGUGCCAGAGGCAAUAGCAAGUGAAGCUGGAGCCAAUGAUAGAUGGAGCUAACUCAUUCUGGUUUUGUCCCCAUCCACCUCCCUGUUGAGUUCUACAUGGGCAGCAGUGAGCUUGAGGAGGAAGAGGAGGCUGGCAUCCAGUGUCACCCACUGGGCUGGUUGCAAGUAAGGAGGCAGGCAGAUGAGGGCUGGUUGGGGGCAGGCUGAGUUUGGCAGGACAGUGCUCCAUUUCCCUAUUGCACCAGCCUCCACUCAUGGUAACUGUGUAGAUCCUAUAGAAGGCUUUAUGUUAAGACUCCUUAGAUUUUCAAAACGGCUUUUGAAAAUGAGAUUAUAUUUCAUAAAUAUUGUAAGCAUAUUUUUUUAGGGAAGUUAAAGAAUGGGAGAGAGUGCUUUUAGUCUCUCCUUUAGAGUGCAUCCAAGCACUAAGUUCAGGAUACUGGGACCCGCCUGGCAUGAAGGUGGAGGGGGUGGGCGUUGGUAGCUCCAUGGCAGCAAAUCUGGGAGCUGUAUUUGGCUCUCCUUAAACAGGAGUGGGGACGCGGGUGGCGCUGUGGGUUAAAUCACAGAGCCUAGUACUUGCCGAUCAGAAGGUUGGCGGUUCGAAUCCCCAUGACCGGGUGAGCUCCCGUUGCUCGGUCCCUGCUCCUGCCAACCUAGCAGUUCGAAAGUACGUCAAAGUGCAAGUAGAUAAAUAGGUACCACUCCGGCGGGAAGGUAAACGGCGUUUCCAUGUGCUGCUCUGGUUCGCCAGAAGCGGCUUAGUCAUGACCCGGAAGCUGUACGCUGGCUCCCUCGGCCAGUAAAGCGAGAUGAGCGCUGCAACCCCAGAGUCGUCCACGACUGGACCUAAUGGUCAGGGGUCCCUUUACCUUUACCUUUAAACAGGAGUGAGAAGUGGCAGCUAACCCUGCUGCACUGGGAGACUUAUCUUUCCCUUCAACAGCAUUAUGAGGUGUUGGUUGUGGAAGCAAAGUUUUUGCAAAGGAAGGCGCAUGCUGAACUUUAUGUAACUGGACAGGUGGCCUGUGGAGAAUUUGGGGGUGGGGGUGGGCAGGGGGGUAGGCUUUUGUUUCAAAGCACAUGCCAGUAUUCUUGGAGACAGUUAACCUGGCAGCUCAGAUGCUGAAGGAAGGAAGGUGGUUCAGAGCAGGACUUCAGCCUAACCUUGAGAAAUCAAAGGCAGUAAAAUAUUCUGGGUUUUCUGACUUAUGCUCAAAAGAACUGUGCUUCAAGUGCCUCUAACAUAGCAAUAGGUGACAAAUGGAAAAAUCUAACCUGAUGAAUGGCGAUUGCUAAGGUUAUGAUCAAAACUGCCAUUUCUUUUUGUGCCAGCUAUGCUGAAAAAUCAUCCUGACUGUUCUAAAAUUAGCUGCAGAACACAAGAGGCACUGGCUGGUUCCUUCACUGGUGUGUUGCUAGGGGAAUCUAUCCAUCUCUCUCUCAUUUUGCACCAAUCCAACUGGUUAGUUUUCAGGGCUGGGACUGAGUGUAGAAGCACCAUCAUGACAGGUGGCAUAUUGUGUCUCUAGAGAUUAGUAUUUUGUUUUUAAAUCUCCAAUAGAUGUUUAACUUCUACUUUUAAAAGUGAAUGGGAGGUGCUGUUUGUAGACUUCUAAGUAGCCUUGCUCUGCCUCACCACACCCCAUGACCAUUCCUAGCUUUUACCACUGUAAGGUUUGUUUGUUUUUACCAAAACUAGUUAAAGCAGUUUCUGGGCAAAGAUGAAAUGGAUGAGGUUGGUUUUGGACAGCUUUCAUGCAAGAUAAGGAAUGCAUUAAAUUACCAAAGGAUAUGCACCUGGAGAGCAGUGCAUUGGAGGUUGGUUAAGUGAUAUAUUUUUAAUCAGCUGCUCUCAUCUCUGUCCCUACCUUUUGUGAAUGUUGUUAUGGACACUGAGGAGCUAGGAGCAGGCUGUCUCCUCCCCUGAUGGUGUAACUCGACUUCUCUCUCUCUGUGUGUGUCUCAAACGGUGCCAAUCAAAAUCAGCUGAGAUGCUGACAACCUCCCCGUUAAGAACCCGCUGCAGAAACUGCGUGAGAAAUCUUGCAAGAGGAAGUGGCUCAACUCUGCUCGACAGAAAGCAAGCAGGAAGGGGUGGGGGAGAAGGAGGGAGGUGAUGCCGUUCUCGCAACCAGCCUCCGUGGGCUGCAGGCAGGAGAAUCAAGCCACGGAUGGGGACUGAGUUUGUGAGCAGCCACCACCACCAGCAGCAGCAGUAGCAGUAGCAAAGAAGCCCCUUGGGGUCUGGCACCACCCUCUCCACUUCUGGCAAUGCUUAGUCCGAGAAGGGAGGUUGGUGGCUGAAGAGAGGAGAGGUGAUCCCCAGCAAGGCUCGUUUCUCCCUUAAAGGAGACGUCACCGGGUUUGCUCAGCAGAGGAAAACUGUUGCAAAGCAUGGCAAGUGGGAGCUGGAGAGGCUGAAGCCGUGCUUGCUUGCUUGCUGCUGCUGCUGUGAUUGCCUGGAACUGGAUUGGGAAAUAGCGCUGCUGCCGCAGUGAGCGGAGAAUCCGAUGGUUACCUGGCUCUCUGGCUCACUGGAGGGCUUCACGUGCGCCCAGGACCCGGGAUCCCCUCUCGGAUGACGGUCGACAACAGCAUGAGCAGUGGCUACUGUAGUUUGGAUGAAGACUUGGAGGACUGUUUUUUCACAGCCAGGACCACCUUAUUUAGGAGCGCUCAGAGCAAAUUUGCCGCAAAGGUAACGAGCUGUAUGGCAAUUCUGUAGCAAACCCCCCCCCCCCUAAGAAUCUGUAUGCAAAACCUAUUUCUAGCUAUCAGCAUUUAAUGAUAUUCUAGAGGCAUUCAUUCAUUUGCAGUGCAUGGGUAGCCUUGCUCAGUUGCAAUGGCUUGAAAGCUUAUCUUUAUGUCAUUUUCCUCUUUCAAACUCUGAUCCCUUCAUUGUCGUCCAAGUGCUUGACUUUGACACCUGUUAACAUUCAGGGAACAGCAGUCUCGCAGAGACCCUGUAGUUGUCCUUCACAUGUAAUGUUUCUGAACAUCUACCUUCUCAAAGGGUGUGUGAGAUCGGUUGCUAAACUGAAUGAAUGACAUUGAACUGUUUCGUCAGCGCAUUAAGUCUUGUGAGACUGUGCCACUGUUUUGUUUAAUUUUUUUAAAAAAUGCAUUAUUGCUUGGAAGAUUUUUAUCCUGGUGUGGAUAUAAUGAGUCAGAGACUGUUGGCUAACUUGCAUAUACAUGUAAUUAUGAUUCUCAGAGCUGAUGGGCAUAUUCCACUUCUCCAUAUAGUCAUGUAAAUCUAAUAUGAGGGAAAUUUUUGUCUGCUCCUCUGGUUUUACAUGGGUUUUAGAAUUAUGAGGUUACAACAAAACAAAAUGAAUUAAGCUGAUCUUGCCCUUUUUGCUUCUACCAUGCAGUGUAUUUGCAGUGACUGUAAUGACUAAAUGAAGGCUUAGCAGGGUGGAUUCAGUUUAAAUCAUGGAGAUUUAAAAUUGCCACAAAAAGAGCAAUAUAAAUCCAGCUUCCCGUGUUGUAAUCUGCAUAUUUCCUGAACGUAUGCAGCAGCAAAUUAGUAUGUGUGACAGUUAAAACACAGUGGUUUUUACUCAUGUAUGAGGAAAAGGGGACAGUUGUGAAAUUAAUGGGUUCCUUUGCACACAUGCAUUGAGCGAGAUCACUUACUCUGAGGAUUAAGUGCUCAGAACUUUCCAGAAGUAAUGGCUUAUAGUUACUGGGCAGAACAGUGAAAGUAAAUGCUGAAGCUGUUUAGCUGGUAGAGUCAUAAAUAUUCAUAAUUUUGAGAAAUGAACACUUUGCAGUACUCAAGCUUUUUUGUUGCAGGAGGUGGGGGGGCGGUAAGAAAGAAGAGAAGAAGGGGAAAAAAGGCCCAAGAAGGGUUUUGGGAUGAUUCAGGAUUGUGUCUCCUGGGUCCUAGCACCUGUGUCAGUCCCCGGGUCCAGUAGGAAGAUCACAAGAAGAGCAAUACAUAAGCUUUUGUUGUGUCUAUAAUGCUCAAUCUCAAAAGUUAAAACUUUUUCCCCUGCCACUCCUAAUGCUUUUAUAUAAAAUAUUAAUGAACACGUUGAUGGAGAACCACCCAUUUCUCUUUAACAGACGAGUCAGAUAAAUGUCAGCAUAUUUCUAUUAAAUUUAGGUUUCAUUUUAGAGCUGGAUACUUUUGAACAGAAAAAAUACCAUAUCUGAAACAAAACAAUGUUCUAUUUUAUUUUAUUAAAAAAUACUUAACAUUUUAUCUUUAAGGAUCACUUCUUCUUCUUCUUCUUCUUCUUCUUCGUCUUCGUCUUCGUUUUCGUCUUCUUUAUUGAAUUUAUAUACUGCCCUAUACCCGGAGGUCUCUCAGCAGUUCACAUAAACAGAUUACAGUAUGUAAAAUUAAAAUAAAAGCAAUAACCCAAUAAUACCCCCCUCCAAAGAGCCACAUCUUAAAAGAGUAUGGGAUGUAAAUCAGAUCACCCAAAGGCCUGGUUGAAAAGGAACAUUUUUGCCUGGUGCCUAAAGGUGUAUAGUGAAGGCGCCAAGCGAACUUCCCUGGGGAGAGCAUUCCACAGAUGGGGAGCCACUGCAGAGAAGGCCCGUUCUCGUGUUGCCUCCCUCCGGACUUUCACCCUGAGGCUUAGACUUUCAGCCUUAGGCUUUUAGCAAGAGGUCAACAACCAUAUACUGUCCAGCCUUAUACAAGCACUCCUCCCCCACUUAGGCGUGUUCUACUUGCAUGCUACCACAUAUAGGCAUGGUGCUGGGAAAUAAAUAAAUAGAAUCAUGCCAGGAAAUGGUGGGAGAGAGCUGAAGAGUCCUUGUAGCUUGAAAGGAGACUCUGAGGGCGGAUGAAACCCCAAAGACACCUGAGGUGCAGUGGGGCUUUCUUUAAGCUGCUCAGCCUCCCUGCCUAAUGGCUGAUGGGCGAGGUGGCAUAGCCACCGCUGCUGCUGCUUUCUCACGCCUUCUCCAGUUCGUCCCAUAGCUUCAACUCUAGAUAUUUUGGUACCAAUUGGAGAGGGAGCAGAGAUAAAGCUGGAGAGCUGGGGGAAAUAGGCAUUUAGAGGCAUUUUAGAAGGUGCUCCCCACUUUAUGCAGUUUAACUUACGCACGCGAUGGCCCAGAACAUAACCCCCACAUAAGUGAGGCGACGCCUGUGUUACUCUCAGGACUAUAUCUAUUCCAAAAGAGAAUGCUAUGAAGCAAUAUGAAGAUUAGGCACAUAUUUGCAGUUGUUCCAAUUCUAUCAAUAUAUUUGCAUAGCUGUCAAGUGUCCCUUAUUUGAAGGGACAGUCCCUUAUUCCAGCGCCAUGUCCCGCUGCUGUCCCUUAUUGAUGGAUGUCCCUUAAAUGUCCCUUAAAUGAUGUCCCUUAAAUUUCAAAGGAAGCAGCUCCUCUCCCUCCCUCCCUGCCGGCCAGGAAGGAGGAAGGCUCCAACUGUGUUGCUUGGCUGUGUUGCUCACCCAAUAAGAAGUCUAAGAACGACUGGGGGGGUGAAGCUUGCAUGCCUUGUGUGUGGCUAGUUAAUGAAAGCUGAGGAGGUUUUUGAAUGCUGGAAGCCAUUUUGUUGCAUGUGCUGUUGCAAACUUUGCAGUGCAAAGCCAGGCCGGGGAGCCAUCUUAAGUUGAGGCUGCAUAGGCCUUGUGGUGCAUGUGAUUCAGAUUCUAUUCAGUUGAACCUCUGGUUACAAAGUUGGUUGGACAGUGUUCUCGAAGCUACCCAGCAUGAGUUUGACCAGACUGCAGGAGGACAGGAAGACUGGAGUGCCUGGAACAGGUGAGGCUGCAGGUCCCUUAUUUUGGCUGCUGGUCCCUUAUUUUCAAGGCUGCUGGUCCCUUAUUUUCAAAUCUGUAAGUUGACAGCUAUGUAUUUGUGUUUAUGAUAUGAUUUCAAGGACUUGGAGGUAAUAGAGGCUUCCUUGCCUUGGCAUAUUCCACCCCUACCUUUCAUGUCCCAUCAUGAUUAAAACUAGUUUUGCAAAUUAUGAUAAAUUGUACCAUGGAAAAUUUUAAUGUAGACUCAGAUCCAUGCUGCUAUGACAAAUUAUACGUGCACAUCCAUCCACAUCAGUGUGACAUUCCCAGCUAUAUUCUGGAUAGUGUCCAUGAUACUUUUGUAUCCUGGUGCAGAUUUGAAACUUUGCUUAGCCACACAAGUGCUCAUGUAGUCAUUUUUUUUAAAGGAAAAGAUAGCAGUAGGGCUACACUCUUGCGCACAACAAUGUCCCUGACUUCAAUAAUAUUUUCACAUCUUUACAAGCCCAUUUUAACCUGGGCAGUUGGCUCUUGUCCCUCCAGUACCAGAGUGAGCUUCUCCAAGCUUGUUUGCUUUUAUAAAAAGGAAGUAAACAGGUUCUUCUGCCCGCAGUGACCCUCUCCUUCCCCUUCAUUAUCAUUACAUGGUGACCGAGGCACUGAAGCAGGAUCAGGGUUGAUAACUCUGAAGCAGUAAGAGGGAAGUCACUCCCACAGAAAGGAUUGUUUCUAUACUACAUUGGUUAACCAGCCAGCUAGGUUUGUCUAAGGGAAAGACAUUUUAGACAGGAGUCUAAAAUUUGCACUGGAAAAGGAACCCUAAAGCACUGAAAGAUUUGGAUCAGUGUAAAACAAGUAUCGGGUGAAAUCCCUUGCAUAGAAGUUUGAGCCUAAAGCUGCUUUUAGCUCUAGAGGAGGAAGUGAUGUCAUACCUCAGUGGUCGUCUGCUUCUGUCUGUGGAGAAAUGUAUUUCAAUUGAUUUUUGUGCCCUUUCGGUGCCAGAAAGAAUAAUUGUUUGGGGCUCAUCUUUCUAAAAAGCGUUGCAAGCAUACUUUACAGAUCUAUUCUUGCCACGUGGUUUGGUGCUGUUCCACAGUGCAGGCCACAGUCUCCUCUUUUCCUGCUUCUUUCCUCCUCCUACCCAGCUAUUCUCUUUGGAUUUCCUGUGAACCAGAAGGGAUUUUUCUUUAGGUUAGUUUAAUAACCUGCCUCAUCUGCUGCCAUUUUUCCUUUAAAAAAAGGCUUUGACUGAGUCAUGUCUGUAGGCAAUCUAAAAGAUCAAAAUCUUUUAUAUGUUUCUACACCAGUGCACAUGUUGUUCCUUUCUUUUUGUGUGGAGGCUAAAAAUGUAGAAACAGCCAGACAAUAUCAAUGAGUUGGCCUAUCUAGCCAAAAUUUCCUCUUUCUGAAAUGCACCAGAUGCUUCAGAGGAGGGUGCAAGAGCACACAGAUAACUCACAGUCCAUUAUGUGGGAUAAUUUGCCUCCAUUUAAGAAAUUCUGAAAUCAUUAGUGACUUUGGACUUAAGCCUGGAACAUGGGGGUUGGUUUCUCUCUUUCACUGAUACCAUGAACUAUUUGCAUUCUGUUUUGUGUGAGAAUUGCUGAAAAACUGAAAAGUCAAGUUUGGGGCAAGGUCAGUUAGACCUAGACUGUCUUUUCCUGAGCUUCAUGGCAUACCUUCUAUGACCGUUCAGUAUGUAUCAACAAGCUUAAAGGUAAAGGUAAAGGACCCCUGACAGUUAAGCCCCAUCGUGAACGACUCUGGGGUUGUGGCGCUUAUCUCAUUUUACUGGCUGAGGGAGCCAACAUUUGUCCGCAGACAGUUUUCUGGGUCAUUUGGCCAGCAUGACUAAGCUGCUUCUGGCGAAACCAGAGCAGUGCAUGGAAACGCCAUUUACCUUCCUGCCAGAGCGGUACCUAUUUAUCUACUUGCACUUUGACGUGCUUUCGAACUGCUAGGUUGGCAGGAGCUGGGACCAAGCGAUGGGAGCUCACCCCUUCACGGGGAUUCGAACCACGACCUUCCAAUCAGCAAGCCCUAGGCUCAGUGGUUUAGACCACAGCGCCACCCGCGUCCCUAUAGUUUAUUCCUUGCUCUGCUUGAUGGCCAACCUAAGAGAAAUAUCUCUGGAAAGCAACAAGACAAGUUGUUUGAGCUUAUGCUGGUAUGAAUAAACAAGUAGAGUGGAAGGUCUUCCAUGUUGCUGUACCAGUGCCUGAUCCAUGCUUCAACCCUGGUGGCAAUGCAGUUCCAUGAGUUGCAGCAUUGUGCUCAUGGGCAAUUCCUGUAUCUGGCUGUGUCCCAGCUGCAACCCUAAGCAGGUAGAUUCAAAUGUAAUUGUGUACAAAUGAAGAAGUAGAUGGGGUUGUAGGUGUUAGGAUAUAGUUCCGUUCCACCUUAAAAGGGUACAGACAUGACUGUUGUGUGUCACAAGCCUGUUUACUUCCAGCACAGUCUGCUGGGAACUUCCGUUUGUAUAUAGCUUUUGUGUUACUGCUGUUUUGCUGGAGACAAAGGGAAGCUGACAUGUUCCUGAAGGGAAGCUGACAUGUUCCUCUGUUCCUGAACUACGCUGAAUAAAAUGCUGUACGUUAUGCUUACACAUCUCUCUGUCUGCCUCUUCUGCUGUGAGAUGAUUUACACACUCUGCUGACACAGCGUGCCCGGGUCUCUAAACGUAUCUGAGGCUCGUGUCGCUGUUUGAUGCUGUUCCAAGGGAGACCGGCUGCCGGCCGGUGGCUGGAGCCAGCUGGGGGCCUGCCUGAUGCCCCCGUCUUCCUAGCAGUAUUCCAACAGUAGGUUCUGUUCUUUUCUAAGAUGUACCAGUCUACAACAUUUGAUAGAUAAAAUUGAGUAUUUGGCUUCUUGAGAAACUGAAGAGCAUCUCUGAGGUCCAGGCCUUAAGCAUCCAAAGCUGUGUCCAGAUUCUGGGCUACAGACUAGCGUUCAGAGCAAAGCUCCCUGCCUCCAUUCAAUAUUGUAUUAAUAUUCUGUUUGCUGCUUUGACGGCCUUCAGUCCAAAAGGUGGUAUAUAAAUAAACCAUAAUAUCUUCAUUCAUGUUAUCAUGCAGCUGAACACCUUUGGAUGAGAAUGUAAGAGCUAGCUACAGAUCCAUGCUCUCCUCAUCUGCCAUCUACCUAGCCAAACAACACAGCUGUAUUUCUCUGACUCUCCCCACUUCUAGGAAUCCUCAGGGCCUCUUCUCUAUCAUUUGAUGAUCUGCCUAGGUCUGUCCCACUUCUUCUCCACAUUGUGCUCUCUGUCCAAGACGUUGCCAUCUCCUACAGUUCUAAAAUUGAAACCAUAUGCUGUGAUCUCUCUUCCUCCAUUCCGCUCUGCAAAUUGCCCCUUCUCCUCCAUCUUCCUCUUCCUUUCCUCCCCCUUUGUCUCACUUGAGGAACUGACUGGCCCAUGUGCUCAUCUAAUGCCUCAACAUCCCACCUUGAUUCUGUCUUCCAUUUCCUGAUUGCCAUCUUCCUCCUCACCAUUAUCCCUCCGUUCCUUUACAUAAUCAACCAUUGUCUCUCUUGUGACUCCUUCCACAUUGCAUUUAAGUAUGCCAUUGUCUUCAUGUUCUUAACAUACAAACCACCUCAAACCCAUCUUCCCUCUCCAACUAAUGUGCCAUCUCGCAACUACCUUUACCUUCAAACCCCUGGAGUCUACCGUUUCAAUUUUCUCUCCUCCAGCCAACUUCUUAAUCUGCCACUAAUCUGGUUUUCACCCUUUGCACUCCACUGAAACUACUCUCGCAAAUGUAAGUGAAUAUGUGUGUUUGUGCACCUGCGAGUGAGGAUGUGUGUCUGUGUGUGCAUGACAAUGAAUGCAGAGGACAUAAAGGUUGCCCACCCCCUGCCUUAUGCUUUUGAACACUUUUCACAUGUCUUUGUCUCAUGUGGAAAAGUCAAGAUCUUCUCAGUGUCAUCCUGUGACAAUGAGUUCCACUAGAUUAUAAAGGUUGGUUCAUUCUCUGUUCUAUACCAGAAGUACGCUGAACAUAUUGUAAGUGAAGUAGUUGUUCCCUUCUAACUUUCUUUACUAAUAAUGACAUUUUCUGUUACAAACAGAGGUCAUCACGGCAUAGUUUCUAUAACCCCCCCUCCGCGCUCCCCGAAUUCCUGUGUUGUGGGGACUGGCAUUCUAGAUAAAUUAUUCCUUGCUAUCUGUGUGUAGAAUCACAUUGCAUUUAAUGGAAAUUGUAAGUAGCUAGCUUCUCCCUCCCCUGGCUUUUGGGUGGCUGGAGGGUAUAAUUUAAGACUUUUAAGAAAUUGUUGCCGUCACCAUUAGAGGGACUGUUAAAACUAUAUGAUUACUUUUGGCACGGAUUAUUGUUGGCAGGUUUAACAGAAUGACGGGCAUGGCAUGUACUGAACAGUGGGAGUAACUUGCCCCUUGCAGCACCCAGCAUUCUUAAGGAAGUGAAUGUCAAAUUAUGGUAAAAAGGAUUUAGGAACAAAUCAUGUCCUAAUAGGGUAAAAGAGCAGAUGAUUUACAAAAGGGUAAUUGAUAAUCUCAAAAGCACUUGAUCACCUUAAGAACCUCCUGCUGAUUGCUGGGCUGUUGGAAUGAAGCUGAUUGCUUAUGGUAGGAAGGGUGAGAAUAAUUGCAUAUUGUAUGUAACAAAUAGGAAGCUUUUCCUAUUUCUGCCACAAUUGUGAAUCACAUAAACUAAAUGCUCCCUGACUCCAGGUUUUAAAUGCAAGCUGUUUGGUUAAGCAUGGGUCUCUCGGUGUCGAUGGAGUUUUUCCUGCACCUCCAAGAAUCUUCUGGGAUUGUUAUUGGAGGGGGGAAACAGGUGCAGCCUUUAAAUAUGGCCUUUGUACAACUCUUGUGGAGACAUACAGAAUGCCAAGAGCAUCAGCUUUGUUUGGGGAGGUUCUGCAUACAGGAGACUUCUGAGAAGAAAAGAAAAAGCUGUAUAUUUGGGGGAUGCAAAUUUUCAAAGAUCUAUAACCUCUCAUUAUUUCAACAGAACUGUGCAGGGGAAAUCAUGCUGGCUUUCCUAGCACUUGACCCUUUUGUCUCUCCAAAUGCAGACUAAUCACCAGGGAUGUAUGUUACAGUGAAACUGAACCUGCAACCUAAUACUAAGGUCUCUUGUUGUGGGUGGUUGUGUGGUGCUCUGUCUUAUAAUGAAAUUCAAUAGGGACUGUAAUUCUGAGAUGCAUAGGAUUAUGGCACUGAAUCUUCUAACACAGACGGAUGUACUAAGGGUUAUAUGAUGCUUCUUGACCAAACAGUAAUGUUAUAUAUGAUACUUUAUAUAGAUCAACUCUCUUUCUCUCUGUGUGUGUGUCCAUUUAUAUAUAUGAUAUUUUUAAUUUGCAGGUACAUUAUAGCUAACUUUUAUGUUCCUCUCAUCCUGUCGUCUUCCUUUUAGUUCUCCUUCUGUUGACUUUUUUCUUCCAGCAAUUAUUAUGAGCUCCUAAAACAGACGUUGGGAACUUUAAUCCUAGUGGAAGACUGUUGGUCCAAAUUCCAGUGCAGCCUUCUAAGUAGACUAAGGGCAGUGGUUCCUCAACAAUCCUGGUCUAUGGCUGCAAUUGUAUCAAUUUCUGUUUCGAAAUAAAUCAACAAUUUAUGAAUCUGUUGUAAACAGAGGCCAGAUUCAAAAAAUAAUUUACCUGCUAGGACAAGAAUGCAUAAGGCUUGUGAAUUUGUAAUAUUUCUUUAUUGAAUUGCUCUCAAGGGAGCUUAGGACAAUGUACAAUAAAGAAUAAAACAACAAAAUGCAUCCCAUAAAUAAAUAUAACCAGAUAUAGCUCUAACAUCACCAAAUAAAUAAAUAAAUAAAUAAAUAAGAAUUAAAACACUGACACAGACCAACCUGCAGCUGUUGGGAAUUAAACUCUAACUUAGUAGCCUGGUUCACACAUGGCAGUAAGCCAGUGGUUCCUAAACUACACUCCCAUGGACCACUUGAAAAUUGCUGAGGGUUUUGGUGGACAAUUUAAAUAUUUUUCUGUCUGUUGUAGCAAUUCACUGUGCUAGAAGCUAUAUAAUUCUAAUUGCAUUGCUUCUUUUGUUUGCUUUUAUUUGUUUACUUCCUUUCGCUCUGUCUUUCCUGUACCUAAGCCCCCUCUCUGCUCCUUUCCCUCUACCCCUCAGGUCAUUUUUGGUCACCUUGUGGAUGGACCAUUGGGUUCAUAGAACAAUGGAGCAGCUGCCAUAUCCACUGCUCUUCACAGGCAGCCAUGGACCACAUGAGUGAAGUUCACAGACCACCAGUGGCCCACAAACAACAGUUUGGGAACCCCUACACUAAGCCAAACUGUGGUUUAGCAAGAUCAUUUGUUCAGUCCUCCUAAACCAUACUUUGGCUUAGUGUGAUGUGCAAACCAUCCCUAUAUUAUAUUAUAUUAUAUUAACCUCACCCCAAAGACUCAUUCCUCCAUUGUCUCCUGUGACAGAUGGAUGCCAACUACUGAGCAAAAAUGCCAUAGCUCCAGUCUGAUAGUAUUUGGCACCAUAGUGUGAGACCAGAUACAGAAAAAGUGUGUGUGUCUUCCAGCAAAUGCCUCAUGUUGCCAGAAAGAUGAGUCAAUUAGCAUGUUCUAGUGAGUUAUUUCACACAGGAGCUUGUUGAGACAGGUAACUAAUCAAAUAUGUGGAGGAGGAAAGGAACCGAAGAAAUCCUGAUCAGGCAAAACUGUGAGGGUGGGGAGAGGAAUUAAACAAUAUUUAAUCUGGAAAAAAUAGGGAAUUUAAUCUGGAAAAAAUAGGGAGUUAACCUUAACAUGAGGGGUCCAAUGGUACACAGAACAACAUCCUUCAAACCAUUCUCCCCCUGUUUGAAAAUGUUUGCUAUGUUGAUAUUUCUAGCAGUGUUGCUAUGGUACCAUGUAAUACUGCAGGCAGACUGACUUCCUGGCUUGCUCUUAAAUUCGCAGCAGAUAACUUAAAAGUUAAAACACCUCACUUGUGCAGAGGAGAGGCUUUCUUGCAUCUGCAAAUCAAUGUUGUUGUUGUUGUUUAGUCGUUUAGUCGUGUCCGACUCUUCGUGACCCCAUGGACCAGAGCAGGCCAGGCACUCCUCUUCCACUGCCUCCUGCAAAUCAAUAAUAGUGCUCAUUUUAAACCUGAAGGUAGUGGUUAGUCCGUUCAGUUUCCCAUAGGAAUGUUAGGUUUGGAGACUGAAUAUAGGACUAAGAUUUCCACUGUUCUGUAAUCAGUAUGCUUAGUGAGUGCUGUAGUAUUAAUGGGUGUGAUUUUUCAUUUUAGCUGACAGAGUAUUGCAAUGGAGUUUCAUACUAGUUGGGGUGUUCUCCAAUCUGGGGCCCUGCAACUUCCAUCUGCCCCAGCCAACAUGGCCAGUUGUCAGGGAUGAUGGUCAACUAGCAACACUUGGAGGUCACCAGGUUGAGGAAGGCUGGUACAAUUCUGUUAUCACGAUUUACAGAAUUAUACUGAAUGGGUGCACUCUGCUUACAUUAUGACUAGUCACCAGGUAGAACUUUGUUUUGUGAAUGGGUUUUUCAUUAAGUUGUCAACCUGCUGUAGUCUCAGUGAACUUGAGUGUAUGCAAGAAUGCCAAGUUCCUUAUUGUAAUGUUUUUCAAGAAUAGUAUAUGCAAUAACAAUAUUAAUCAACAUGUAAUGGGGGCGGGAGGUGAAAGAUGGCUGUUGACUUUGCCCUAGCCAGCAACAUCUUACCUUCACUUUGCAGUGGUGUCCAUGACAUUUGACAACGUGGAAUGAAAUGGGAGAAUUCGGUUAAGACAUUUGCAUGUUAUCCUAUACUUUUUCGUCAGAGCAGAAAAAACCCUUGUGAUAAUUGCUAUGGUUACUAACCUCAUUUUUAAUUUAUCUAAUGAUUCUCUGUACUGAGUUACAGGUGAGCAAAAAUUCAGGUGCUUUUUCAGUCCUGCUCCGUUUCUUCUAGUUCUUUUUGCAUGGGCAGUCUCAUGCAACAGGAACAUGGCAUUUAGCAUGGGGGCCUCAACUGGUCUAACGUGUUCAUCAUAUAGAGUCCUGUAUAUAGACUUAAGCAGUAUAAAAAUUGUAGAAGUAAUCUGUCUCACUGUCAUCCUUGAUUGAUUAGGUCUAGUUUCAUCUAGUGCAACAUCUUUUGGAAAGAAUUCCAGCCGCCAGCAGGUACUAGUUGGUCAGGUGCAUAUGAGCAGUGGACCACCAAUGAGUUGUUGUCUACCUACCUUCUGGUAUACUAAGGCAUCAGAUUUGCUACUCUGGUUUUACGAUGGACAGGCACUUAGAGUAAAAAUCCUUACCAAAAACCCCCCAUCCAAUUUCCCCCAACACCAAUACUUGGGACGAUCUCCAAAGAAUUAUUGUGGCACCACUGAACGCAAUUCGGUUGAAGCCGCAUUAUGACUGUGACCUACCAGUUGAAGACCUGCACACUUGGAAGUGACCUUGGCAACUAGGAGUACAAGCCAGUCUUGCUGUACAGCCAGCCUAAUUUAGCUUAGAACGGUGCAUUGUGGGUGAUGUAGGAAUGCUCUUGCUUAAAAGGGCAAGCUCACCCCAAGUCCUCCCUGUAACGUGGUAUCACUUCCCCAUGUUGUGAUGAUAUUGCAUUGUGUGCUUCCCCACCCAUAUUCCAUCCCAUUGGCCACUUCUGAAAGUAAUCAAGGAAGUGCACAAUCUAUAAGCUUUAGCAUGACAAUUAAAAAUGGUCUUAAUGAGGUGGAGGUGAUGACAAUUUGCUGUGUGUUGCUUUUUCUCAGUUGUUGCCUAGAGCAAUAGUGCAGUUUUCCUUAGUUUGAUUUUGGAAAUUUCCAUAGCCCAGUAAGUCUUCCUGGCUAGAAAGGGGCUUUCACAUGCACAUGUUGCUGUGAAAAGCACUUAAAGCUAAAGAGGCCUGGAAUUGGAACCUGGAGUUUCUAACGCCCACUGUAAUAUCCAUUAGCAGGCAAUGUUUCUUUAGUCUUUCUCUGCUGCUUGUAUAUGUCCCUGCAGGCAUGUUCCUGAAUUAUUUAAAAUAUUUACAACGCCAUGCGCCAAAGUUCUGAGCCUGGAGCUAAAUUCUGAGCAGACAGUUAGAGUAAUUUUUCCAUUUAAUUUCUAGUGGAUUCUACCAAUAACAAUGCAACGUUGUCUGGAAAAAUAUUUUAAACUGCAGUGUAGUGGUCAUCAAGGGAGCUGCUUUUGUGAAUCUGGUUUAUAAAUUGCAGUUCUGAAGCAUAUUGCUUUAUGAGCCAAGUCAGGAACAGUAGACAAAAUUGAGAUAAGGCAGCUUAAGUUAUCGAAACUCUGAUUAUUGGAGUCUUGAAUGAACAAAUGUACCUCACAGUUGUUCUAAAGGAGUGGUUGGCAAUAGAAGGCUUCAGAGUCCAAUUCAGCCCACUGAGGAAUUCCAGAGGGUCCCUGGGUUGCUAAUCCAGAGGAAAUAGGUAUGAGUGGGAGGGGAAUGGUGGCUUUGACUAUGAGACAUGCUGGCAGUCUAACACCAUCUUAAAAUGUCCUUUCAUAAAACUAGUUUCUUACUAGGCUUCCAUGGCUUCUCUUAUGCUUCCUUUAGUGGUACAUUUGUUUGCAUCAGUAGAAUGUUGUUGCACAAGUGAAUGCAUAAGCAGGUUGCUGAUGACUUGGUUGCACAAUCUGUUGUGCAACAAGAUUCUGUUAGUGCAACUAUUGCAUUAAAACUCACCUGUUUGCUAGUGCAUGAGCACUUGUACCAGCAAACAGAGAACAUUGGGAACAGCUCAUAUUUCCUAGCCCUCUCCCUGCCCCCCCACCCCCAAAAUAUCUCUGUUAUGACAUCCCCCUCCCCCCUUUCUCUUCAUCUUUUGUUAGGGCAAAAGAAUUUAUUGUAGCAGAUUAGGAGAAGUGCAAACAACUAAGUGCUCCUAGCAUUCAUGAACCAGCUGACUGAACAGCAGUCAAGACAAUUAGCCUUGAUGCAUCUCUGUUGCAAAGUAUUUAUUUACUAUGCCAAGAGGAUUUGUCUUGAAACAUGUCCCUAAACAUUAAGUCCUUUGAGAGUAUAACAUUGAGGUCCAGAUGUGGCAAAGAAUUUAGUGACCUUCUGGGUUCCACUUUGCUUUAAUAUGAUUAUGAAAUCCAGAAAGUUUGAAGUAGCAUUUUGAAAGAAUACAGUACCGUGGUACCUCGCGUUACAUACGCUUCAGGUUACAUACACUUCAGGUUACAGACUCCGCUAACCCAGAAAUAGUACCUCGGGUUAAGAACUUUGUUUCAGGAUGAGAACAGAAAUUGUGCUCCGGCAGCGUGGCGGCAGCGGGAGGCCCUGUUAGCUAAAGUGGUGCUUCAGCUUAAGAACAGUUUCAGGUUAAGAAUGGACCUCCGGAAUGAAUUAAGUACUGUAAAAUGCCAACUUGGUGGUUCACAAACUAAAUGUUGGUAUUUAAAAGAGAUAAUGGGUAUGACGGAUCUAGAACAGGUGAAUGAACUCUGGGUGUUACUCAUUUUUUGUUUGUAAAGGAAUAUACUAAUCCAAGUAUCUAAACUAUACCUGAUGUGUUGAACACAGAUGUACUCUCCAUAGCUUAAUCCACAAUAAUUAUUGGAGGCAUAAAGGGUUUCUUAGCAUUUAAAAGUAGCAGGGCUUUUUUUCCGAGCUGGAACUCAGCAGAACUCAGUUCCGGCACCUACCAGGUGGGUGCCUUCACCAUUAUAAGAGAAAAGGCGUUCAUGGUGAUUUCUGGCACAUUUUUUUCUAGAAAAAAAGCACUGAAAAGUAGCGUUUAGAACUAGAGGCCCCAUAAAAUAUGUUCUUCUUUCUGUGAAAUAGGUAAAUUCAUGUGUAGUGGAGCCAGCGUGGUGUAGUGGUUAAGAGCGGUGGACUCGUAAUCUGGUGAACUGGGUUCGCUUCUCCGCUCCUCCACAUGCAGCUGCUGGGUGACCUUGGGCUAGUCACAUUUCUCUGAAGUCUCUCAGCCUCACUCACCUCACAGAGUCUUUGUUUUGGGGGAGGAAAGGAAAGGAGAUUGUUAGCCACUUUGAGACUCAUUAAGGGGAGUGAAAGGUGGGAUAUCAAGCCCAAAUUAUUCUUCUUCUUCUUCUUCUUCUUCUUCUUCUUCUUCUUCUUCUUCCUCCUCUAAAGGAAAUCUGAAGUCUCCUUUCCAUGUGAAAAAAACAACCCAAGGUUCAAAUAGCAAAGUUAACAGAAAUCUGUUUUAUUUUAUGGUACUACAGUAUUUCAGCAGCAAAUAAUUUGGUGGUCACUUCCCCCCCAACAAUAUUUUGAUUGAAUGUUCACUGAAAGGAAAUGGGCUUUCAUAGACCUUUUUUGACGGAAGUAUGCACCUUAACCUCUCUGACUAAAUCCCAUUAAGUUCAAUGUUUAUAAGAAGAUGUUGAAGGCUGGGUGCAGUGUAUGAAGGUUUCAUAACUGUGCAUGUCUGUACAUAAGUUUUCUAGGGUGGUGUUUGAAAUCUUCUUGAGGCAUUCUAGACAACAAUGCUCUUCGUGCAGAUUUGCCAUAGGAGGCAAAUCAAUGAGUCACCUCAGAGCCGGGUAUUUUGAGGAGACACCCACUAUUAAGAGUUGUAGCAUGAAAUUUGUUCCAAACAAAGCUUGGUUCUGCCAAGCCAUACAAAAGGAAAAUGCAUGGUUACAUAAAGUGUCUUCUCCCCUUCCAAAGACAGAGAGCCAGAUUUUAUGGAAACAAUGUCUCCUGGUUUUGAAAUCAGUAAGAGGAAUCUUAUUUUUAAAAAAAGAACUCAUGCUAUCAGUUUUGUUGUGGUGCUUGAAUAUUCUACAAUAAUUGCUCUGCUGACAGCUUUCCCCUUUGUCCAUCAACCUGAUCAAUAUUUUUGCUUCUCAAAAUAAUGCCUAGAGAGUCCAACAUCUCCAGUUGGAUGUCUUCUUCUCAUCCAUAAUAGAUACAUAACUACCUCAAGGAUCAAAGGAAGCAUGUCAGAGAGGGCUACUGUGCUUUCCACAGGCUUCUGUGUGACUCAUGAGGGAAAGAGGGAAAUGAAUUAGGUAGGUCUUUGGUCUGAUCCAAGGUGGUUCUUUUUACAUUCUGAAAUAGUUAAUUUGUGGGACAAAAUUCCAAAGAUGAUACAGGCAGCAUUGUAGACAAAAUGGCAAUAGAGUGUUUCAUAAAGAACAUAAUGUAGGCAACAAUAUACAGGUGAAGUAAAGGGACCUAGGCUCUCCAGUGUUUUGAGAUCAAGUACAUCAGAAAAAUUAAUAGUGGGCUAGACACUGACCCAUCAUUUCCAUCUCAAAUAAUGCUUGGUCUGCCUCUUAUGCAAGUUAAGUAGCAAUAAAGGCUUGAAUAAUAGUAUUUCUUAAAGAUCUGUCAAUCCUCUUCAGGAGUAGUAAUUCUGAUGGAGCAGAGUUGGGUUUGAUUGAACUAAAGAUUGAGGUGAAUCUUAUGACUGUCAUCUCUGUCCAUCCCCUUGUCAAAGUAUGUGGCAGCUUUCACAAAAAUUAAAUUAUCAAAGUUAGUGCGUGUGUGUGUGUGUGUGUGUGUGUGUGUGUGUAUCUCCUUUUUAGAUUCAAGCCUACUGAUUCCAGGCAACUCUAAUUUUAGAUGUGUGGAUUUGGCCAAUAGCAAAAAGCCUUUUUCCAGUGAUAGGCAACCCAGUUGGGAGUUGUGGGUGUUCUUUCAAGUAAAAAUGAUUGGGGGCCACAUAACUACUGCCAAUGGUCUAGUCUGAAGGCAAAGCGGGUGAGGACACCCUUUCUCUUCCUCCACUUCUGUCCCCCUCCUUCAUUCAUUCAUCCGCUUCUUUCCAUUUCCAUUCAUCUUUAUUUUGUCACACAGUUGCAGUGUGGCUGCCCUCCCCUUUUGCUCGAACCAUUCAGUUUCCUUCUGCUGAACUAAUAGGAAGAAUAGUCAAAUUUUCACUCACUUUUUGAACUACAAGUAGGGCUUUCUCCUCCCUUCUCAUCCUGUCAAGAUAGAUAGCUUGCUUGAUCCUGUUGGGUGGCUUCCUUUAGUUCCAGAAAAGUCAGCCCCCAAGCAAACAACUAUUUUUGAAUCUCCAAUACAUCUAAUUGCUAUGUUUCAGAUCUUCUUCCCCCACAUACUUUUGGAAGAACAGCAAUGGGAGGGAGAUAACAUUGGAUCUUUAUAUAAAUAAACUACACAGCUGCUGUGGGGAAAAGAAUAAACAGUUUUUCCUAGCCAUUGGCUGAAUCUUUUAUGACUUGUGUGACUUGUGUAUUUGGCUCCCCCACUCUCCCCAUCUUGGCUUAUAAAAAAAAAAGAACAAGCAAUUUCAGAUUCAACAAACUAUAACUUCAUAAUAUUCACACUAGCGCAUAAUGUGGAUACAGAUGAGCUUCUGUUUCAUAAAGAUGUGCAGCAUGGUUAAAAUAUGAGGCAACACGACUUAAUGUUGGGCAGUUUACACAGAUUAAUAGUUUCUUUGUUCAGUGUCACUUUAAACUAGUUGAAGCAUGAUGAUACAAGGGUGCAAGCUCAUUUGCAUUAAAAUAAUGAUGCCAUUUACCCAGCCAAUUUGUCUUGAAGCAAAGUUCCCAAGAAGUUUUGCACAUAGGCCUCUUUGUGAUAUGUUCAUGACUGUCAGUGAUCAUGUAGGAAGAUCACAAAUGUGUUGAAAUUGCAGAUACUUCAGUGGCAACCUUGCAAAACCAUCACUUCUCUGGCCUGAAAAGUACCAGGGUAUAAUCUGCAUGAAACCUAUUUGGAGUUUGGAUAAAUUCAUUCAGCAUAUCACUUUUCCAAAUGUGGCAGUUCUGCCUGUGUUGGCCACCUGUCCAUCGGCACAGCACAUAGGAAGACUAACUUGGCCAUUGUGAGCUGCCAUGUCUGGACAAUCAAAGUUGCAAUAAAGUUUUAAGCUACAGCGUGUUUCUUCAUUCCCCUCAGCUUCUGGCAGAAUGCUGAGCUGAAAAUGGGAAGUCAAUACAUCAGUUUGCUGUAAAUAACUGAAAGUAAAAAAAUAUGCCUGUAUUGAUUAGUCUUUAUGCUAAGCAAGCUCUAGAAGUGGGAGGUGAGCCAUGGGACACUAAGUGCCUCUGUGUUUGUUAAAAGUUCCUUUUUACCCUGUUUCUGGAUCCCUUAAACACAGGAUUGGCAUAUACCACAGCAUGCCCUUUCACUGACCACUAAAUAAGUUUGUGUCCAUUUUGGGGGGGGGGCAAUCAGGUGAUUUACUGUAACAGCAUGCAGCCCAUAUGUUUACUGUGAAUGUUUGUACAUCUUUAAAAACAACCCUAAAACCACUAAGUUUCCAAAUGGUUUCCAAUAAUCAUAAUCUCAAUCAGUUAGGUGAUAGCCAUGAACACUAUGGGAUAAGACUUUGAAAAUGUUAAAGGCUUACUAAUCACACAAAAAAUGCAGCCCUGGGUGUUAACUUCCUAGCCAUUCGGUUUGUUAGUCCCAUGCUUCAGUAAUCACUAUAGCUCAUAUUUUCCAAGCAACCACUCUUAAUAACUCAUAUCAUGAAUUUAUGGCUUUUUAGGUAAGUGCUAUACUUUGGUUAAGAAGCUCCUAUGGCUAACUAGGCCAUGAACUACAUAUGUCAAAACCAUGAGUAUCCCAGAAUGAUAAUGCACAUUGCAUGUUUGUGCUGUUUUGUUCUUAUCAUGCCAUGUAUUUGCUUUUGGGUGGGUGCAGGGUGGAUGUAAUGGAAUUAUAUAUAUCAAGAAUGCUGGGAACACAGACCUUAGCCAGGAUCGUUGUGUUGCACCCUAAUGAGCCCCUGUCCUGCUUUCUCCACAGAGGACAGUUCCUUGCUGUGGCUGGGGUUCAGAGACAUUAUUUGAAAUACACACAUUAAUGUUAACGUAACAGAGAUACUGACGUCUUAACACAUAACAUGUUGGCUCCUGUCUUCUUUAUCUGCUCCAAUGUGAGUCAAAGGAUACAGUAGCCAAGGUGGCAAGUCUAGAACACGGAUGGUGGAAUAUUAAGAAAUUUAGAAUUUGCUGUAGAUGAGUGAUGCUAGGUGUUAUAUUCCCAAAUUGAGGCCAUGUCAUCUUAAGAUGUCAAGUCUAUAUAUCCAGAAGUCUAUAUAUCCAGAAUUACCAUUUCCAUUGUUUUGAAUCAGGUGGCCUCUGUCUUGACAAAUCAGAGGGGCUGUAAUGAUCAGAACUGAAGUGUUUAACACAUGCACAUACAUAUAUAGUUUGUGCUGGUAUAUUUUACUGAAAAUACUUUAAAUAAAACUUUAAAUGUUUCUCAUAUUUUAAAUCUAGUUGAUUUAUCAACUAUCACUUUUCUCAAAUAAAACUAGUUUCAAUAAAACAAGAUUUCGACUUGCUACAUAAGUAUUGAAGCUUAGAAGUGUAGAUCCAUAGGAAGAGGAAGACAGAUUGGUGGUAGCAUUCCUUCACGAAGCUAAGAUGUUGUAUAUAGUAUGAUGAUAGAAGUAGAAGAAUAACUGAUGGGUGAUGAACAGGUUUAGGCACUUGAAAAGCUUUAUUGUGUGAUUUCCCCUGAUCCUGCCCUCUAGAUACAAUUGUCUCUUAUAUGGCUGGGAAUUUCCCAGCAGGACUUUUUCUACCAGUAAGACGUGGGGGGGGGGGGGAAUUAUACAGAUUACUGUACUAAAACUAAAAUAUAAUCACAGACAUAUUCUUUCUCACAGAUAGUUGCCCUAAGUUUUCUCACAUAUCUUUCCAUCCUUAAAUCAAGAUACAGUAUCUUUGAACUUUCUUGAUGACAGGGGUGUGCAAUAUUUUUUCUUUCAUUUUCCCAUUCAUUUUAAGUCUUUCAUUUUAUUUCCAUUCCUUUCGGUUGCAUUCCUGUUUGGUGCUUUCCAUUUAUUUCAAUUGGAGGCUCAUCUGGUCAUCUGCUGCCUAUAACUUUGUUGUUUUCCAUCCAAAUAGCAUUAUUUUGUCUGGUAUUCUGUAAUUCCCCCCAAAGGAUCAGGCCUGUCAGAUUUCAGGUGGGAAGGACUAAAUGCCCCAACUUUUUCUGUUUGUCAGUUUCAUUGCUUUGUCCCUUCCUCUCUUUUUGUAACCGGAAAAGUAGCUGCACUGGGCUGUUGGUUGGCUGGCUGAAACCCAACUGUGUGCAUCCGUUUCUGUUUUUCUCAGGAAAUUAUAGGUCCAUUAUAUGAAGAUUUGUACCUAGAUUUAUUUCACCAACCUCAAAUAUACAUGUAUCUGCUGUGGUGGAGAGUAGAGUUAACUAUGGCCUCUUAUCUUCAAUCCAUUUUGUUGCCGAAAGUUCCAGGGAGAAUGGUUUCUCUGACAGAAACUAAUACAACUGGAUUGUUUUAGCAUGGCAAAUGUUUCAGACUCACUAGGAGCAAGGAUUUUAUUUCAGCCCUAUUCCUGUGCCCGGAGUGAGGGGCAUUGUGCAAAAGCAAGCAGCCUUUCUCAUGCCAGAGUUUGCAGAGCAGGUGCUAAUGACAUCCUGUUUUAGUUUUUGGCUAUUAAUAGCAGGGGUACAAUGUGGAUAUCUAAAGAACAGUAAAAUACGAGGGCUGCCUCCGUGAGAUGUGCAUGAAAAUAACAAAAUCAGAAAACGUCAGAAGAACUAGGAAACUCACUAGCGUGUUAAGCCUAGCAUAUUUUUGGUGUAACAUGCUGAAAUUUCAGUGUAAUGCACUGCUGGAUUUCACAGCCUCAUCCUCAAAAUACACAAACCAUUUUGUUUCCCUGAAAAUAUUCCUUUCCUGAGGAGGGACUCCCGAGUGUCACUAGGCUAAAUUUCCAAUUGAGAUGGAUAGAAGAAUAUAGCAUAAAGGAAUUGGCCUACUAUUGUAGAAGUCAGACCUUUUGGUCUGUCUAAUGGUAAUCUAUGAUUCUCACUGAUUUCUGGGACAGUUCUUUUCUCUGCAUUUAAUAUGAGGUCCUAUAAGGGGAUUGAACUUCAUACAUGCAAAGCUGAAUGACCCCUUUCCUGAUGGGGGAGGGGGUCUUGUGCAACAAACAGAGCAGGUGUCCCAUCGUAUACCCACAUCCUGUGUUUAUGGAGCAUGGUAUUGGCAAUGUCUUGGUCAUCACUAGAGUUUCUUAAUAGAAUAUUUCAAGUAUUCGCUGAAAAUUGGAGUUUGAUCUCCCCCUCUGUGGUGUGCUUAUUUUCAGUAGUUCUAGUCUGAUGUUGCACUUCAUACCUGCCAGUCUUUUUUUUCUGUUAGGAGAUCUCAAACCAUCAAAAAUUACUCUCAUAACAGCCCAGUGAUGUGUGACUCACUGACUCAAAACUGCCUAGAUUUUUUUUUCUGUUUCAGCUUUUUGUUCUCUCCCUUCUAUAAGGAGGUCAGGCUGACAUCCAUCUUUCCCCCAUUAGGUUUUGUAGGGGAAAGAACCCACGUCUCCUUUAUCAAUGUCCAGAGCUAUAACUACUAAACAACCAUACUAGCUGUCUGCAUAUAGUUGAGGAAGAUAGGGCACUUUAAGCAGCAGUAAGUGGGUUAUGGAAAGUACAGGGUGGGUUAACCAAGUAGCAGGUGAGAAGUUAGGAUUGCAGGAUAGGGAACGUAAAUGAAAAUUGUGCCCCUUAAAAAGAAAGGAAAAAGCCGCAGGCAAAAGUAAACUGUAAAAACCAGACCAUUGUAUCCCACAUAAAGGAAGGCCUGUUUGUCAUGUGUGUGGCACACACUCAGUCCAUCAAAUGGAGGAUUGCCAUUUAAGAAGGCAGUAAAAUCAACUCUCUGUAGUUUCUCAUUCUUUGUGUGUUUGCUCAGGGACCCGCAGGCAAGCUUUUUGCUGCACUUUAGGUUACAUUAAAAGCAGAAGCUGUUACCCUUACAAGAUUGCCACACUUCCUGUUUUCAGAGUGACAGGAUGAAAUGAGCUGUUAACAAACAUUGUCUUGGUAAUCUCUUUGUCAGUAUCUACUAAAAAAGAGUAAUACUAUGAUCAGUUCCAUUUGCACUGAGAUGCUAAAAGAAGGAGCCCUCAGGUUUUUAAUGUGUGCAUGAGGAGCGAGGACCCAUCCAACAACAUACUGUGUAUGUGACAAUGACCCAAGUACCUACACAAAGACUAGGGAAGUAAAUGGGAUUAAUGCAGUGUACCUUUUAACAGUGAUAUGAAAACAGGCACGCUUUUUCUGUUGGGGGAUCAAAGUACGGUAGGUUCGUAAGGUCUGGUACGUGUGUACUGAGUUUCAUGGGUGCUCAGACUGACUGCCCAGCUGGAGGUGGAUUUCUUCAGUGACCUCAUUUUCCUCAUUCCCUCCUUGGUGUGCUUCUUGGCACAAAAGCUGCCCAGGUCCCAUGGUGUGCUUUGAAAAGGCUGCUUGGCCCCUUGUUUUGCUUUGGUGAGCUAUUGCUGGGACUCACUCAGAUCAGGAGGAGGAGGAGGAGGAGGCAGGGCAUGCUGCUUUAAUGAAGAGUGUAGUGUAGCCUGCCCUGUUGUAGUCGCCAUCUCAGCCAUGCGGCUGCAGCCUUGGGAGUUUAGCAGUUGCUACCUGGGGAAACCCCCUGAUUCCAGGAAAGGAUCCAAGCCCAUGAGGCUGAGCUGGAAAAACCCAACAAGUUCAUUAAAUUGGUGCUCAAGGAAGGGAAGAACCUCACUGAUACCGCCACAAAUAUUUUUACUGUCCAAAGAAAGUUCCUCCAUUCUGUUUCUGCAUCUUCAAUAAACAUUUGGAUGGAUGAACUCUCUUAACUUUCUGAACAAUUUAGAAGAAGAACAAGAGAUACCGGCCCUUGGUGUUAAUGAAAGUUUGCUCAAGUCUCUAGAAAGUUUAAGAAAACAGCAACUUAGAGCCGUAAAAGCAAAAAACGAGAAGUGUGAUAAAAGAAACAGAACUACAGUUCGCCAGUACACAAGCAUUUAAAUAUAUUGCCUAAGGAAGAAAAAAACCUUCAGCCAUUGGUGACAGACUACCAAGUGAAACAAAACCGAAAACAUUUUUUACAAGCUGUCCCUGGAUUAGGAUAUGUAUACAAGUUACAAGAGUACAAAAACAAAACAAAUUUGAAUUGAAUCUGUUUUGGAUGCUCAAUUUCUACCAUCAGGAUUGCAAGCUUGACCACUACAAAGUGGCUCUGCAGAUCGAUAUCCAGACUACAAGAAAUAAAAGAAUAAAAUUAAUUGUUUGGAAGGAGCAGGGUUGGGUGUGGGUGACCUGGAAGUUCUCACAAACAAAAUCAAGCACAGUCCCCAAUAACAGAAAACAGUAAAUCAGCCUGCAGUUGAAGGCUACCUUUGUGCGCAUGGGGAAAGGAAGGUGCUUCUUUGUUUUCCUGAUAAGAGUUUUUGAACACACCUGCAAAGGCUGCUCAGAGUGACCCACACAUCUGAUGAUUGGCAUGGGGAGUCGAGAUUACUUUUUAUAGUCUGGCAAUAAAUAGAUAAAUAUACCAAGGCUCUGGAGAAUUGUCACUGCUGUUUAAGAAUCAUUGGCUUUUGAUUUUAUUUUUGAAUUUUUAUCUUCUGUAGACAUCAUAAGGGUAGGAUGAAAACAGUCUGAAUAAAUAUAUUUUAACAAAUUAAAGUUGGGUAAAGGUAAAGGACCCCUGACAGUUAAGUCUAGUCGCGAAUGACUCUGGGGUUGCGGCGCUCAUCUCGCUUUACUGGCCAAGGGAGCCGACUUUUGUCCGCAGACAGUUUUUCUGGGUCAUAUGGCCAGCAUGACUAAGCUGCUUCUGGCGAAACCAGAGCAGCACAUGGAAACGCCGUUUACCUUCCCACCGAAGCGGUACCUAUUUAUCUACUUGCACUUUGAUGUGUUUUUGAACUGCUAGGUGGGCAGGAGCAGGGACCGAGCAAUGGGAGUUCCCGUUGCGGGGAUUCGAACCACCGACCUUCUGAUCGGCAAGCCCUAGGCUCAGUGGUUUAGACCACAGCGCCACCCACAUCCCACUUAAAGUUGGGUAGGUGCCUCAUAAAAGAGUGAAUGAACAAUGGGUGUGGAAGCACCCUUGGACUGGAAAAGUUCUCUCAUUAAACUUGUUCUUUUAAAGUACUUAUUGGGCCACAGAAGCUGCCUCCAGGAUAAUGUCAAGAAAUGCAUCCUUUGCGAUAAUCUUGAAUAUGUCCAAUUGCAAGCUCUCUUAAAUGCUUAAUGGAAAUGGCAACUUAAAUUCUGCCUCUGAUUGCAGACCAAGGGAGAUUAUUUUCUAAUGCACCUUAGAGCGUGAAUUGCUGUGAACAAACAGACCCCCCCCCAUGUAUACCUGUUAUUUUCUUUUAUUUCUUACCAUGGGCUAUUUGCAGGAUGAUACUUGGUUGGCAGCUCCCUGAUGCUCCAACUCAGAAUUAUGGUGACAUCCUUGCUGGGUGACAGAUCAGUUUCCAACACAGGUCAAUUCUUUUCUGUGUGUCUUUACAUUGUUUGCUGGCAAUGGAACAGUUGAACCAUCUGUCACUAAGCACGGAGGUGCAAUAAGAACAAAUUAAUUCCACACCACAUGCAAGAUGACUUGCUGAAUGGCCCUCUGGGAAGUGCUAGGACUGCUAAAACUCAUAUUUGUUCAGUGGCAAAAUGUAGUGCUAAAUUGGUCAGUUACUGCCUUGUAUUCUGAGGCAAAGCAAUCUUGCAAGCAUUUUUGAAUUGAUCUUGGGGAUGUAUUGGUUAAAACCUGCAUGAACCCCCCCCCCAUUUAAUAACAAGGCAACAUCUUUACUUCUUGACACCCCUAUGCCUCUUGUUUUCUGUAUGUAAUCUGCUGUCUAGAAUCAAAAUGAAUUCUUGCUGUUUUAAGUUGGGUUUACAAUUUAUUUAGGAUGUGCAAAAGCUUCUAAUGAUUAGAAGGGCUAAAAUUAAUGUGUGCAGUGGAGUGAGGGGAAUAUGUGUAUUUAUUAGAAUGUGUUUUGAUACAUUGUACAUGCUAGGAGUGCCAGCUUGGCCCCGUGACCAUGGGUGCCCAGGGCCAUGGCCCUGGCACCAAAAUUUUUGGGUGCCCAGCCCCUUCAUGGGGAAUUUUGUGGAUGCUCUGGCACCCAGGGCCCCAAGGAGCUGGCACCUCUGCUACGUACCAUGACUGUCCACACAUAUACAGUGGUACCUCGCAAGACGAAUGCCUCGCAAGACGGAAAACUCGCAAAACGAAAGGGUUUUUGGUUUUUUGAGUUGCUUCGCAAGACGAAUUUCCCUAUGGGCUUGCUUCGCAAGACGGAAACGUCUUGCAAGUUUGUUUCCUUUUUCUUAAAACCGUUAAUACAGUUGCGACUUGACUUCGACGAGCAACUCAUAGCACGCGGUGUGGUAGCCUUUUUUGAGGUUUUUGAAGACUUUGGUGAUUUUUGAAGCUUUUCCAAAACUUUUCCGACACCGUGCUUCGCAAGACGAAAAAAAUCACAAGAUGAAAAAAAUCGCGGAAUGAAUUAAUUUCGUCUUGCAGGGCACCACUGUAUCUAUGAAUGUGAGGAGGAACCUGCCAUUGUGCUGCUGUUUCCCUCUCCACAUGUUCACUUCAGCCUUUUUAAAUGUCUGGAAAAGGCUUAUUUUCUGGAUAGAAUAGGCACUGUGUGACUUGGUGCCUACAGAAUGCCAAAUCAGACCAUGAGUUUACAGCAGAUUCUGCUUGUUUAUGGUAGUGACUAAAGGUAGGAACCCAAGUAUGCCAUGAGUGACAGUGUGGAAAGAAGCAGUUCUAGUGAAUACACAGUCAAGAUGAGGAAAUCUAGAACGUCCAUUUUAUAGCAGAGCUGCAUUAGUUGCAUUGUUUUAAAAGUCCCUUCUUUGCAUGAUCCAGUCUGCUGCCUGCAGUGUUUAUAAAGCUUUCAGCAGCAAAUAUUGCACUAAUUGUGGGGAUUAAUUUUCCUCUUUAAAAUGGGGACUUGCCUACUUGAACAGGAGUUGUGAGGGUUAUAUUUAUAAGCUAAUUUGAUACUACUGUGAUAAAUAUAAUGGAAAUAAUUUUAUAAUAGGGAGUCUUAUGGGACUGUCACUAAAGUAUAUGAAUUGGAAGCCAAGGGAAUUAAUGAGGGAAUUGUAGCUGAAUUCUCCUAAGGAGAGUAAAUGAAGGAAAAGAACUGCUUUGAAGCACUUCAUACAUGCCAUUUCCUACUAGAAAAAUGUGUUCUUGCAGGCAGGGGGAACAGUGACUGUCCCAGGGCUGUCAAAUGAAUUUCAUGACAACAUAGAGAUUUGAACUUGGAUUCUCCGCAUUCAGAUACCCUAGCCACUAAAUCAUGUGGCCUUCUGUACAGAAAUCUGCCACAAAAUGCAGGAAAUACCAGGAAGAUGGAGAUUAGCAGGACAGACCAUGUCAUUUGUUUUUUCUGUCAUAUACCAGCAUUGAAACAGUUUUAAAAGUCAUUGCAGACCAUGUUAGUUUGAGGUUGGUUUUGUGGGAGGUACUGUAAUGUGGUUCUGUUGUAGCACUUCCACUUAAAUGAACAAGUCAUAGAUGGUAAUCUGUGGUCCAGGAAAUGAUAUAUAUAGUGUUUUUAUAUUGUAAUUUUAUGUUGUGAACCACCCUGAGAUCUACAGGUGAUAAUAAUUUUCAGACAUGGCCUGAAGAGAACAGGUAAAGGCCGCUUCCAGCUUGUUGUUGUGGCAUCAGUGCUGCUUGUGUAUGCAAGUUUUUGUACCCACUGGUGGAGGAAGAGGAGUGCGGGGGGGGAGCACACCGCCCCCAGCAGCAUGAUCCCGGUGGGGUGCCAUUGCGAUUGCCCAACCCCCCGCGCUGGGCGCCACGCCCCCAUAGGCGGGGCGCCACACCCCCAGGGCGCCCACCAGCCCCGCCUUCCUGCUCUCCGCCUGAAGCUCCGUCACUGUUUGUACCUUCGUCAUGAUCAAUUUUUUUGCUGGGGGUACUCAGUGGUACUCAUUACUGGCACCUUUUUUCUAAUGAUAACAUGUGGCAAUUACUGUAACAACUUCAUGGCGAGUACCAGCACCUUUUUUCUUUUCUUUUCUUUUUAAAAGCCCUAUACGGCCUAGGACCCUCGUACCUGCGGGACCGCCUCUCCUGGUAUGCCCCACAGAGAAACUUACGGUCUUCAAAUAAAAACAUCUUGAAGGUCCCAGGCCACAGAGAAGUUAGGCUGGCCUCAACUAGAGCCAGGGCUUUUUUGGCUGUGGCUCCGAUCUGGUGGAACACUCUGUCACAAGAGACCAGGGCCCUGCGGGACUUGACAUCUUUCCGCAGGGGCUGCAAGACAGAGCUGUUCCACCAGGCCUUUGGCCAGGGCACAGCCUGACUCCCUCCCUCGGCAAUCUUCGCAGAGCUCUGGCCCAAUGGUUGCCAGUGGCUUGAAUUAAUUAAUUUUAUAAUGAAUGAUUUUAGAGUGUUGUUUAUGCUGUACUUUUAUACUGUUUUAUUGUUGUUAGCCGCCCUGAGCCCGGCUUCGGCUGGGGAGGGCGGGAUAUAAAUAAUUUAUUAUUAUUAUUAUUAUUAUUAUUAUUAUUAUUAUUAUUAUUUAAAAAGCACUGUUCCUGAUACUGUUAUCAUAGAAGUUCCAGCACAUAAUUUAAUUUUUUUUAAAUAUGGGUCUCUUCUUACUGAAUAAGAUCUCUUAAGUAAAAACAAAAUGGCGUAGUUGUGCUCAGAUGAGGAGGAAGCAGGAGUAGGGGUGUGGCAUUAGAGCAGGGGUGGAGCUUCAUGCUCCGGCCCCGGGGCGGGGCGGAGAGCAGGCGGGCGCGGGGCACGCUGCCCAGGAGGCAGCCGCGAUGGCACCCCGCCAGGAUCACAGUGCCAGGGGUGGGACGCUCCCCCCGCACGCCUCUUCCUCCGCCAGUGCAUUAGAGACCACUCACCAAAAUGAUAACACACAUCUGACACCCACCCCAAAAGAAGAAAUGCUAAGGAGCAUGUACAGUAGCAGUGACGAGUUAUUUCUGGUGGCCCAGUCUAUACAAGGAUGCAUAGUUUCAUCAGUUGUCCCAUGCUGAAGGCAUGUCAGAAUAACAAUCCAGUUUGGAGGAGCUAGCCUCUCAAAAUCUCAACACCUGUGGGGGAUUACCUUCAAGAUGGUAAUCUCAGUCCAAACACCAUUACAUUAAAAAUAAUAAUACAGAGGUCUUGCACAAGACCUUUUAGCAGAAGCUUGUGGCCUUGCACAAGACUUUGGUGUUAUUCUUUUUAAAACCAACAAGUGGAAAUAGAUGUUGUCCCCCCAAAACCUCCAUUUUGCCCAUAGUAAAACGUGAUCUACAGGCAGCUAAUGUUUUCUCUUACACACUUUCAGUUAAUUUUUUGAAAGGUGCGCACAUAGAGGUAGAGAAAUGCAUGCAUGCAUGCCAGGAAUGGGUAAGGCAGUGAUGGAAUGAAAGGGAACACACAACAAGGAAAUAAUUUCUUAAGAAGCACCCACUGGUAUUGAUUAGACAAAUUCUGGAGGCUAAAGUGCCUCCACUGUUUGAGGCAAUGUGCCUCGGCAUACCAGUUUCUGGGAACCACAAGCGAAAAGAGUGCUGUUGACCAUAGGUCCCGUUUGCAGGCUUCCAUUAUCUGCUGGCCACGGUGACAACAGGAUGCUAGAUUAGAUUACUGGCCUAAUCCAAUAGGCUGUUCUUCUGUGAUCUGGAAAUAGCCAACCGCAUUCAAAUGCGAAUUGCACAUACAGAAAAAUGGAUCUAAAUCAUCCCUUUGCAGCAUCACUGGAAGCAACCUGUGUCAUUUGCACCAAGAUAAUGCCUAGAGCCAUGAAUCUUGGCAAGCAAAUGCACUUCUAGCGUCUCAUUCUGUUACUCGUCAUAGUCACAGCUGUGGUGUUUUUCAGUACUUAAAGUGUGGGGGUGGUAGCCUCAGACAGGAUGUAGACACACAUUACAAAGAAAAUGGUAAAUGGAAUAAGCAAGAGGUAAGUGUAACUUUGCUAUCCAAUAGAAAAGAGAGUGGGAAUGGAAUUGUGCUUAGUCACCUCACUGCUGAAUAAUGUUUGGGAGACUGGGGGCACUGAUUUAUCAAGUCCUGUUGGAAUCAAUUAUUAUUUGAUGGCCUGAUGGUAGGAGCUCCUGUCAUGAAAUAGUGCCUUAUUAAAUAAAACAGUAGUGCCCCUGUUCCCUUCUAGAACUGGGUCUAAACUGUAGAUCCAUUGCUGGAGAAGUAAAUCUUGCCGCUAGCACUUUUCUGUUUGUUGAUGUAGGUUCUGAGCUGUAAGUUUUAAACGUACUACUAAGAAAGUGUAUACAAUCUCUGCAGACUUCCUUUCUGUCUUAUUUGUCGGUGUUGUGUAAAGAUAAUUAAAAUGUUAAUAUAAACACGAAAUAACAAGCCACAUUGAAUCACAGUAGAAAGAUGUGUGCCAUAUCAGUUCUUAGUUUUCCAGCAUCACGUUUGACUAAGCAGUUAUAUUUGUUUUCCUUCUGUCGUUUGAAUAUACUUUGUAAGUUACACAUGUACUUUGUCCUCAUUUCCCUACAGUCCCUAUGCACAAAGUGGACCUGCCUGAAGACAAAUACUACCAACCACCUGAAAGCUGAAGGGGGUAUGAUAAAGCCACCUUUGCAUGUGCCCAGAGACCUAGUUAUUUCUCACGUAAAAACACUGCAUAACCUGUUCUACCAGUAGCAAAAUUGGGACAAAAGGGAAAUUUGCACUGUGACUUGGAGAAGCUAAGUAACAGCAGUUAUCUUCUCCAAACAGUACAAAUGAGAUAAGACUCCACCUCUCCCUCAAACCUUCUGGCAGUCACAGAGGGAUUGAGGGAGAGGCAGCGAUUUCUGUCCUUUGUGCUGUGCUAUGGAGAAAGUAUGAAAUGGAUCUUAUGGGGAGGGAGUUGAUUGAAAAAAUGAAUAAAUGGAGCCUGGUUAAAAAGCCAGAUGACUAUUUUUGUGGACUUCCGUGAAGUGCCAAGUGUACCAGAGGUAGAUGAGACCAAAACUCUUAAAAGAGUAGUGGGAAACCUCUGGCCCAUGGACCAGUCCAGGGGGUCCAAUUUGGCUGAGGGAGGGGUGCUGUGGACCUUUGUGCCUACAGAACGGUCAGUCAUCAGCACCCAUCUUGUGCCUGCUCAUUAACACUACAGGCUGCAUAGAACAUAUUAGAAGCUCUAGGUCCAGUCACUGGAAACAAAGUGAUACUGUUUUUUAUAGAACACGCUGCCCUUUUAAAGAUUAAUGUGCUCACCAGUAAAACAACCUACUGAUGCUAGAAAACGAGAAAUACAAAAACAUUCAGGGUUGUGUAUGUUCUGUGACUGCACUGUGCAAGGGUGACAUUUGGUACUAGGAGCACAAUUUCAUAUUCUGAAGAAUUUUAGAAUUCACCCCCAAAAUCAAUUUCCCAAUCCUAAGAAACCUGUGAAAUUUCAAGAAGCCUGACAGACUUUCCAGUGCAUAUGGAGCAUGGCAUCAGUACUGUGGCAUAAUAACAUAAAGAGAACCUGCUGCAUGAGGCCAAUGGCGUAUCUUAGCAUCCUGUUCUCACAGUGGCCACUUAGUGGGAAACCUGCAACAAGACCCAAGCACAAGAGCACUCUCCCCUCCCAUGAUUUCCAGCAACUGGUAUUUCAGAAGCAUACUGCCUCCAAGGCUAUCCGUUGACAGUCUUAUCCUCCAUGAAUUAUCUACUCCUCUUUUAAAGCCGUCCAAUUUGACUUUCCCUUUUUCUGUAAAUAGCAGAAACAUAACAAACUAUUCAAAGUAAACAGAUAAAUAUUUGCACAUGUUACAGAAUUGAGCUUUUGUGAUGCAGAAUUUUUUUGAGCUAUAUUUAAUGCACCUGGUAAACCGUUCUGGUAAUAACAUGUCUAGCAUCAUGCCUCAUGGAGGAUUCUGGGUAACUAAAAGACUUAAACACACCAGCAGAAUUCAGUUCAACAGAACUGCUCAUUUUGGUUUCCUUUUUCUCUGGAAUCAGUACUGUAAAAACUAACUGUACGAGGACUGCUACGAUUGCUAAUGUAUUUGAACCGUUAAGAUCUAUACUAGAGAUGAAGCUUUUCUAUUCUUUCACCCAUGAAAAGUGAGCUGCAGUGUGCCAAUCACUGCUGUAAAACUGGUCCUUUCCAUGGUUCCAAUUUGAAAGAAAUAUCAUCUUUAUCUUGAGGCAUUCCUGUAUUAUCUACAGCUUGCCGACUCUUAGUCUUAUGAGCUCCGGGACUGGGAUGGUCUUUUAAUAAUAGGUCAUUGCCCUUUCUAAGAAUAAAGCAUUCAUCCUGCAGUUCCUCGGCUUUGUUGCUUUUUAUGAGCAGGGUUUCUUUUGAGGUGACAUCUGUAGCAUUGAGGUUUGGAUCUCCUACCUAUGGCAAAAGGGGCAAUCAGAUUACAGACAACUUCAAACAUUCAUCUGUUUGUAAUUUUAGGAGCUUGGUCUCUCAAGAAAUUUAUUUCACUAGAAGAAUCCAUCAACAGUGUGGGGCAUAACACAAUCUUAUAUUCUUACAGCAUGGCUGACAUUUUAGUGAAGGUGAAGAGGAAGUAGACUUCGCUUUGAACGCAAUGACAUUCAGAUGCACACACCUUGAUACAAUUUUAUGCCUGUCUCCUUAUCAUCAUGUCCCUGUUGGUAUGUUUCUGUUUGCUCUGAGCAGCCACAUGCAAAGGGGUCAUAGUUUAAGGUGUUUCUGUAAAUCUCACCUCAUAGUAGGAUGUAGUGUUCCCUCUCUCUUAGUGUUUGCUCAUAAGAAUGAUAGAGCACUUGAUAAGGCGCUGUACUGGGACCCAGGAGAUUGUGAGCCCUUCCUGUUCAUCUUCCAGUUCUUUGGGCACUGGGGCAAUUUGCUUUUUCUUCUGUCCCAGAUUUCCGUCUGCAAAAUAAUAUUUUAUUACUGAGAGGAGGGUUAGGAGCUUAAAAUGUGCCCCUUUUUUGCAGCAAUCUUUCUUGGAUUUGUCCUACUCUCUAGAUUUCCCAAAUUUGGAUCUCCAUCUGUUUCUGGAAUACAAAUCCCACCAUCCCUAACUAGCAGAACCAGUGGUCAGGGAUGGUGGGAACUGUAGUCCAAAAAGAGCUGGAGAACCAGAUUUGGGAAACAUAGGAAUAGGGAACCUGUGGCCCUCCGCAUGUUGUUGGACUCCAACUUCAGCCAUCAUGGACAGCCAUUAAGAACAAUGGAAGUUGUAGUCCAGCAACAGAGGACAAGUUUCCCAUUGCUGUUCCUGAAGCAAUGGUGUGUGAACAUCAGUUUUGUAUAGUCUAUUUAAAAACAAACAAGCCAAGAGCCAGUUAAGAUGCUUGUGGCAACAUAAAAGUUAAUAGCUUCAUUAUGGCAUAAGCUUUCAUGGACUAGAGUGGAUUUUAGUCCAGGAAAUUUAUUCCAUAAUAAACCUGUUUAGUCUUUAAGAUACCACAGGCCUCUUUGUUGUUUCUCCUGCUCUGGACAGCACAGCUCCCUCUCCAGGAGUAGAAGCAAAACUUGAAUCUCCAGCAUGGUUGCAAGAGUAAGAAGCUGAAUUUACUAUUAAGGACAUGCAACAGGGGAAAACACCAGGUCCAUAUGGCUGCCCACUAGACUGGUAUAAAGAACUGAAGUGUGUUGUUGUUUUAAACUCAAAGCUGUUUUUAUAAAGAAACCUAUGCAUUUGGUGGUUUCUUCUAAACUCAGUUGUGAGAUUAUGAAUUAAUUAGUUCUAAACCCAAUAAAGAACAUACUCUGGGAAUGAUAGACUUAUAAAUACCUUUAAUUAACCCAGGUGAUAGCCUAGCGACUGUGUUGGCAGAGAGAAGUCAGAGAGUUAUCAAGACAAUUAUCCACAAAAAUCAAGUUGCUUUUAUUUGACAGUAGCAUAGACAAGUUAUUGCUUUGGUUUCUUUUAUGCUUUUUUGGUUUUUGGACCUACUUUCUCUGCAGAAAGUCCCAGUUUAAAUCCGCCACAUAUCCAGGUGAGUCUGGAAAAGACACCAGAGUGAAACCCUGGUGAAUCGCUCCCAGUCAGUGUAAAGCAGUCCUGUCACUGUAGAGCAGGGAUGCUAACCUGUGACCAUUCCAGUGUUGCUGGACUCAAACUCAGCCCCACCCAGCAUGCUAAUGAUCAGGAAAUAUGGGAGUUCUAGUCCAGAAAGGUCCAAGGAAACCAUUCUGUAAUCUGUUAAAUAUAAAACCCAUCUGCUUACCUUCUCCCACGGCUAUGUGCUCCUCCUCUGGCAAGCUGUGUUUUCUUUCCAAGCCCCAGAAUGGAAUCCAUGACACGAUGGUUGGGCACUCACACUGCUGCUGGGAGUGUUUUCAUUGGCUGAGCAUGGGCUGGUAGUCUAUGCCCUGCCCAAUUUAGCAUCCCCGCAGGGAAGGGUUGUUAGGAACUGUCCUUACAGUCGGUGGCCCCCGUGGUAGGGUUGCUUCACAUGCUGAGGCCUCUGACAUUAAAAGGAUUUGAUAAUCAUUCUCCCCUCCUUUGCCUCAGUUUUUCAACAGGUUAUAUAGGUUACACUCCAGCUCAUGUAAGUCAUUGUGAGUUUAUUGAUUUCAUUGGCGGAGGUAAGGCUGGGCCACUUACCCUCAUGGACUGCCAUUGUCCCCAGUAUUGAUGGAAAAAUCAAAUGCAUUAAUAGUUUGACUAUUUAGCACCUGCAGUUCCAUCACUCUGGUGACACACUGCACCUUGUUCAUUUAAUGACUCGCCUCCAUAUCCCUACUGUGUAUCUAAAGUUGUUUAUUUCCCUUCUAAAUUCUCCAAAGCUCCUAAUUGCAUUUCUCUUUGGUGUCCUGGACAUGUCCCUGUCUGUGACAGGUCUUGAUUACUGGUGUGUUUGAUUGCAUCUAAAGAUUAAUGGGUAGAUUUGCAUAAGGCCCCACUUGGGAAUCCUCCCCUAUGUUCUGAUUUGGUUUCCUUUAAAAAUACAUUGAAAUGAGAGAGAAGAGCCUUUGCCUCUUUGUGUGUUUCCUGCAUGCAGUAAUUGCUCAUUCAGGCUGUACAUUCAUUGAUCUAAUUCCUUUUGUGACUGUGAGAAAAGUGAUUGGUUAGGAAGCAUGCAGGUUGUUAAUACUUCCUGCAAUUUUUGCGGUUGGCAGGGAGAUUUGUACAUGUAUUAUUUGCAUGGAGAAUGCACAUUCAUAUAUUAAAUACUGCUGCAGAGUUUAAAGUUACUUGUGGCUUUCAGUUGCAUCCUGUGUUGCAAAAAUGAACUUGCAGGUAGGACAGGGUUUUUAAAUUGCUGCACUAAUUUGAGCAAAGUCAUGAAUCAUUAGCUCUUUUCCUAGUCUUCCACUGACUGACCUAUGACCCUAGAACUUCUCUGUACAUUGAUUUCUUCCAAACUAUAACACAGUGGUUAUCAUCUCUAGCUUCAGGUAGCCUAGACUUGACUGGGAGCAGAACGAUAUAUUUGGGUGCUUUCAAAUUAUGCUUUCCUCAGUGAUUCUCUUACAAAACAUUUAUGUGUUUGUUUAAUAAACAAGAUAAAAUAAGCUAAAAUUUAUAACCUGCUCUUCUAGUGUCCACCAGGGCAGCUAACAACAAUUAAACCAUAAAUUGGUAUUGUACGUUUUAUGCAGAGGAAUCUAGGUAUCAAUAAUAUUUUUGCUUUGUACCACAGUUGCUCUGCUAUCUACAGUGAUUACGCUUAGACGAGUGGUGGCCAAUGUUUUGCCCUCUAGAUGUUGUUGGACUCCAGUGCCCACCAGUCCCAACAGCAUGGCCUAAAGAUCAGGGAGUGUGGGGAUUGUAGUUGAGCAGCAUUUGGAGGGCACCACAUCAACUACUCUUGUGCUAGACUGUUUGCAGCAGCUAUGAUGAGCAUACUUCCUGUGUGGGCUGAGGUUAUCGGGUUUCUUUUGCCUCCCAUCCAAAAGCACUAUCACUGCCGGGAGAAAUGGCUACCCGCAAUUUCUCUGACAAAUUGCAUGGUGAUAAAAAUUAUCCAUCCUUCUGUGAAACGGAGGGUCUUGAUUUCUGCAGUGCUCAUGAGUCCUGGAAACCAAAUGAAACAAAGCACAAAAUUACUAACUCAUCCAGAGUCUGGAGAUGCCCAUGGCUACAAGCUUAAGAGGGGUUUCUGUAGUAAAAGCUCAUCAGACUUGUCUUUACUGUAGUAGUUUGGCUCACGGUUCUAAGAAUCGGUGCUGAAAUCCAAAUAGAGUGGGUUCUCUAACCAACUGCAGGGCCAGCCCUAUCAUUAGGCAGAAUGAGGCACCCUCAGGUGGUAGAUGCUGCAUGGCAAUAUUGGCAGCCCCUUGGUCAUUCCCCUCUUUGGAGGACAGAGCUGUGUGUGCCCAAUGGCCUGUCUUCCACCCUAAACUUGCCUGCUGUCCAUGUACCAUCCCAUCAGCACCAUUGAAGUAAAAUUCUACUGCCAAUUCAGUCAGCUUCUGUACACAGAAUCGGUGUGGACAUGCCAUCAUGUCUUUUGGCACAGGCAGCAAAGUAUAUUGAGCUUGCCCUGCCCAACACUACCCACAUUCUGUAAAGAAUACUUCUGUGGCUUCCAUCAUUGACAGUGGGGACUCCCAUUUAGUGUGUGAAAGGCUGCGUUCUAUAUGGCUUUGCUUGAGAAGUCUUAGCAAUGCAGCCUUUACAUCAAAUGCAGUGAAGUAUCUCCUUAAAAAAAGAACUUAUUAUGUGCUUUACUCACCUCUGGGGAAUAUAUUUCCCCUAUGCAAGCUCAGGUGGCAACUUAGGCAUCUCCCCAUAGGAAUGAUAUCACCAAAAAAAAAAAGAGGACACUGACUUGCAUAAUGUGCAGAUUUGUAUAUAUGCAAGCAAAUUUAGAUGCUAUCAUUGUAACUUAAAUAGAAAUAAAAUGCAGCUCACCAUAGUGUGAAGUGUAGGUGACCUGCAUCAUCCUUCACCUGCUGUCUAGGUGUUAACUAGUGAAGGGGACCUUUGGAGCACCUGCUCUCCUUUCUUGUGUUCUUUAUCAUUAAACCAAACUCAGCAAACUGAAGACUCUGCUCUGUAAAUUAGCAUACUUGACCACUCUAACUCAUUUCACUGGUUCUUAUUUUGGUCUUUUCCAGUUAAAACAGUCUGAUACCCUUUCUGCCUUGAACAGUGCCAGUUCCCUUCCCCUUGCAACCAGCAUCUCCCACCCACUGGGGGAAGGGCGCUUCUGUUGAGUAUUAUACACAUGGAACAAGUCUUACAAACCCUCUGGAUUGAAUUUGUGCUGCUAAGCAGGUCUGCUAAGUCCUCCUGUGCCACAGAUAGAUACAUUUAACAGAGUAAAAUGUACAGGAAAAGUGUGCUGGGCAGUAACCACCUCGGGGCCUCUGAAAAAGGCAGAGCAACAUCUCUGUUGGUUUUCUGCUUUUCCCAUUUGGGGAAUAGGCAAGAUCCCAGAGCAGGUUGAACCAAUGCAUCACUGAAAUGUCCACUUAUCAGAUCUGCAAUGACGAUUCUGCUGUUAUCAUCGACUGCUCUAGUAGCAACCUCCCAUGUAUCGUAUAAGACUUAUAUUGUCACAGUAAAUGGCUCAGUGGGAUAAUGGUUCUUACAGGCUUGAUGAAACCAGAAUGUCACACUAAGAACCAUUCUGUUUAACUGUUCAGAAGAGUCCCACCAGAAUAACCGAGUGUUCCUCAGAAGAUGCCUUUGGGGAGCCUUGUCCCACUGUUGUUUCUCAGCAUCUGGUAUUCAGUGAUACAUAGAGUCAGGAUGUGGAGGCUCCGCUUAGCUCUAAUGACUAAUUGACAUUGAUUGGCAUGCCCUCCAUGAAAGAUGCUGAACACUAUGCUGAGGGAAUGGUGUGCUGCUUCUCCAACCGCUUUGGGAAUAUAUCACAUGUUCUGAUGUCCUCUGCAGGUGCCCCAAUAGAGGUGGAAGCUCAGAAGGCAUUUCUGUACUCUGGACCACUUUUCUAACAAAAAAUGCAAUGUAUUAUAUGUCAUAGAAAGUUCUGAUUUGGGGUGGGGGGGAGGUCAGUAUGUUCAUUGGGUAACUACAUAUAGAUGUGUUUGUGUUCGUUUUAAGAGCUUGUAUGGCAACGUCCUUUGCCCCUCCUUUCAAAAUUCUGCAAAAAAUACAACAACCUAUCAGCCAACAAAUUAAACACUGAAGUUUGAGUGACAUGCAAAAAAAAAAUUGUAACAGCUUUGCAAAAAUAACUUAACAUGAUUUAAGUACUGAACUGUGUUUAUUUCAUUGGUAGAGAAAUUGGAAGGGAUUUUGUACAGUGAACACAUCCACCCCUAACAGCCAAGGUCAUUCUCUCCCCUCAUGAUCUUCCUUUUGGUUAGCACCUGGGGAAGGAGUUCCCAUUCAUGUACCUAUCUUACUUUUAAUCUGUUUGUUGAACUUAACAAAGCUUAGGUAUUUUAGAAAUGGUUAAUGUUGCUACUAGAAAAGCUGCUGCUACUACAGCAUGAUGGUGAUAAAUAAUGUGUAGGCAUUAUGUGUAGGCCAAUGCAUCUGUAUUGGGGUUGUGUUGAGGUGUAUUGCUUUAUUGCUUGCCAUCCUGGGUUCCUUUGGGAGGGUGGGCAGGAUAUAAAUUUAAUUUUAAAAAGCAAUAAAUAAGAAUAAAACAUACAAAAUGAAGUGGGAUGUUGUAGGAUCAUGUCAAAAGAUGCAUGAGCCAACUGAAGUGUUUUGUUUUUGUUGUUGUUCUAGAAUGUAACAAAACCAGUGGAAGAAAAAGAAGAAAAACCUAAAGCUCCUACUGUCCAAGAGUUGAAGGAGAAGAUUGACAAUUACAACUCAAAAGUCAACAAUUGCUUGCUGAUGAAGCUGGUAUGUAAUGCAUUUUCUGUAUUACUUGUUACUUUUAGGACGAUAGUGUAGGCUCUUGUCAUGCAAGCUACAAAACAGUAUAUUGAAGCUGGUCUUCUUUUGCCCCCUGUGGCAAUUGUAGUGGAGGUAUUCCUAAGUUCAAAGGUGAACCAAUCUCUACCUCAUGCCCCUUGUACUCAUUGGGGAAAUGUACACUUUUUUUGUUUACCAAUAACACAUACAACGAAUGAAAUCCUGACUUCUGAGAGUUGCCGUUUCCCCAACUGGGGUGGCCACCUAAUUCCUGUGGCGAUGUGUGGGGAGGAACUCAUCCACAGCUGGUGCUUUAUAGAGCUGACCACAAAGACAAAAUAUAAAAAGUAUUGAUUUUUACCUCUAUCCGUCUGUAUCUUUUGGGUAGUCUUAUUAUGAGAGUACAACAUAGCUCAAUGAUUCAUAAUCAAUAAGUUCAUUAAGAAUGGACCAGGGCUUCGCAAGGAGUAAAUGGGAAAAAAGAAGCAGCAUUCACGCUUAUCACAACUCUGCUUUUCAGAGGUAGAGUACUUGAGCUCCAGUCUGUGUCAAUUCCUUUCACACCGUGUUGGUCGAUGUGCACGAUUGCGUUUAGAUUGUACAUUACUCCAUGGAUGCUGCUGUGCUUACCGGAACUGAUCAGUAUAGCAACGCUGACAUAACAUCCCAGCCAAACGGAUAUAUAACAUUCUGAGCAGUGGAGCUGCUGCCAUCAAUCUGUUCAGUCUUUUGGUUGACCAUCUUUCAUAUCAAAACAACAACUUCUGGAGCAGAUUUUUGAGGGUGCAUAGGAGUUGGGGCCAGCCCAAGGCAUUUCGGCCCCUGAGCUAAACCACAAACUGGUGUCAUCAUCCCUGCCCUCUGGGCUAGGGAAGAAGGGGUAAGUGAAGAUCUACAUCAGGAACAGGGGAGGAAUAAAUAUCUAUAUUGGGAACAAGGGUGGGAGGCCAGCAGUGCCUCCAAAUCACCAAGAGGCCGCUAUAGAUGCAGCAUGGGGGGGGGCUGCUGCUGAGGAGAUGGCAGAUCUGGUCUCCAAGGAGCAUGCCACAGCUGUUGGUGCCACUACAGUGGUAGCAGCGGGCAAUGCAUUCCUUGGAGGCUGGAUCUGCUGCCCCUGUGGACCUUGCCACCUGAUGUGGUUGCCUCCAUGGGUGGAGUCUGCAGUGCGGGAGGGAGAGAGAAAGGGAAGUCUCUUUCACUAAUGGAUGGGCAGCAUGGGAUUUCACCAUUGGCUCUAGUAAUUGUGCACAGGUCUUCUGGUAAGGAAAAUAACUUGAAGUGCCUCUUUUAAGCAGCAAGUCCAAAGGACAGACACUCUUUGAAUACAGGAUUUGGAUAGAUCUCUCCAUCAGCAGAACUCCUUCGGAGCUUAUUUUGUGAACCUGCGGUGUAAUUGGUGUGAGCCAUAUAGCAGCUGGGCAAAACGGUUCCGUAGCUAAUUUUGAAUCUUCAACUGAAGCAUUCUGUAGCCACUACAGCAAAUGAUUUUCCACAAAUAGCUCUAUUGUUCUAGCCCAGAUGAGUCAAGUUUAACACAACCCAGCCACCUCCCACUGUGGUUCAGCAGCUGCCCCAGAUCUCAUGCCCAUAGGGAAGCAGAAGUGUUCAUUUUUUCCAUCACAGGAAAUGUACCGUCCAAGGUACCAGGACCUUUGAUAAUUUGCUUUCAGUUGGCAUUCUUGGUUAUGUUCUCAUCUGGAGAAACAACAGCCUAAACUCUGCAGAUACACAAAGAGAAGGCCCAUUCAGAAUUCAGACAAAGGAAAGGGGAUGGCUUUUUCACCCAACUCAUGUUAGCCUGUGAGUCUUUCAGCAAUGACUUUGCCUUGCUAAGCCUUGCUUGUGGCUUAGAAUGCCUCCAGAGAAUGAGUAGGAGCCAUUGCUAGUGCAAGUCAGUAAGUGAUGCUUACUCUUGUCGCUUACCAUCCUGUUUCCUGGCCCUUGUUGCUCCAUAAUAUUUGUCAGGUCACAAGUCUGCAGGAAUAAUAGAAGCCAUAAGUGGCAGAAUUUAAAAGAAUAAAGCCAGAUGACUUAAUAACCCGAUAUUCCAGGGUUGGGGAGAAACUGUGGCUCCCCCGGGAUGAUGGGAAUUGUUUUCAGCAGCACCUGAAAGCCCAUAGGCUCUCCAACCCUGCUGUACUCCUUGGUUCACUCCAUUUGUCUCAGUUCUUUCAGGCUCCUCUGGUCUCUAGACCCUACAUGUACCCUUCUCCUCGAUCUAGAGUCUUUCUUCAUUUGCACAUAGCGUCAUAGCAUCAAAAAGCGAAGAGCUUAUUAAACUAACGUUUUGUUUUAAACCAGGUUCUCUGUUUCAUAUGUAACACUAAGCCAACAUCCUUUAAGAUAAAACUCAUCUCUGACAAACUCCUCUUCCCAGCUGUGCAGGCAGAGGAGAGCCCAACUUUUCACUUGGACUUAACCAGGGUCGUCAACUUAACACUAAACCAUGGUUUGGAGUUACUUGCAACCACCACCUAUGUGUGCUUUUGCCUGAGGGAAGUGAGAAUUCAAAGCAACUGCACUAGCUCAGCCCAUCAGUACUGAAGGUUUUCCCCAUCCCAUUCAGUUGUUUCUGUCAAUAGUCAGUGAAUGGCUCUGAAAGCUGUCUGUUAGCUUUUAUGGAAAUAAUUCCUGUGUCCCAUAUUUCAAGAAAUUCAGCAAACAAAAUAAAUGCCACCAACCCUGCUUUUUAACAUCUUUUCAACCUUCAUUUUAAUUUCAUCAGAAUGAUGACGGCACUUACACAGGCUUCAUCAAAGUUCACCUGAAACUGCGCCGGCCUGUGACGGUGCCAGCAGGGAUCAGGCCGCAGUCCAUCUACGAUGCCCUCAAGGAGGUCAACAUGGCCAACAUGACAGAGAAGAGAACAUCCUUCUACCUGCCGCUGGAUGCCAUCAAACAGUUGCACAUCAGCAGCAGCACCACCGUGAGUGAGGUGAUCCAAGGACUUCUGAAGAAAUUUAUGGUGGUGGACAACCCACAGAAAUUUGCACUUUUCAAGCAGAUGCAGAAAGAUGGUCAAGGUGAGAUAGUGUUCCCUUUUGAGACAGUAAUAACAAUAAAGUGAUCAGGCUUCAAAGAAGAGCUGCUUGCUUCUUGGCCGAGUCCUGCUCUCCACUUCUCCCACCUGGCCUGGGAGGGCAGGACCCUGACUCACUCCAGCAACAAAAGCUGAGGCUGCUGAACAGUUUCUUGAGUUGGGGUUUGUUUAGGAGUUUUUUUGUUGCUGUAGUUGAUACUAAAAAAAUUUGUAUCUUUAGAUCAUAUGCUUUAUAUGGAAGUCGUUCGGUUUGGUUGUGCACUCCUUCAUGUGUUUCAUUUCUUGUUUAUAGCUAUAAUAAUUUAUUUAUACUCCGCCCAUCUGGUUGGGCUUCCCCAGCCACUCUGGGCAGCUACAUUUGUUAUGUUUGUAAUUCUGUAAAUCUUUUUAUUUUGUAAGCUGCCUUAAGCAUAGUUUUAACUAUGGGAAGGCGGCAUACAAAUAAAAUGAUGAAGACGAUGCUAGCCUGUUUCUAUCUCUUUGUUUCAAAGCUGUUUCUGUUUAUAAUGGUAAAGUCCAGAGCUGCCUCCCCAGAUCUGGUGAGCUCCAGGUGUUCUGGGCUGCAACUUCCACUACCUCAACCAUUGAGCUGUGUAGUCUAAAUUAUCUGGAGGACAGCGUUUGGGGAAGGUUGCUCUGUAAGCCCCAUUUGUGCUUAGAGUACUCCCCCCCUCUUUUACAGAACGGUCCCAGGUAUUUGUAGUAGAAGGCUACAGAGAAAUUAUGAGUCAAAUGGAUACAACUGGAUGCUUGUAGUUUGUCUUGGAGCCAACUGGAAGUGUUACUAAUCCGCCCUAUUACAGAUUUCCUUGAGGGAUAUACUGUAAAUGGCUGGUGCUAACCCUCAGUUCUGGAGAAUUUAAAUGUUUAUGAAAUACUGUAAUAGUUCACAGCUAGCCACUCCUUUGGGAAAGGGAGGGAAAGAACUGCAAAACAUCACUUGGAUGCUGUAGCCUUUUUUCUUUCUUUCUGUCCUCUCCUUGACGUUCUGUGGGCCUUCACAACAUGGAGAGGUGUGGAAAGGCUUUUUUUUAAUAGUUGAAAAAUGUGCCCUCCUUUUCAAAGGCCUCAGGUGAUUCUCUCAUGUUUUUGUCCCCUCUGCAGUUCUAUCCCAGAAGCUCUCGGUAACAGAGUACCCUUUGUACCUCCGGCUACUAGCAGGUCCUGACACAGACAUUCUCAGUUUUGUGUUGAAGGAAAACGAAACAGGGGAAGUUGAGGUAAGUCUGGAAGCUGCUUGCCUUUCGAACCUGCACAAACACGUUCUGCUCUCAGAAAGCAGGCAGUCACAUCGCACAAGCAGCCAUUUGCAGUGGGUGGAAAAAGCACACUUCCUGCUCUUGUGGUUCCCCUGCUUUGUUACUGACGAUACGGAUUAUUCGGUGCCAGCAUUUGAAGAUGGAAGGAAUAGAGGCAAAUAAAAGGCUCCUUGAGCCAGGAGUCUUUUAAGGCUACAUUCCCCUUUCUUUAUUGUUUACACUUGGCUUUCUUUAAAGUUUGACUGUACCUGUAACAAGUCAGCCUCUUUGCAGAGUUCUGAGCCAUAAUCCUUAAAAUGCUUGUUUUUAAAGUUUAGGAACAGGGAGCAUAUGGUAAAUCUUCAAAAGGUAGAUGAGCUUGGUGCUAUAUUGCAGAUUAGUCAUUUGCAUCCAUAGAUUAACUAAAUGCAUGCUUUCUCCACUCUCACCCUACCCUCACAUCAUCUGGAUGCACAGAGACAGCAAUAUAGCAAACAGAUAAUUCUACUGUGUUUUUAAACUAGAGGACUGAGCUAAAGUAUGGAAUUACUUUUUCUGUUGAGCACAAGAAACAACUUCAAAAUUAAGAAUAGGCAUGCCAUCCAGAACUCUGCCAUAAGCUGCUUUUCAAAAUACAGUUUGCUGGCAAAAUGGAAGUUCUUAGAGGAGCAAGGAUUCCCCGUAAAGUACACUUGCUUAGAAACCUGAUCUGACUGGAAGCCCCAGGUCUUCAACACCUUAAAGAGUUACCUUCUCUCUUUAUUCUUCCUCUUACGGCAAGGAUAGGGAAGCUGUGGCUGUUGUUGGGAGUCCCAACUCCCAUCAGUCCCGGCCAGCCAAUGAUCAGGCAAUGUUUAUCUCAAGGCCCACAGGUUCCCCAUUUCUACCUGCGGGCAUCAUGUUCUGUAGACCCAGCUCUUACAGAGCACAUUGGUAAUACAAAAUGUUGAAAUUCAUGCACAGAAUGGGUUUUUUCUUAGGGUCAUAAUAUCGCAAGAAUUUAAUGUAUUUACACAUUUCACUCAAUCUCUGGAUGGUGACUGUGAUUUAAAGGGGUGCAUAUAUACAUUGCUUCUUUUUUACUUUAUUUUGCCAUGUAUCUAGUUCAAAACAUGCUGUCACUGAAGCCCCAAACCACUUUUAAUACUCCAAAGCUGAAAAGUGGAUUGGGUGGUGUCUUUGAAAGGGAAACAACCAUCGCUUGGGAUUUUUGCCUUGAACUGCUGUGCUUACAGAAUUAUUCCCCAACCCAUUCUUUGAACUUGGGUUUUAUUUUUUUGAAAAAAUCUUUAGAGACUUCACCCUUUGAACUGCGCAAAAUUGCGAAGUUUGGGCACCUGGAUUUUUUAUUUUAUACCACCACCUGGCUUAGUAAAUCAGGAUAUGAACAAGUGCUGUUCACCUCCACACAGCCCCAUCGAUCCUCCCUGCAAGGGAGCAGCAAAGCAAGCCAGGAUUCAGCUCUUAACCAUCAUUUCAGGGCUCACAUGUAAGGGGAAGCUAUGAUUAAUGUCUUAUAAGGAAGCCAGGAUAUUAAACUACAUGAAGGGAGAAGCAAGAGUCCUGAGCACCCACAAGCAGUUAGCGCAUAGUGUGGCUUAUUAAGUGAGGAAUUGAUUGCAUGAACUGGGCCACUCUCUGAAUCUUUUUGAACUGCAGCUAUUGAAUUAAAGGGCGAUCGAUAAAACCUAGCAAACUCUAUUCUAGAAAGCCACCCCUUAAGCAUAUUGGAACUCUUUUUGUGGUGGAAAGCCAAGUUGGGAAAAUUAUAUAGGGACUGUAAUUUUUCCUGUGGGAGGCUUCUACUUUCUGCGCCUGAAGGUUUCAGUGUAGCAAAUGAGGUAAAAUGAAAGACCUGGGGAGGAUGAGUUAUUUUGUGGGUUUUUCCUGCAGAAAAUCAUGUCAGUUAGUCAGGUCACAUCUAGCAUCUAUCCACAGACUUGGAAUAAUGUGUAUUUUUUGUCUGCCAAUCUAAAGUUUGUGUGUGUGUGUGCUUUUUCUCCACAGUGGGAUGACUUCUCUAUUCCAGAGCUACAGAAUUUUCUGGUGAUACUAGAAAGGGAAGAAAAAGAGAAAAUCCAGCAAGUGCAGAAAAAGUAUGACAGGUUUAAACAAAGACUGCAUGAGGCCUUGAAAGAAGCAAAUGGGAAGCCUGGAUAA